GCGGCCUGAGGCGAGAUUCAUGGCUGCUUCCGGGAGUGGCUCCUCCCCUUUUGCGACGUUAUGGACGCCGUGCGCGAGGAGCCGACCCAGGCGCUGUUCGCUUGGGUAAGUUCCUGUGGCGGUGCCCGGAAAAGGGCGGAAGCGGCCGCCCUACGGGCAUAUGCGGCGGGCGGGGGGGGGGGGAGGAAGAACGGAGGGAGGCCGCUCUUUGCUCUUUACUGCUGGUCGUGUGGGAUGAUGAUGCGCUGGUCCUCUGCAAAUAAGUUUCACGGGCUCCGGCGGCGCUGCUCUGAGCCAGAAUCGAGCUGUUGACAUGGUUUCCUCACACACAUCGCACCAGGCUCCCUCUCAGCUUCCUCCGCCCCUGACGGAUGUUAUUGGCAAACCCCCGUGUCUGAAAGGACCCGUCGAAAUAUGCAAGGCGCUAGUCGGAUUUGCUGUUUGGUGCCCCCCCCCCCCACUUUAAUAAAACUAAAAUAGGAGCAGGCUCUGUGACUAAGGGGGACAGGCAGCAAACCAACAGGCGAAGCUCCAUCAUGGCUUCAGCUCUCUGCCGUUUUAGGCGCAUAUGCAGUGCCGCAUUUACGUAUAAGCUGAACAAGCUGUAGCUUAGGGCCCCACUCUAGGGGGGCCCCCAAAAAAUUAAGGGAAAAAUAACCUGGGUGUACAUUUCCAAAAUAUAAGAUAAAAAACAAAUAAAAUAAAACCUACCUACAGCAACAGUGUUUUGAGUUGUGUAGGCUCCUAUGGUAUAAGUAAUGGGCCCCACUUGCUAGUCUGCUCCCUAAAAUAUCACUGGUUUUAGAUACCUGUUAGGUCCAUAAAUUACCAGAUACCAUAUAUUCAACACAAAAAACAGCAACAAUUUGUUGUUGACAAAGGACAGCUGGACAUAUAAAGGGCCCCAUUACCUUCAAUAGCUUAGGGCCUCAUCAAACCUAAAUCUGGCCCUGCGCAUAUGGCAUGCCAGAUUCUCUCACUUGGAACAGCUAAACCUGUUGUUGAGUCACGCUGUUUCGAAAGGCAUAAGCAUCUGCUUGCAGGGAAGACAGCAGAGCCCAUUGCUCACAAGCGUGAACUCGAAACUCUUUGUUUAUGUUUUAAAUCCACUUUAGACAGCCCUCAAGCACCAAGAAGGACACAUCUGCUGAGAGGAGGAAGGUGUUUGAGCCAAUGCUGCUCCCUGUUGCCCAGGGAUGAAAGUGUCUUCUGAUUUUCAUGGCCCUCCCAUCCUGGUUCGUUUGCCCAUGGUUUGUGGGGAGUGAUUAAAAUGUUUUGCUAGGCCUUGGUGUCUGUCCAUCCGCCACAGUAGAGGCCAUUUUUAUUUGCCCUUAGAACUUUGAGGUAUAAACAGCAGCAUGUCUCUGGGGAUGUGAGUCCCCUAACCCUAGCUAAUAUCCAUGCAUUGUGGAGAACGGAGCUUCUAAGUCAUCGGAGAUGGAUUUAUGGAUAAAUCCGCCAAUUUAAUAAUUAAGCACGGCUGUCUGUCCCUGCCCACUUGGUGCAGUUGUUAGGCGAGUAUUCCAAUAAGAUCUGGGAGAGUUGGUUUUGAAUCUCCACUUAGCCAUGAAUCUAGCCACCAUUUCACAGCCUAAUCUACAGGGUUGCUGUUAAAAUAAAAUGGUGAAGGGGAAGACCGUGUGCCACCUUGAUCUUGUCAGACAGAUGAAAUAUAAAUAGAUGGUAAUGUGCAUUACUUCACUUAAAAAUAUGGCUAGCCAGCCUUGUGUUUCAGGGUCCUCCUCAUUCUGCUGAAUGGGUGUCUGCCCUAAAGUCUUGUCCCAAUGCCAUUACUAUAAGUACUGCAUGUGACAUGCCUAGGUAUAAUUCUGGUGGAGCUGAGGAAACUGAAUUGAAAUGGUACAGAGUUUUGAGCAUUGCCUCCUUAGCUUUAACUUCAUGUUUGCACACAUGCCACAGCUGUCCAAUAAGGCUAAAUAUUACAUAUAUAAUGCCUAAAUAUAAUGCAUUCUAUUCUACUCUUUGAGCAGCUAGUCUGUUUCAGAGAGCAUAAAUAUUUCUCAAUGUGCAAAAAAAGCCAGGAUUAUAACCACAUGUCAAAGCAAGCUGUUAAGACUUGUAGUUCUUAUUAAACAGUUUUUCUGUAUCAGAUAGGAAACUUUGCAGACAGGCUUAAAUCAGCUUAAAAAAAAAAAAGUUGGCCCUGAAGACAUAUGCAAAACCUGAGAUGGCUGGGAUGUGCAUAUGUUUCCCCCACUUCCAAAUUAUAUCUCAUUAGCAGCAUUUAUAUGACUUCAGAAAUACUUCUUAGGAUGACAUAUGGAAAUGCCCUAAGGUGGCCAAGAUUUGUCUUGCUGGAUAACACGUAAUGACAUUUCAUUGUAAAAGUAAUGGAUGUAUGUUGUAAAAUAUAUGUGUAUUGGAUCCUGAAAUUAUUUUUCAGAAGUACCUUUCAAUGAAAUUGAUGUGACUUGCUUCCAAGUAACAGCCGGAUCGAACAGAUGCUUGCCAGUUUUAUGCUUCCAACGGGAGGGGGGGUAGUUAAAUAUGAAAUGCACGUAUACUUAGCCAUUCAAAAGUGCCAUUGGCAAGAAUCUUAAAAGAUAAAGCUCUCUCCCUGGGGAGAAAGCCCAAGGGCUAGUGGUUCUAAUGAGAUUUAUGUUACAAUAAGGUCUAGACUGAUUUGCACCAUUGACUUCCUGAGUCCAGGAGACUGUAAAAUCCUCAGCUGCAAAGGACAGAAGUGUACAGGACUGCUGUAAAAAACAACAACAAAACUUUCUGAUGCUACACUUGGACUGAUUAUGUCAAACCCUUUGCAAGAUAGUGCAACAGUUAGAAUUACUUCAGGCAAGUCUCCUUCCAUGUAUAAUUUCAAUUAAUUACUUUUUGAUCCUUAUUGAUUAUUUUUUUUAAAAAAGAGUGGUUGGGUCUCAGUACUGCCACUGCUCAUACCAUUAAACUUUGAAGGAUUUCCUUUCAAUGCAACAACGUGCAGACCAGAAUCUGCAUGUCGUAGAGAAAGUAGAUAGGGAGAUUUUUUUCUCCUUCUCUCAUACUAGAACUCGAGGCCAUCUAAUGAAGCUGAAUGUUAGAAGAUUCAGGAUGGACAAAAUGAAGUAUUUUAUCACGCAGUACAUAGCUAAACUAUGGAAUUCAUCCCCGUAGGAUGUAGCAAUGAUCACCAACCUGGAUGGCUUUAAAGAUGUUUAGACAAAGCUAUCAUGCCAUCAUGGCUAUGUUCUACCUCUGCUGUCGGGGACAGGAUGCCUCCAUACCAAUUGCUGGGAAUCAGGAGUGUGGAGACUGCUGCUGUCCUCAGGUCUUGCUUCUGGGCUUCCUAUAGGAAACUAGUUGGCCCCUGUGAGAAGAGGAUGCUGGGCUAGAUGGGCCUUUGUUCUGAUCCAGCAGGGCUUUUCUUAUGUCCUUAGGGAGCAAACAGCUAUGGACAACUGGGUCUUGGUCAUAAAGAAGAUGUACUCCUGCCCCAGGCCCUUAAAGAAUUGCCCUGCAGUCAGAAGAACAUCACAAGUAUUACUGGAGGAGGAGGACAUUCUGUAAUUGUUACUGGUAAGAAACUGGCAUUUCUGUUUCCUGCCCAUAGUAUACUUGCAAGACUUCAUUUUUUAACUCUCUUGUUGCUACCCAUAUACGACUUCAUGGUUGCUUAAAUUUCUCUUUCCAUCUUUCUUUAAAAUGAGGUGAUGAAAUGCUCUUUAUGUCAUCAAAUGGUGGAUAAGGUUUUUGGAUUUUUGCUGCUUUGCUGUUCCUCAUCAUUUCUUUUGUGUGUGUGUGGAGGGUGCUGAUGGGCUACUCAGUGACUCAAAUAAUGGUAAUGAGCUAAUUUAGGACAAAUCUGCAUGAGACUUAUUUUGGGAUCAGAUGUGCCCAUGCAGCACGUACAGUCCUCCACAUUUUGCAUGUGCUGGGGCUGCAUCUGUGAUGGUCUCCUAGCCUGUGCUGUUUAAGUUGUAAAGUGAAAGGCCCCAGUUGAAGCCUUGGAGACGUAACUGUAGCGUUCAGUGUUGUUUCCCAAUGUGAUUCAUUUUGUCUUCGGACUGCCUAGUGUCGGGAUGAGGGACCUGUGCCCCUCCAGAUGCUGUUGGACUACUAUAAGCUACAUUCACCAUGUGAAUGGAUGGUGUGACUUGGAGCCUGACAACAUCUGGAGCAUCACAGGUUCCCCAUCACUAGCCUAGUGCUUCAGUCAUUUCUGGAGUACAGUUCUUUAAAUGAGAAAGAGAGGACUGUGCUUUGUUAGUAUGAACACUCCCUCAAGUUUUCUGGACAAAUAACAAUUAUUGGGUCUUAAAGUGCCAGUGAAUAUUGGAUCAAAAUAUGCAUAUGUUUUUAUUUUGCAUAUGUUCCUGAUAGUAUUUGUUCAUUUUGCAGACACUGGAGAACUCUUUUUAUGUGGCCAAAAUAAAGAUGGGCAGUUGGGACUUGGUCAUACUGAAGAUGUGGAACAUUUUACAUUAUGCCUUUCCCUGUCUGGUUGUCCUGUUGUACAAGUUGCCUGUGGCUGGGAUUUUACCAUAAUACUUACAGGUAAAUCUAGCAACUAGGCGGAAACAAGUGUUACAUGAUGUGAAAGCUCCAAGCUUUAUCUGGGUCUCCAUAACCAUUCAAAAGCUUUACAGUGAGCUAUAUGUAAAAUCACAAGGCUAUAAAUUGUUGACUUUUUGGAAAUGGAAGACUAUGCAUUCAGUCGAGUGCUGCUGUAGCAUAAUGGUUAAGAAAAUGAGCUGUAAGCUAAGACAGUUAGCCUUGACCUUGCACUUGCCCCAUGGCCUUAGUUUCAUAGGGCACUGUGUAGCAAAGAUUAGAUCCAGUGAAGUUUGGAAGUAAAUGGGUCUUAAGUUAGUAGUAGUCCAUCACCAUCAAUGAGGCGUAGAUGUGACUUUUAAUAAAAAUGAACCUGUUUCUUACUAGUGGGGAAAUGGACUACAGUGCCCUAGGUAUCUCCUUGAGGUAAACAAUAGAAAUGUGAAGAUUUCCAGUGCUGUUCUAUCUCGCAGGAAAUGGUCAGGUGUUAUCUUGUGGGUCUCAUUCUUUUGGACAACUCGGAGUUCCUGAUGCCUCAGGAGGAAAUGCUGUCCCACAGAAAAUUAAGGUGAGGUGCCAUCAGCACAAAUAUUUAAAUUCACCAUUAUGCCCAGUUGUGUGAUGAUUCCUUCCAUAAGCCACUUCACUGUGGAUCAGCAGCUUUUGAUGUUUCCUUUGUAUCAUGCAUGCUGGACUACACGUUCAUUCAUUAGUUCUGAAAAUUUCAAUAGCAUGGCUAAAAAAUACUGUUCUGUACUGUAGAGCUGUCGAAGAGAAUGUAAAUAUGUUUUUUUCUUCCUUGUUCCAUAGACUAUACAGGACAAAGUAGUAAAUGUUGCUGCUGGGCUCAGACAUGCAGUAGCUGUAACUGGUGAGUUAUUACUACAGUCCAUAGUUCCUUACUGAAAGGUGCAACCAUGUAACAACAUAAAAACUGUUACAUUGUCUCAGAUGAUGGGUCUGUAUCCGCAGCUUUAAUUGUUAUGUGAUUUAGAGGAAGCUGUGAAGCAAUUAAAAGUACUUCAUCCCCAGUUAUUCACUGACAGGCUGAUACCUCAGUCUCAUAUACCUUAGAAGCCUGCUUAUAAUCACUUGCUGUUACCCUAGUGUUCCUCAUCAGGGUGGGUGGAUAUUUCAUGGUAGUUUGUAAAUUAAUUAGGAAGGCCUGAUAGCGACACAGUUUCUGACACCAUGCAAGCCCUAGCACAGUGUCUGAGGUAGUGGUGCAUAUCUGGCUGUGGGUUUCCCCCCAAGAGCCAGACAGAGAGGCCUAGAGGACCACAUCUGGUCCCCAGGCCUGAGGUUCCAACCUCUGCAUUAGGAGGCUCCUUGUGUUUGCAGGUCACCUUGUAUACAUAGCUUCAAUAAGUGUACAUGGGCUUACCAUCAUCACUUAAGGAGUGAUUGAUAAGGCACAGUCACAGAGAGAAUCUCUGCAACUGGCAGGGCUUUGUCAUAAUUACCAAAUAAGUGCAAAUGGCCUAUCAGCAAAUUCCAUGGAAGUUUCUCCUGUGGUUUAUGACAUUAUUGCCUGGACUCUUGAGAAGCUUACAACCGUUUCACAAAUCACAGAGGGUCAAACCUGAACCUGCCACCAAAUCUCCAGGAAGCUGCAGCUAAUUGCAGCUCCGUCUAUGUAUUUAAUAAACAUUGGUCAUAUUCAUUUAUUACAUGAGGUAUCUGCUUAAUAUAUUAGUGUGCACCUUAAAAACAAGAUGCGUGAAGUUGUCUCGAACCUAGCGUACUGUUAUUUGGGGUGUUGAGAAUUUUUCCUGCUAGAUUGUUUUGUUGUUCUAUAAUUUAUGUGUUAACAUUUUCCAGGUUAAUAUUUGCAUUAGUAAAAAUAGUAACACCCCCCCACCCAAUGUCUUUUAGCAGGGGAACAGCCUUUAACAUGAAUAUUUAAUUUUCCUUUUGCAUGUACAUGUUGAAAAGAAAAUGGUUCAGUUUUCCAGUGGGGAGUUGGCAUGGCAUCUCAGGCAAAGCGGGCAUGCCAAGGACAGAUGGUUCCAUCUUUUUGGAGGGCUAGAGAGCCUUGCAAAGUAACAGGUUUGUUAUCUAAAUAUUUAAGGUAUGGAUCAAGUAUGUCAUGUGCAUGCAAGGGGUCCACAAAUUUUGGCUUGCUUUAGUAGCCAGCCAUUAUUUGUGGCUAUACCCAAUGAUGCUGAUCCCUCCAUUCCUAAGUCCUCAGAUGCUGCUCUGUUGUUGCUGUAAUAGCAUGUAUCGCAUUCCCUUAGCACUCUCUGAUUCCAUUCCCAAUCAACCCAAACACAAACCCCAGCCAUAUACUUGGCACAUGAGACUCUGUCUUUUGCAGAGCCCAGAGAAUGCCCAGCCACAGAGAGAGUCAGAUGUAGUGUUUUAAUGGUGAACAUUUGGAUGUUGAUCCUGAACUGUCCUUUAUUAUUAUUGUUGCAAUGCUUCUCUCCAUAUAAGCUUUUAUCAGUAAGCACCAGCACCUUGAAUUGGUCCUGGAAACUAACUGGAACCUACUGUCGUUGACAUAAAACUUGUGCAACAUGAUCUAAGAAGAAUCCACUAGGAAACAAACUUUCAAUCUCAAUUUAUUUGCUUUCUUUUCUGAAGAAGAGAAGUAUGUUGCAAUCUGUGUAAGUACAGUCCCUUCCCAGUUGGAUUUUUCAGAAAUUUUCCCCCGGAGGGCCUCAGUCAGAGGGAGAAAGGAGAGGAAUGGAGGGAAAAGAGAAACCAUGUAGAAACAAAUGGUGAAUGAAGAAAUAGAUAGUUUGCACCCUAUCCUGGCCUUCAGGUUCCUCUUUGUCAGGAACAAGAUACAAAACACAUAUUUGUCCUUGUCUCAAGAAGAGAAAACUGGGAAUAUGGAUUUAUUCUUACAGCAGUUAAAAUAAAAUAUGUUAACGCUGGGAAUUGGUCUGACAGUUUCUUAUGUACUUUGCAGUGUUAUGUUAAGAUGUUUACAUCACAAAUCUCUUUUGUCAAAUAACAUUGUUUGAAAACUCUUGUUAUCAGGCAGAGCUGGUGAAAUUGAUAUACAGUGGUACCUCUGGUUAUGAACUGAAUCUGUUCCGGAGAUCUGUUUGUAACUGGAAACCGUUCUUAUCCUGAGGCACGCUUUCGCUAAUGGUGACUCUGUGUGCCUCUAGCGCGCGUGUGCCUCUAGCGCGCAAUUUCUGAUCUCAUCCCGGGGCAAAGUUCGUAACCAGGAGCAGCUACUUUCAGGUUAGCCGAGCUUGUAACCUGCAGUGUGCGUAACCAGAAGCAUUCGUAACCAGAGGUACCACUGUAAUAAACACACAGAUGGCACUUCGAGAGGUUAUUCCUUCUGCCCAGGAACUGGAGUUCUGGUCAUUUGGCCAAGCUGGCAGUGGGAGCCAGUUGUAUGCUCAGGAACAAUAUACCUUCUGUUAGGAAUGUUUUAAGCAUUAUGAUCCCUUCCCUGCCUCGUUGGCACUGAUUGCUGUUAGCAGGUUGAACUAUCCACUGUCCUAUUGUGGCUUGCAGCUGCUGAAUGCACCAGUUAAGAGCCAGUACCCAAAAAACUUGCAAAACUUGCAACCCUUUCCCCUUUCCCGUUUUGUGGAGUGCAGAAUAAUAAGCCAAAUCAAAAUGUAUUUCAGGUCUGUUUACAUUAUUAGGCUCUGCACAGUAACAAUUUGUUCCUUAGCUCAUCUUCACCUAUCUCUCUCUCCUCUUGGCAGUGUUGUUCUCUCCUUGUGGCCUUGUACUCUUCUCUGAUAGCCUAAUUAACCACCCCAUGGUUGCUGAAAGUUCUUCCAUUUGUUAGUGGUCCCCCUUCUCUUUUCUUUAAUAUCUUAGAUGCAUAUAGAUGAGCUCUGAUCUAUAAAAUUAGUUGGGGAGGUAGUAACCUGACAUGGCCCAAGUAGCUUCCCAAAGAGCCUGCACAAACAGCUUUCGUUAGCUUUCUUAUGCAGCUGUGUGUUGUGGUGUGGCAUUCUGUAUUGCAAAGGGCCUUUCUAAAAGGAAGUAUCCCUCUCCAGCUAACAGAAAAUAAUGGGUUAUUGUCCUAGGUCUAGAAAACAUCAAAGUAAAGAGCAUCACUUCUGGGUCGCAUCAUGUCACAUCACUCACAGGUGAGUUUCUUUUGUUUGGUUGGCUGUAGCUUUGGACAAAGUGAAGUCUGUCUGUUGAACCAUGAAAAAUAUUUUGUCUCUGAGACUAGUUCAUCCUCUUUCCUGUAAGAUGUGUAUCCCCGUUUUUGUUCAGAUUUAAUCUAGCUGCCCUCAUAACAUGCUUCCUGCUCCUGCCACAUUUAAGACAGGCUUGUGACCCUCCUCGAACAAACAACAUGUAUUGCAUAGAGAAUUAAGUUGAAGCUCUAGUUGUAUACACAGAAAUAUAUGCUUUUUGUGCUUGUAGAGUCUGUUGCCACUUUAAAAAACUGAGUGCAUUACUUUUCUUAGAAUGUUUGUUCAUCUGUUUCAAAGACUAGACAGAGAACAGAUGUGCAACUGUAAAAUGACAUUUAGUCAACAUUUUUGUGUCCUUUAACUUCCUUUUUUUUAAUAUGUUCUUUUCUUCUUUAAGAUGAAGGAGAGUUAUAUGUCUGGGGGAGCAACAGACACAAGCAGUUAGUGAGCAAAGAUGAUUUUCUUUUGGAACCCCAGAAGAUAGAAACCCACUAUUUUGGGGGCGAAAAGGUCAGAAGAGUCUGGAAUGGAUGGACGCACAUGGUGGCACAGACAGGUAGGACAUCAACUGCGGAUGCUGCAUAUAAAAAUACUUUGUUUACCGAAAGCGAUGUUUGGAUGGUUUCUUAAAAAAGUGCUUUCAGGUUGAGUUGUUUGGAUAGUAUGGCAAAACCCUGCAUUUAGAAAUGUGGGAAAUAUGUGAUUUAGGCUUUAGGGCUGAACUGUGUUGGUUCCCCCUCCCCAAUUUGAUGGUUGUUCUGCCAGUGCAAGCAUUUCUGCUUGUUCUGCUUGACAGACAGGGCGAUUUCCCUCUUUCCCAUGCAUUGUUCUGGGAGUUCUCCCGACCCUCCAGUGCAGAUUUGUGGGAGGAGGGAGUGGUCUUGUUGAGCUGGCAGGAGUCCUUAUGCUGGCUUCCACUAGUGCACUGGGCUAGGUGAAUCCAGCUCCAAUUCAGAAGUAGUACCUGGGAUAUGAAAGGAAGAAGAUGGCAGGUGUGUUGCACGAGUUGCUGUUUGAAUAGCUUUGCAUCCUUCUGAGGACCAGUAACCAGUUGCCCAGGGAAACUCCCUCCCCAACAUAGUAGCCUGUUUCAGUCAAAACACCCCCACCAGCAAAAAAAUACACCCCUAAUUUAAAUUUUAAAAAAUUAAAAUUGAGAGGGGGUCUUGAUGAGUGCCAAGGAGGGUAUAUGAGGGUGCCAUGGUGCCACCUCUUCGCAUGUGCUCUGUGCUUGCAGGCUGCAUUGUCAAAAGGACUCCAGAAGUGCGCAAUCAAAGCUGAAACUUGCUGCUUAUCGUUUAUAUUUCUCAUGAUGAUGAGGCUGGGCUCUGUAAUGCUCCCGAUGUAAAUUAGGUUACAUAAGGAUAACAUAGAAGUUGUUUGACUGAAGGCAGUCCUAAAUAUAGCAGAAGGGUGGUGAAGAACAGGAGAGAGAAUGAUAGUCUUAAGCCUUACAAAAGGUGAGUCAUCCUCAGUUCAGAACAAGUGCUUUCCACAAACUGGUAUGGCUGAUAACGAAGACAGCUUUAAUUAAGGAAGUUUAUUUAUCUCGGUGUUCUCUCGAAUAAAUCCAUUAAUCCGUUUGUCAUGUACUAUCAAAUCAAAUUACUGUAAAAUUGGGUAAAGAAAUUCUUGAUACAACCAAAGACUUACAAGCUCCUUCCCCAGAAGGGUUAUUUUUUAAAACACGCACACACACACACACAGAGAGAGAGAGAGAGAGAGAGAGAGAGAGAGAACACUCUCUAUCUUACAUUGUUGCCUCCUGUAAAAAUCCAAUGGGAGCUGUAAAGAGUCUCAGAGGAACAAUGCACCAUCAUGCCUCUGGGGAAACAGCACAAUAAAAAUCUUUUAUUAUUUAUUUUAAAUAUUUUUAUCCUGCUAUUCAGCUGAAAAAGACUCUCAGAGAGGCAUACAACGAUCAACAACAACAACAGUUUUCUUAUUUGUACCCUGCCUAUCUGACUGGGUUGCCCCAGCUGCUCUGGGUGGCUCCCAGCAUAUACAGAAGCCCCAUAGGCUUCCAGUCUAAAAUGUAUUUAGAAAAGGAAAAUGGAUGGGGAGGAGGAAGAAAGUAUACUCAGGCAUUACCUCUUAUUAGUUGGGAAGGGCUGAAGCAAGCUCUCUGCAGCUGCUCCUCCUUCAGCUCCUUCAGGCCAGGUUGGGCUCCAAAAUUGCUCCGGCCUCCAUGCCAGGGAAGAAGAUUGACAUCAGGAGGAAGAAUGGGGAGGAGGAUGAUCUACAUUGGUAUUUGCUGCCCUGGUGAGCCCAGCCCCUGAGGCAGUCACCUCUCCUUGCCUCAUGGGUGGGCUGGUCCUGAAUAAAUAUCUACACCACAUCUGCUGCCCCUGUGGAUCCUGCUGCCCGAGACAGCUGCUUUACCUUUACUUUUAGGUGGGCUGGCACUGGUAGGUAUAUUGGCCUUUUGUACUAAAAACAGCAAGACAGUACCAUCUGUAUACUUGCUUGAGAGUAACCCCACCAAACCUAGUGGGCCUUACUUCUGUGUAGGGUUGAGAAUUCUCCUCUGAGGUAGCCAUGGUGAAAGCUGUGAAAGGAGGAUCUUUCUUCCCCUUAAUUGUUCAUCUAGAAUGUAUUUAUCUUUGCCCAACACCAACAUGAGGCCUCCAACAGAUUACUUGCUUGGGGGAAAGGAUUGUGUAGAAAUUUAAUAAGUAAUAAUAAUAAUAAUAAUAAAUAACAGAGCUGAAGGAAUUUGGUCCUUAACAGCAAAGAAGUUGCUCACACCUGCUAUAGACUGAAAUUAAACUACUUGGUGUAAAUCACCAGCAUUCUUUUUGGAAAUUAGCACUGUAUUUUUCCUUUCUUCUCUACAGCUCAUUUUCUCAAUGUUAAAUUGUAGUGUUUAAGUUCUUGAGGGACAAUGUGGUGCAGUGGGUACAUUACUGGGCUUUGUACAUGGCAGAUCUAGGUUCAAAUUGCUGCUAGUCUGUCAUUAAGUGAUAUUGGCAGAGGUAUGGUCUCUUCUCAGGAAGGCUUUCUUUAUAUCUCUUUCAACACCUUUUUAAUGCGAGGGAAAGUCUUUAAAAAAACAAAUCCCAGGCAUUUACCAUCCGAGGAACUUUACCAUAUGUUUGUGUCAUUGCCACUUUGACUAUGCUCUUUUUAAAGAACUGUUUGACACUUUAUUAUUGUAUUUUUAGGAUUCUGUAGUCCUCCUCAGGUGUUGUAAAGGUCAAACCAUGUUGGAAGUGUGGGGUCAUACACACGAGUUCACCGCCUCUACCUCUGCCUGUGCUGCGUUUAGUAGCAAGGUCUGAAGGAGGCUUGCAAGCAUGUUCACUUGAGCAAAUCGGGGACACCGAUCGCCCAGGGUUCCUGAUCCUGGCGGGGCUUGUAAGAGUGCUCAAGCGAACAUACUUCCAAGCUCCCCCUCACCACAUUACUGCUGAAUGCAGCAAGGUUCGGCCUCAAGAGAAGCGGGCUAGUGCCAUGCCUCCGACACAGUUUGACUUGCAUAAUGCCUGAAAAGGGCUUGUGCUUUUCUUUAUAAACUACCCUAGUAAUUUGCAUUGAAAGGUACUGGAUACCUAAGCCUACCUCCUAAGGCAGUUUGCAGACCCCUCCACCCCACCCCCCAAAGGUAAAAGAACAUGUCUGUGGUAGUGGUCUUGAUAGUGUUUCAUUAGGUCCUACUGACUUUCCUUAGACAAUAGGAUGAUGUGAGAGAUGGAAAUUAGUGACUAAGAUGGGAAAAGAUAAGCCGUCAAACACUUUCCCUUCAGAGAAUUGCGCCACAAUAGAUAGCACAGGUUGUGUGAGCAAGCUGGGGAGAGCUGGAGAGUUCUGGAAAUGAAAUGGCAGUGACCACUCCCUAUUGUAUUAAGGAGAGAGCUCCAUAAACCUUUAGUAAAACCUCCCUGGAACUGCUGUAUAAUUUUAUUACUAUUAUUUGUUAACGAUUUCUUAGUUUACCAAAAUAUGUGCAUUGUCUCUUUUUCUGAAUUGUGCUUUCUACAGAUCAGUUUCAUUUGUUGUGAGACAUUAGUGUUGCAUGCAGUAUUAGGUUGGGAGGAAAAGAGGGGGACAUGGUGAGGGCGGUGGGGUUGGGUGGUUAUGCUUCUAUUCUUCUAUGUGUGGGGUUUUGUGUCAGCGUCACUUGUACGGAUUCUCUUACUAUUCGCUUGUUAUAUUUCAUUGGUGGUGAGAGAGGGUAGGGGUGGCCUCGGGUGUGGUUAUCGGGGUACGGGUGGCACUGGGGUCUAAACCACAGAGCCUAGGGCAGGGGUCAGCAAACUUUUUCAGGAGGGGGGCCGGUCCAUUGUCCCUCAGACCUUGUGGGGGGCCAGACCCACCCCCUCCUGAAAGCACCCCCUUCCCGAAAGGUCCCUGCCAGCCAAUGCCACUCACGCCACAGCUGCUGCAGCCGCCUCCUCUUCGGCAGCGUCGGCGUCCUCCGUCUUGGCGGGGUGCAGAGUCCAUGCCGCUGGCCUGGGCGGCGGAGGCAGCCUCUGUGCCGCUGCUGCUUCCUUCCCACUUGCCUGCUUCCUCCCGCUUUGCCACCUCAGUGGGAAGGAAGGGGUGGCACCCAGAGUCACCUGCGGCUUUUGAUUGGCUGCAGGAGCUUUCUGCAGCUAAUCAGAAGCUGUGCCACAUCACAGAAGUCAGUCUCCGCGCGGUGAUGCCUCCAUGCCGCGCCUGUUUAGCGUGGGGACUGACUGAGCGGGUGGCAGGGUCUGCAAGGUUUGCGGGCCGGAUUAACGAGCCCGGUGGGCCAUAUCCGGCCCGCGGGCCUUAGUUUGCCAACCUCUGGCCUAGGGGCUUGCCGAUCAGAAGGUUGGCGGUUCGAAUCCCCGUGACGGGGUGAGCUCCUGUUGCUCAGUCCCUGCUUUUGCCAACCUAGAAGUUUGAAAGCACAUCAAAGUGCAAGUAGAUAAAUAGGUACUGCUCUGGCGGGAAGGUAAACGGUGUUUCCGUGCGCUACUCUGGUUCGCCAGAAGCGGCUUAGUCAUGCUGGCCACAUGACCCAGAAGCUGUCUGUGGAAAAACGCCAGCUCCCUCGGCCAGUAAAGCAACCCCAGAGUCGCCUGCAACUGGACCUAACGGUCAGGGGUCCCUUUACCCUUUACCUUUAGGGUGUGGUUGGUUGUCUUUGGUUGGCGUAGUGAGAUUUGUUUAUGUGUGUGAGUGUGGGGUGGGUGGGUGGAUUUUUGGAUCAGGUUAGCCAGAUUUAUUCGUAUGCUGCCGGCAGAUUCUUGUUGUUUUGUUGGGCUAUGUAUGUGAUAAAGGGGAACCAUACCGGGAUGAAGGCAUCUUCUAUUGGUCCCCAUAUCAGUUUCAGUUUAUUGGUUAGUUUUUCUAGUAAGGCUAUUUCCCAUACUAUUUGAUACCAUUGGUCCAUGCUUACUCCUGACAGGUCUCUCCAGUGUCUGGCUAUAAUGUUUCUGGCUGCUGAGAGUAGGUGGGUUAUGGGCUCUUUAUAAUGUGAGUGGGCAUUAUGAUCUUGGAAGAUGUUCAGUAGGUCCAGUUCUGGGGGGAACCGCUGUAUAAUUGACAUUACCUGACACACUGGGAAACGAGCUGUACAAAAGCCUUGUGAGCAUCCAUUAAGUAUGAUUCAUCCGAAGAGCAGUAAAAGAUGGCACAAUGUUCUUCCUGCUAUAUUAACAACCUCAUCCUUGGCUAGGCUCUUAGGAAUAUUAAUGAUUUCUUAUAUUGGAUUUUAACAUAUUUUCUCUCUUGUUUCCAUCCCCUCUAGUGUACCCUUGGAAUCCCCUGUCAAAAUCAGAAUAUUAAAGGGGCAUGGAGAUUCACCUACUCUUCCCAUAAGUCUCUAAUUCUUGCCAUAAAAAGAGACAGUAGAACAGGGGUUUAGUUGGGAGCUAUGUAGAUGUUCCUUUUUAAGAGAGUCAUGUCUCACAUGAUACUGUGAGAAUCACAAAUGCAAAUGAGCCAUUAUCUAUUUGUUCAUUGUUUGGAAUCCAGUAGAAACCAAUGUUGCUAAUCUGAUGAAAGUUGGGAGCUAUGUAGAUGUUCCUUUUUAAGAGAGUCAUGUGUCACAUGAUACUGUGAGAAUCACAAAUGCAAAUGAGCCAUUAUCUAUUUGUUCAUUGUUUGGAAUCCAAUAGAAACCAAUGUUACUAAUCUGAUGAAAAAUGCCCCCUAUAUUUAAUAAUGUUUUAUGCAUUUACAGAUAAGUUAAACCUUGGAAUUUGUAUAUAAUCUAGGGUGACUAUCCCCAAAUUGUUAAAAUGUAGAGGGCUCUGUGUUGAAAAACAUGUUCUCCUGUCUUCAUUUUAAUUGAGGACAGGGUCACUCCGCAAUUCUAAACACACUUAAUUGAGAAAUGAACUCACUGAUAUUAACAAAUAUCAAAUAUCCAAACAAAUGUGCUGAAAAUCAAAAUAUUGGGACUACCUCAGAUGUAGUUAAUGCUCUUAGGACAUCUGCCUAGGGCAAAGUCUUCCAACUGUGUGGUGGAGAACAUAACAACCGAGUGUUUAGAAUAUGGAGUUGGUUUAUAGAAUCAUAGAUUCAUAGAACUGUAGAGUUGGAAGUGAUCCCAAGGGUCAUCUAGUCCAACCCACUGCAAUGCAUACAUACACAUACAUACAUAGAUAUACACUGUCCAUAGCAACUGGCAUCCCCAUACAGUAGUGAGUUUCCAGCCCCCAGAUGUAUUAUCUAUUACCACUUAGCCAUAUGAAUAAGCACUAGGGUUGCCAGCUAACUGAGGGGAAAGACCCAGACUGGGCAAAGUUGUUAAGCUGGUGUUUUGUUUUUUAGUUUUGCAUAAAAAAAUUAUGUUUUGCUGAUUUCUACCUGGACAUUGCUACCAACUAUGGUAUUACAGAUAUGUUUGAGACGUAUGGCAACCAUUGCUAUUUCCCAUGUCUUUUUGUGGGCUUUUCAGAGGCAUAUGGUUGGCUGUUGUUGGAAACAGGAUUCUGACCUGAGCCAGCAGGGUUUUUAUUAUGUUCUUUAUUUGAAGGGCAGGCAGACCUAAUCAGAAUCAUUAGGAAGUUACUGCACAAUGGCUUUGAUUCAUGCAACAACUCUAACUAGAUUAGCCUUGCUAAAUUUGUGCCUUCCAUGCUGACUGGGACUGAUGGAAGCUGUAGUCCACAAUAUCAGGACACAGGGUUGGCAAAGGCCGUCACAGUUUCCCACCCCUCUGAUACAAGCUGAAAUCUCAUAAGAUUGUUUUCUUUAUUUUGUCCAUUCUUAUUUUACUUAAUUUCUUUACAGGCCACACUCAUCCCGCCAGUAACCCUGUAAAGCUCAGAGGUGGGGAACAUUUAGGGUUGCCAGAUGUCACCAUACUACAACUUCCAUCGUCCCUGACUAUUGACCACUUUGACCUGGGCUGAUGGGAGUUGGCAUCUGAUAAUAUUUGAAGGCCCAUAAGUUCCCAAGCCCUGCUAUAAACAAGUUGCUUUUAUGGCACAUUUUCCCACAGCUGGUGAACAAAGAGAAAAUGCCUUACCCAUUGACACCCUGUAAUUUCCCACUUCUGAGUGGUAAUUUAAAUCCUGGUCUCUCAGAUUCAAGUGCAGAACUCUAAACAGGAGGCCAGACAGCCAAGAUGCCUCAUUCCCACCCUUCAUGUUUAUAUAUCUCUUUGAAACAGAACGUGAAAAUGAUUGUGGUGUGCGUGUGUGUGUGUAUGUAUAUAUAUAUAUAUAGAGAGAGAGAGAGAGAGAGAGGGAGAUGUGUGUGAUAUUAUGCUUUAUAGAAUUGUACAUUCAUUUCUUUUGUGGAUUUGAACUUGUUCUGCCUUGGCCAGUGCUUUCUUGCUCACACAACUGAGCCACACCAGGUGGUGAUCUAUGGGCUUUCCACUUCUCAUUCCGUCCCAAACACAGUGGCUGAGAGGUACUAUUUCAGUAGAGACUGAGGCAGCUAUGAGAACAAAGGCUUCCACAGAGAGAUAAGUUGAAAAAUGAUAUUUUUCAGCUUGGUUUUCUAGGUAAUGCUUAAUAGAUUGUCCAAAGAAAUUCACUGAGGAGAUUGAAAUUUUCUGUUUAUGACAAUCACUGCAGACCCAAUGGGCCUUGUCAAACCUAGUUACACUGAAUCAGGAAUUUAUAGUAUAUUAUUCAUUUUGAUUGUCAUUUGGCUCCCUCAGGGAAAAACCCACAAAUUAAAUUGUAAAUGUUACAUCGUAUUACAUCACAUUAAACCUUGGUGCAUACUUGAAGUGCCAUGAGAUUGACAAAUUAAAAUUAUGGCAGUGAAAAACUUUAGCAGUAGGAAAGUACUGACUUUAAACAGCCUGGAGGCAAAGCUUCUUUGCUUGCUUCAAAAUAUGUAUAAUAUUCCUGUUCUCCAUCAAAUGAGCAACAAGAUGGCAUGGUCUGAUAUGGUCUGAUGUGUGUUUUAGGCAAGGCAGAGGUGAGAUAUCAAACUUGAGUGUCGUGGUUCACAGCUUACCCACUACACUAUUAUUCUUCUACAGUAAAAGCUUUCCUUAAUAAUCAUAAAUAGCACCCCUAACAUGCUUGGUGUUUUAUAAAGUAGCACCAAAGACAAGCCAUGUCCUAUGGAACCUGCGAUCUAAAAUUCAACACAGGGUAGGUCUCAAGGCAGGGACGCGGGUGGCGCUGUGGGUUAAACCACAGAGCCUAGGACUUGCCGAUCAGAAGGUCAGCAACCUAGCAGUUCGAAAGCACGUCAAAGUGCAAGUAGAUAAAUAGGUACCACUCCGGCAGGAAGGUAAACGACAUUUCUGUGUGCUGGUCUGGUUCGCCAGAAGCGGCUUAGUCAUGCUGGUCACAUGACCUGGAAGCUGUACGCCGGCUCCCUCGGCCAGUAAAGCGAGAUUAGCGCCGCAACCCCAGAGUCGGCCACGACUGGGCCUAAUGGUCAGGGGUCCCUUUACUUUAGGUCUCAAGGCAAGUGUCAAGGAAGACUUAGACAAUUGUCUGACUAGGAAGUUAGGCAAUAAUCUUACAUAUUUUUCUCUCCCUAAGACAAGAACAGCAAAAGGGAACCUCUAACCACCCAGAUACAGCCAAGCCCAGUGCCAUCUGGUGCCUAAACUGUGUAAUGUCGCAAUCCGUGCGUGGAUGUGAAAAUAGAAGGAGGAAAAUUGUGUGUUCAGUUCAAUCACAUACAAAGCUUUCUGGCACAUCUCUUAUCUGUAUAUUUUAUUCUAUUUUAGUUGUACCAGUAGAUAAAAAUUGGAAUGGCUAUGGAAACACUGAACAAAUCAUUGACAGGUAGGAAGAGGCCCAACUGAAUCACAGAACUCUAGGGCAUGAUGAACUCUUUGCCAUCCUUUGGAGACAUUCAGCUGCACACAGACAUGAACAUCGACAUCUGAUGAAAGGAGAAGAACCAGGGCUAAGGAUUACAGGGAGAAGAGCUUGUUGGGAGAGCAUUGAGGACAGGAAUGAAUUGAAGAUGGAAACUUCACAGUGUAAGGAGGGGGCUUCUCUUGACUUUCUGGUACUUAGGGAGCAAUAAGGGAUCGCUAACUACAUAACUUCUUUAGAUAAAGCAGUGCUGGUAAAUUGUCUAAUUGCUUGUUGGAAUUUGGCCAAGUUUGGAACAAUGAAAAUCUGGCUUGUGGUGCUGCAACUACCCUCUAGAGGGCAGCAUUGAUGUCUACAUAUUUUUAUUUCCCUACCACCUUACUGUCAGCAGUUUAGAGCAGACAAUAGAUCUGUCUUGAUCUGCGGUAUUUGGACAAUGGUGGAUUGCAAAGGCAAGCAGUGCUUGGCUUUUCUCUUACAAUAGCUGAGAUUUUAAGUGAUGGUAAAUUCUUGCAGGGCUGCUUUAAAAACUAGCUCCAGGGGAUGGCUAAAGCCACAGAACAAUUAAUAAAAGUGUUUUAAUAUGAUUUGUAAAAAUGACUGUCCACAAAUUAAAUUAGUAACUGGUUCUGAUAAACUUCAUCAAUUUUAAAUUUUAUGAAACUUGCUUAUUAACCUAAAUGUAGAUGCCUUUUUAAGGAUAUUGAAGGAUGCUUGAGAUAACCUACAAUUUAAUAAACAAAUGCUACCACUUGUUCAAGUGCUCAAAUACACAGAAAGGGAUAGAGUGUGGCUAUUGGCUACACCUGUGCAUGUGUCCAGUGUCAUGUCUUAAGGAGUUGUUUGUGUAUGAAUUGUGUGUAUCAUUCUGUCCAUACAAUUAAGCUGAGAUCAUGUGGGCAGGGCAUAGGCAUAAAUUCUCUCAUAUGCUGUUCUGAAUUUGUUUAGGGCGGAAGCCUGAGGCCACAAGUGGCUACAAUCCUAUACCCCUUCACCUGCAUGUUGAGACAAACAUCUGAAUAGUGUAAAAUAAACUAUACUGUAGGUACUGUAGCACACUAUAAAAUAAACCUUUGGUCACCCUGUGAUGCAUUUCCAAAUACAGUAAUGGCUAAUGUUUUGGCAUCCUUGCCUUCUGAAAGAGAUGAGCAGGUUUAUCAUUUCCUUGUCCUUUAUAUGGUUUUUUGUUAUUAAUAUGAGAAACCAAUGUUUUUCUUGAACCUUCAGAGCAACAGUUAAACUUGCAAGGAUAAUGAGGAGCUACAUUUGUUUUUAAUUGCAUAACUAUAAUUAGACUGCUAUCUGCAUUUAGAUAUUGCUAUUAAAAGUUUAGAAGUGAGAGGCGCACCAUAGCUUGAAUUUUAAACAAGCCCAAGCCUGGGUUGGUGGUGAUAAAUAACAAGUGUUCUUUGAUUUGGCAGCCUGUCUUGCAACUGAACUGUCCACAUGGUCAAAUAGCUGCAAGAUCUCCUGGUGCGGGCUCUCGCCUCUUUCUGUAGUGAAGGAAGCAGGGGGAAUUAGGAGAAGGGAGUUCACUAUUUUGAGGCUUGCUCAUAAGCUUUUCUGAGGAAAGUCCUUGUGUGAGGGCUGAGGUAGAAGGAGCAACAGCCAGUCUGCCUCAGUGCACGGGUUUCAGGGCCAGCCCCAGUGCUUUUCUUCUGGGGGGGGGGGGACGCAGGGGUACGCAUACCCCUAAUGAUUUUGUGAAUCUAAGUUUGGCCUCAUUGAGGGGCACUAUUUCAAUAUGAGUAGGUAAAUGAGAGUACCCCUAAACAUUUUUAAAGGAAAAAAGCAGUGGCCAGCCCUAUCAUUAGGCAGAGUGAAGCAGGCACCUUUGGCGGAAUAUGCUGGGGGACAGGAAGUGGACAGAACUCUGUGUGCCAUUUAACUCACCUCGCAUCCUCUAAGAUAGUUUCUGCCCACAGGUGCAAUGGAGGAUACUGAACUCAGCUUCUAGUCUGGACAGCUUCUGUGUUUGGAAUGGGAAAGGCACCAUCUUUUCCUUUGCCCACAGGCAGCAAAAAUAUUUAGGAGAGAAUAUUUAUUUGAUAUUUAUGUGCAGUUUUUUCAUACAAGCAUUCUCAAAGUAGCUUACACAGAAGCAGAUUAAACUAAUUUAAAGAAUCAUAAAAAACACGACAGCUUAAAAAAAACCUAAAUAAAGGCAUGAAGAGCAGCAUAAGGCAACAAUUUAAGAACUUAACUUGCCUGAGCUUGAGGGAAUAAAAAUGCUUUUUCCUGUCUCUGAAAGGAAGACAAGUGCAGUAAAGAAAUGGACCACCUAGGGCAUGUUUGGCAUGAAAGUCUGAAAGGGGUGUUUGCUUAGAUGUACUUACAAGCUUCCUUAUUGAAGAGAGCUUCAGAAUGGGUAUUAUAUGUCCUCCUAGGUGGAGUUUCCAGAUCACUUUUAUUGUUUUUAUUUUUUUAAAUUUAUAUCCUACCUUUCUUUUGUUGUGUAACCCAAGACGAUAAACACAUGGUUUCCAGGCACUCACCUCCAUUCAGACACUGACCUAACCCAGGCAUGCUUAGCUUCCGCAAGAUGGUAGCCUCAUGUGCCUUCAGGCCAUGGGACUUUCAUUGUCAGGCCCCUGUUGCCACCAAGGCAUGAAUGACAGUAGCAGGCAUCUCUUUUCCAGUAGGGGGUGCAACUAAAGUUGGUAAAAUGCUACUACAGGACUAUUGUUACCUGAUCAUUUAGGAGAAUUGCUGGAUGGACAAGUAUUUUCAGACUAUGAACCUGCAACUCAACAAGGAGUAGGAGCCCAUCUGGGUAGAACUAAUAUUUUAUGACCAACUGGUCCUCUGAGUCUUUCUCCCCAGCAUGGCAAAUCAUCAGCUCCCUCUUGCCUGGGUUACCUUUUAUCUAUCCAGCUCAUUACUAAUCUCAGGUGAUUGUACAGAAAAGCCUCUACCACUACCUUGAGAUAGACUGGAACUUGUAGGGAAAAUGUAAGGAGAGGGGAAUUUGAGAAAUAUGAACUGGGGAAGUAGGAAAAAAAGCUGAGUGUUAAUUAACCCUUGAAGUCAGAAGAGGUUGGAGUGCAUUUUUUUUUAAAUAAAAAGCCUAGUUUCUUGUUAUUUUUCUUACAUUGCUGAGUUGCUGCUGUUUUCACAGUGAUUAAGUUUUGUCUGGAGGACUAAUGCUGAACAACUGCGUGUGUUCUAUUCAGAAACAGGGAAAGUCUUUACAUGGGGUAGAGGAGACUAUGGUCAACUUGGAUGGAGCAGGAUGCUGAAUGAAGGAGAGAGCGAGGAUGGAAAGAAAUCGACUGAACACUGUUUGAAAAAGCAAAUCAGUGCACCUGUUGCAGUGCCCAGCCUCACUGGAGCAUCUGAGGUAAGGAGAAACCAUGAAUUUUGUUAAGGUCAGACCUCUAAUUAUUUGUUUGUCUUGUGUUACUAAUUUACCUUUUGAGCAAGGGCUAUCUGUAGCCCAGAGACAUUAUACACUGGGAAAGAACAUCCAAGCUGUGGUGGUAACAACAGAUGACUGCCAUAUUGUACCUCUGUGGUGGUAUCUAUUGAAGCAGUCUCUGAGAAGAUGGGACUCUGUUACAUGGAAAAUAGAAGUCCAGUUUUACGGUAGCAGCAAUAUAGAGAGAGGCAAACUUCCCAGAUAAAUUUGUGCAUCUAAAAGUAUAUAUUGGGUGGAAUUCAAAAUAGCGCCAAGGAGAUUGUUCAUCAGUGCAAGCAUUUCUGUUUGUGAGAUGGAACAAUUGCCCCUCUUCUCCCCGUGUAUUUUCUUCUGGGGGUUUGGGAAAGACUUAGGGAAUGGGGUGAGGGAAAGCCCUGCUGCAUUAACAGGGGUCCUUGUGGUGGCUUCUGCUAGAGUAAUAGGUUAGUUGAAUCCAGACGAUGAAGAUGAUGAUGAUGAUGAUGAUGAUGAUGGUUCCUUCUCUGUUCUUCCCCAUGAGAUCCCAGCAUGGAUUGCAAUAAUUUAAAAAAUACAGUACUAAAACCAGUUAAAUUGCAGUCAGGAGACUAGGGUGGGCUCUAAAAUUUAUAUCUUGGUCAUCAAAAGCCAGGGCAAGGUGGUGUGUUUUCAGCAUACCAUGGAAACUAUAUUAUGAAGAUGUCAGAUGCACCUGAUAGGAAUUUCACUGGUUAGGGGUUGCCACUCCCUCUCCACUCCAAAUCUGAGCUUGGUGAAAUUACCAGACGGCCUCCUCUGCCUAUUUCAACACGCCAGACAGUCCGUAGGAAGGGAGUUGGUCUUUCAGAUAUAUUACUUUUAAGAGCGAUCCUAAGUGUUGAGUUUUGUUUGACAUAAUCUGGAUAUGUCUGGCUAUGUUUUCCCUCCACCCCUACUUAGUAACAGCAUAUUAUAUUUUAGUGCAUCUGUAGUUCAGUUUUUCCAUGUACAUGUUCUGAUGUACCAUCUUUUGUGGAGCUGAGAGUUUCAAAGGACUAUGGACCUAUGUUGUUGUUGUUUAGUUGUAUCCGACUCUUUGUGACCCCAUGGACCAGAGCACGCCAGGCACUCCUGUCUUCCACUGCCUCCUGCAGUUUGGUCAAACUCAUGUUCAUAGCUUUGAGAACACUGUCCAACCACCUCGUCCUCUGUCGUCCCCUUCUCCUUGUGCCCUCAAUCGUUCCCAGCAUCAGGGUCUUUUCUAGGGAGUCUUCUCUUCUCAUGAGGUGGCCAAUGUAAUGGACUUAUACCUAAAUGAAAAAACAAGUUGCCUAGAGUUCGGCCAAUUAAAAAGAGCAACUUUAGAAACAUUGAAUACUGUGAACUCACGGGUGGGAGGAAGUGAGAGUUUGUUUUAUUAAUAAACAUCUUAGUAAGAUCAGCAGUGUUUAAGCUGCUACUGAUAUAGAAUGAAAGAGCUUACAGGGAUGAAUUGGAUAGCUAAAACCUUGAGAUGUCAGAUAUAAUCAGAUCAUGAAGAACCAAAGUGUAACUGAUUUUUUAAAAUAUAUAUCUAUAUAAAAACAAUAUUGACAUUUUGGCACUAGCUGGUGGCAGUCACAAUCCUGGAAUGUAGCUAAAAAUGGGACUGUCCCUUGUGGAGAAUGUCAGAAGUAAAACACCUGAAUACUUAGGUGUCAAAGUCUUCUGCCCACAUCAGCUUGAACUGUGACAAGGGGCAUUUCACAGCACAGAGACCCCAUCACUGAUCACUGGUGACAUCAACUGCAAAUGCAACACUACAUCAAGGAAGCAUUUUGCACAUCAAAUGCUUCUAGAUUGGGUGUUCCCCCUGCCCUUAAAAUAAAGGCUGUUUCUGAGCAGGGAAAAAAAAUUCUGGUCAAUUAACAUAUGCAUUAAAAUUUCACAUUCCAAAGCAAGAAACACAUAUAUAUAUAGAGAGAGAGAGGGAGAAAGAGUUUUUGAAUAAGUUAAUCUAAUUAGUUUUUCUUUAAAAAGUUGAUGGAACAUGAAAUUUUGUAGGUAGGAGUAUUCUUCAUCAAGAGCAUUGUCUUCAUGCUUUCUUCUACAGAAGGAUUAUCCCCUUUCCCUUGUGUACACCUAUUAAUGAUGCUGGCAUAUAGGAACACAGCAAGAAAUUCCCGUAGAAACAUUUUAAUGCUCCUUUUUGCAGUUUAUCAAGUCUUCCAGCAAUGUGAUAGCAAGGAUGAUACAGCAGAAAAUAAUAAUAUGAGGCAUGGCAACAUUCAUGCAUACUUGCCUUUAUAAAACUGUCUUUUUUCCACAUUAAUGUUAAGUUGCCUGUCCUGGAAUAGUUCUGGUUAUCUUAUUUUAAAUAUUUGAAAGCUGCCUUUAAGGGUAGAAGCACUUUCAAGUUACAAGAUAAAAGUAUAAUAUAAUCAAAAUAAAUACGCAUAAUGAAAGCCACUUGCAUUAAAAAAAACAACACCCAGCCAGCUGUAAGCUAAACACAAUCAGCAAUGCAAUAAAGCAAAACAUACCUUCAAGGAAAAAGCAGUGAAAACAGAUGGGUUAUAAGGACUCUCCUAAAUGACUGUACGGAAUGAGGAUGACUUGCCCCCAUCAGCAGUACAUUUCAGAAGGAUAAAAUCACUACAGUGGAAAAAACACACUCACACUUCUGCCCAACCAGAUUAUUCUGAGAGGCAGAAGGCCUCAACUGUUGAGCUUAAUGUACAGAGUGGCUGAUAUGGGGGAAGGUGCCCUUCAAAUAACUUGGACCUAAGAGGUGGGUGGCUUUAAAAGGUUAAAACAUGUACUUUAAGAUGGACUCUAAAUAGACUGCUAACUAGUGCAACUGCUGCCAGCUGCUUGCCAUCUUCUUCUCUGGGCCCAGAGGCAUUCUGGGAAAUGAGGUUGGUGGGCAGCUGGAGCCUUGACUAGCGCAGUGCUGUCACUGCCUCGCCAUGUGCCAUUCCUCUGUGGUAUAGUCUGGGGAACCUCAGUGUCUGGCUGCAGGGUCCCAUGAAAGUGCAAAGUGUACUUAUUCAACUUAUCAACUUAUUCCAAGUUGAUCAGCACAGGCACACUUUGGAAAUCAUUGAAGAGCUGUCACUGUGCCGAAGUAACAUAUAUUUUCUCUUUAUACAUAUGAUUGCUUCCAACCUUGAGCUCUAAUAUUAUUACCGGAAUUCUAAACAUAUAAAGAGAAAAUGCAAAUUGGAGAAAUGUUCUGUUGCAUUGAACUAUAUUCCACUGUAAAUGGCUGUGUUUGGUGAGGCACAUAAAAUAAACAACACCAAUAUGAAACCUGAAUAAGCAUCAGAUCUUCAAUUCUGAACAGCCAGUAUGGUUAGAGCACUGGACUAGGAUCAAGGAGACACAUGUUCAAAUCCUCGCCCAAAAAUGAAGCUGAUAGGAUGAACUUGCGUGAUGCCUUGUCUCUCUGCCUAGCCUGUUAUUAGGUCAAUAAUACUAAUAAUCUAUAAUAAUAACAAUAAUAAUGGGAUUAUGGGUUUGUUUUGGUUUUGCUCGUUUUUAUUAUGCAUAUUGUUUUACCGUAUUUUUUGCACCAUAACACUCACUUUUUUCCUCCUAAAAAGUAAGGGGAAAUGUCUGUGCGUGUUAUGGAGGGAAUGCCUACGGGUGGCAUGCCUACAGAUUUUCCUCCUCUAAAAACUACGUGCGUGUUAUGGUCGAGUGCGUGUUAUAGAGCGAAAAAUACGGUAUUUUGUAUUUUUAUACUGUGAACCUUCCUGAGAUCUUUGGAUGAAGGGUGGUAUACAAAUUUAAUUAAUAAAUAAAUGAAAUCAAUACAGUAUUAAUAGCAACUUUUAUCCAAAUCUAGUCUAUUGAAUUCUGUUUGUGUUUAUAGAUUUUUGCAUAUUUUUGGGGGGAAUAUGGGUAUCAGGAGUUGAACACAUUUUGCUGUAAAAAUGUGGACUACAAAGGCUUUCAGGGAAUAUAAUAAGCCUUUGAAGCUAGAUUUGCUAUUCAGCUGCCAAGAGCAUGUCUUCAGUACAUUAGAUGUAUCACUAAGCUGAUUACCAAAACCGUAGGUCUUAAGGAAAUGGAUAAUGCAAUAAGUGCAUUUUUAAUUGUCUGCUCUUUCCUGGUGCCCUGAAAAGUUAAUUUUGUUUUAAAAACAGCUGAUGAAAAUAGCAGGAGGAAGAUGAUGAUCUUUUCCCUUGCCUUAAUAUCAGCAAACUGAAGAGAAGAAAGGAAAAAAAGAGCAAUUUACAACACAGCAUCAUUAUCCAUUGAUUGGCCAACUGGUGGCUUCUGGACUAGAGUAGCCUCUGAAUUAUCUGAUCUCUGAUGGCCCUAUGAAAAAUUUAGACAAACCAUGGUAAAAUGUUUGUUUGCGAUUUUAACUAUUAGGGAAGGGGAAGAAAUUUUUUCAGGUGGUAAGAAAUAAGAGAGCUGAUAACCUUAAGGUUACAGAAGCUGGCCAUCCCUGCUGCUUAUCAUGUUUAUGUUUCAGAGACUAGGGUCCUGUUCUGUUUUUAAUAAGCUCAGUGUAAAAGGAGAAUAAUCACACGGAAAAUUUUGCAUUGUAAAGAUAGAUCUUUAGGUGUGAGGUGAUUUAGGUGCAGAAUCAUUACUGCCUCCCCUUGUUUUUGUACACUAUUGUGCCUUUUCUGGAACUUUCCUCCUUAAUCUCUGUCACUUACAGUAGGGACAGAGAACAUGUGGCCCUCCAGUUGUCGGACUACAGAUCCCAUAAUCUCAGACCGCUGGCCAUGCUGGCUAUGGCUGAUGGAAAUUAAGCUUCUGAAGGGGCACAGAUUCCCCAUCCCUAAUUUACAAGCCCAUUUGUCCCAGCCUGUCUGUGACAAUAUACAGAUGUGGCUGCUGCCUCAUAUCUAGUUUGGACCUAAAAAAGCAUGGCAUUUUCUGUUUAUUUGUGUCUCAAUUCUCCUCAGUUCUGGUUUAGGUUUGUACUCAUACUGAACAAGUGCUUUAUCUUUGGAGGUGACUUUUGGCUUGUGUACAGUGUCAGUGUGGAGGCAGAUUGGCUGUGAGCCAGUGAGGAAAUAGGCUAUUAACUCACACUGAUUCCAUGCUUAGAAAGCCGUACUGAAAAUAAUUAGAACAAAGUCACUUUAUUUAAAAACAUUCCCCAAGUUUUUUGAAAUUUUCUUUCAUGUUUGCGGUUUAGACUUUUACAUAAAAAGGGUGUGCUUUCUGCUAUGUUAAGUAAGAUAAUGUUAACAACAAGGAACUUCCACUAUUACAUUCAGUCUCUCAUUAGUAACCUUACAAGUUGUUUUAAGUUCGGUGGGAGAUGUAGGAAAAUGUAAAGCAAGGUAGAUUGAAUAAUACAAGCUGUGAGCAGCUUGCUCAAGAGUCCUUACACUGGUUUGGGGAAAAGCCAGAUAGAAAUUAGUUCUGAUCUUCCACAGAACACAAAAAAAGGGGGGGGGAGGAAAAAUCUGACUAGUGUCAGACCUCUUAAGAACCGGUCUCCAUCCCCCUCUCACACAGCAAGUUGCUCAUGUGCAGUGGCUCUCCAUGCCAGCACAAACAUUCAAGGCUGGGGAGGAGAGAAAUGUCCAGGUUCACACUCUGAGUCCAAUUGGCUCAUUGGCUUGCUGAGGUCACCAGAAGCAAUUAGAAGUAUGAGCAUCUGCAGGGUGGGUCUUUCAUGUUCAUAGGCCUUUGUGUGAAGUUGCUGUCUUGAGUGGAUACCUAUCUGAUGUCUAACCAACUUAUUCAAAUCGCUCCAGUAAUGUCUUGGUUUUCUGUCUGAGAUACUGAUAAACAUUUCAAUAGCUAUUUCUCAUUAUGACAGUGGUUAAACCUAACUGUACUUUUAAUACUAAUUUUAAUGGUUUUAGAAUAAGCUUGGAGGAAACCGAUAUAAUCAUAUACAGUCAUACCUCGGGUUGAAGUACCUUCGGGUUGAGUGUUUUCGGGUUGCGCUCUGUGGGCACCCGGAAGUAAUGGAACGUGUUACUUCCGGGUUUCGCCGCUCACGCAUGUGCAGACGCUCAAAAUGAUGUCACACACAUGUGUGGAAGCAGCAAAUUGUGACCCACACACGCGCAGACGCGGGUUGUGUUCGCUUCAGGAUGUGAACAGGGCUCCGGAACAGAUCCCGUUCACAUCCAGAGGUAGCACUGUAAUGAGUAACUUAAAAGAUCGGUACAGGAAAAUCUUCAGUAUAAAAUCCUUGUCCCUAAAACUAUGUUUUAUAAUCAGUGAAAGUGAGAGUUCACAUACAAAAAAUAAAAGUAAUUGUAGAACACCAAAAGCUGCAUAUUACUUAUAUACAAGUUGUUGAAAACCGUAAAAGUAGAAAUACAGUGGUACCUCAGGUUACAUACGCUUCAGGUUACAUACGCUUCAGGUUACAGACUUCGCUAACCCAGAAAUAGUGCUUCAGGUUAAGAACUUUGCUUCAGGAUGAGAACAGAAAUCGUGUUCCGGCAGUGCGGCGGCAGCGGGAGGCCCCAUUAGCUAAAGUGGUGCUUCAGGUUAAGAACAGUUUCAGGUUAAGAACGGACCUCCGGAACGAAUUAAGUACUUAACCCGAGGUACCACUGUAAUAUCAGAGAAGGUAGUUUGCAUAAUAUGAGGUUAAUUCGUAAUAAAACAGACAAAAGGAUAUCACAUAGUAUGAAAAUCUUCAGUUUUAGACUUUGUUUUGGAUAGGUGAAUUUGUGGGGUGAACUUCUGGAACUUUCCUACCCAACUUGUAGGAAAGUGCCUUAUAUCAAUACAUGGUCCAUCUAUCUUGGUGCUGUCCAUACUAACUAGCAGAGUCUCUCCAGAGAUUCAGGACAGGAGUUUUUUCCAGGUCUACCUGAAGAUAGGAGAGACUGAGCCUGAGACCAUUUACAUGCAAAGCUUGUGCUCUGCGGCUGAUCUCUCGCCUUUUCCUUGCAAAUGCCAAGCAGCUAUGGUUGCAUCCAGUGUUGAAUAUUGAAUAUGUAGCACUAACUAGAGAAAUAGCUAAAUCUUUAUUUAACAGGCACUGUAAGAAGUCAAGAACGAGACAGAGAGUGUGAUCUGUGGUAUAGGAUCAAUAGGCUGAAUUGUGAUGUUUUCCUUUUUCCUUGAAAACAAGAUCCCAGAAUAUUGAGUACAAAUCUUUGCAUUAUCUCGCACUGUUGGGUUCCCUAAGCCCUUCAGAAUGCUUCUCUUUUGGGUGAGGCCUGUGAAGGUGCUUUUAAGAAGAGUGAAUUAUUUAAACAGUCAGCCAAAAGAAGCAGUGCUUUAGAACACUGCUGUACCUGAAAAUUAGGACAGUGUACGGUUUCCACCACUGCCCAUUUUGAAGGAAAAGCGUAACACUAAAAACUAUUUUGUUUUCCAGCUGCACAGUGUAAAAUUUAUGGGAACAAUCCACCAGGAAUAGAAUAGAAUAACUUCCUAGGAAAUUAAGCUCUGAGCCUAGGACUCAGAUCAGAAGGUUGGCGGUUCGAAUCCCCAUAACGGGGUGAGCUCCCCGAAAUGACACACGACUGAAAUAUGUUCACUGUUGGGCAGAGUUUUCCUAAAAAAUAAUGUCAAAAAUUAGGGGGUGUCUUAUACACAGAUACAUCUCCCCCCAUUUACUUAAAUCUGAGUCCCCCCAAAUAGGGGGUGUCUUAUACAUGGGGGUGUCUUAUAGACGGAAAUAUACGGUAUAUUUUGCCUCCAUUCAUUUUCACAAAGGAAUGACAUGACUGAACAGGGAUUUUGGUGUGCAUGUUUGUGAAUGAACUGUUCUGGAAUGAUAUUUUAGGUUCAAAGUGCACUAACAAAAACCACUUAGAAAAAACACAGUAUUGGUAUCUAAAAGUGGAUGUGGCAAGAUAAAAGCAAGUUAAUAAUACUCACAGGUCCCUGGAGAAGAGAGGAAGAUAAAAAGGAGAGAGUACCUUUAUCUGCAACAAUAUCUGAGUGGGAGAGGCUGGUCCACGGGGUUGUAUGCAGUGCUGCAGCUUCACUCUCUUAACAAAUUCCUGUGUCCGCACCAGUGCCUCCUCUUUCUCUCCUGUUCCCUCCAGCCUCCCAUGUGCCCUCCAAAUUAGCUCCAGCUGGUUUGGGGGCCCACUGUAGCAGAUUAUGGGGACAUAAAGAGGGAAGAGUAGAAACAACUUUCCAGUUAUGUGAGUGGAACUCCACUCAUACAACCCAUGGAUGAAAUUUUGAAUUAAUUAAUCACACCAUGCAGAUCUUAAUGGGGGCCUAGGUUGGCAAUAUAUUUAUCAAAAUUAGUGGCAAUGUUCUAGGUGAGACCCUGUCCUUCGUGUGUGAAUAAAAAUAAUCAGCCCUCAGUCAAGUUCAUCUAAAAGUGAUCACAUUUGUAUUUGCUGUCAGUAUUUGAAUAGAACAAGUGGUAUGGGGAUAAGUCUCUGACAAUGAGGUUUCCUGCUUGAAGCCCUGCAGUCUUUGACAGAACAUAGUUAAGCAAUUGAUAUUGUCCUAUGACCUUACAAUGUUCUGUUGAUCAACAGCAGGUGGGCUACUAAGGUAUAUAUACCCUAUUCUUCUGACAGUACUUUGUUUUAAAUUGUUGUAACCUGCUCUGGGAUCUUAUGGUGAAGGGUGGAUAAUAAACUGAAAGAACAACAAUAAACAAGCAUCACCAUCAACAGGUAUUUGCUAACAUUCUGGUUUUGCAUCAGGCAAAAAAAGUUAAAAGUGGUAAAUGAGGGAAACUAUUUAAAGAUAACAUGUCUGCCUUUGGAGGAGUGGUGUCAUUAAUGUGUUCUUUGGAAGUGUCUAUCAGGAUUUGGGGAAGUUAUUUUGAUUCAACUAUUUCUCCUAGGCUACAUUAUUAUUGAUCCUAUCUCAGCAAGCCAAUCUGUAGCAGUAUUUAAGAAUCAUUGGAGCAUAAGAAAAAUGUCUCCAAGAUGGGUUUUUAAAAUAAAUAAUAAUAGUAAUAAUAGUUUUGACAUACGGCAUCUUUAAAUCCAAUGGUAAUUUUUCAUUUCAUUUAGUUCUGAUGCACUAGUUCAGCUUGCACUAAAAAUAGAUGAAAUGAAAUCCAUACCCCUCUUUUUCUCAUCCUCAAAAACAACAUAGAUCCCCUCUCCCAAUCACGCUUUGUUCCCGAGAGAUAAAGAAAUGAGUAUUUAGCAAAUAUUCUUUUCUACCAACACGAUAAACUAAAAUGAAUGGAUUUAUCCCCUUUCCCCAAUAUGGUUACUUGCUUAAAAUUCAUGUUCUGCAGUUCAAUAGUGAUGAUCAGAAUGUGGUUGUAUGUAUGUCAAAGCAAUGUUAACAACACGUUGUCCAUUGAAAUUGCAGAACUGGUGUUUGCAAGGUGGCCGUACUUUUCCAGCUUGCACGUUGCUAACUCUGUGACACUGGAAAGAAAAUGGAGAAAAAAGAAUUAAUAUGAAGAUUUUUGAGCACAAUAUGCUCCUACUUUUGAACACUCUUUACUAUCCAUUUCUCUAGUGUGACUCGUUUUAACACAGAGGCACUUGGAUCUUCUUUUAAAACCAUUUUUAAAAAAAACCCAUUUAAGAUUCCAUAAACAGUACAGAAAGAUGGUACAAGUUCUACAGUUGAUAAGCAAGGUGCCAACAGAAGAAUGCGGAUGUGCUUUGCACAUACAGUUGCCAACAUAACAAGUUGUGGAAUGUAAAUAAAGCUGGUCAGGAGGGAAUUCAGGUUGAACUUGGAGAUCAUCAUGAAAUAAAGGGAAUAAUACAUGUUAGCAUCAAAGCUUUUUUUAGGUGUUGAAAGUCAAAACUAACACUGUCUGCUGUGCCUGAAAGAUUGCAGGGUGCCCAGGUGAGACGACUAGUAUAAUAUGCUGUUGCUGUCCAACCCUCAUGAUCAAGGAAAGCUGUUGCAUUCUGUAUCAGCUGUAGCUUUCAAAUAUUGAUUCAUCUUUUCAUUUUUUUCUGCUGCCUUUCAGCCCCAGCUGGGGCCCCCAAAGUAGCUAAAAUUAAAAGCACAUUGAAACCACAUAUAGUGGUACCUUGGGUUACAGAUGCUUCAGGUUACAGAUGCUUCAGGUUACAGACUCCGCUAACCCAGAAAUAGUACCUCGGGUUAAGAACUUUGCUUCAGGAUGAAAACAAAAAUUUUGCUCUGGCAGCGCUGCGGCAGCAGGAGGCCCCAUUAGCUAAAGUGGUGCUUCAGGUUAAGAACAGUUUCAGGUUAAGAAUGGACCUCCGGAACGAAUUAAGUUCUUAACCCGAGGUACCAUUGUAGUUAAAAUAACACAUUUAACAACCAUCCAUGCAUUUAUAACAGCAGACAAAACAGCAUUGUUAUUGGCUUAAUAUAAAUAUAAAUAUAAAUAAAUGGUGGACACAUUUUCUUGUUUGAUCUCUGAAAAUGGAAGUGUUAAGAGCAGGAUGCCAUGAGUGUACUACGGGACAAUCUUGUCCGAAUUCUGUACAACCAAAAAACAGUUGAAUUUUUAAAAGUAGUUCUAAAACUUUACAGUAUUUCAAAAGUACAAAAUUUCAAAUAACAAAGUAAACUUGCAAUAAACUGAAAACAGCACAUGGUUGUACUUCAGUGUUAUAUUGACUAUUCCAAUACAUCAAGAAAAAUACCAUUUCCCCAUGAAUUUAUUAUGUUGAUUUACUUGCAUCCCUUUAGAAGAGGUUAAUUCAAUCAUUCUCACAAGAGCUGCAUUUUUUUUCCUUAUCAGACAAGGCUUUCACUUUUCUUAUUGAAGUUAUUAUUGGUGUAUCUAUUUUAUUCAGAUGGCAGAAGUGCUGUUUCCCAGCGAAAGACCUUUCUUUUGUUUAUCGGGCCACUUUCUUGGCACUGCCUUUAUUUUAGUCAUGCCAGAUGGCUCAGAAUUGGCCAUUCGCUGUAUUUCCACAAUUGCUGUCCACUUUGCCUGAGGAGGUGACACCAUCUGCUGAGUGGAUUCCUUCCCACGUCUACUAGAAAUCAUUUGGGGGAAUUGGAUCACAUUGUCGAAUUCCUCAAGGUGUUUGGAAAUGAAAUCCAGGGUAUGAAUUGGGUAUGCUGUGGGUAGCGCUGUACCUCGGGUUACAGACGCUUCAGGUUACAGACUCUGCUAACCCAGAAAUAGUACCUCAGGUUAAGAACUUUGCUUCAGGAUGAGAACAGAAAUCGUGCAGUCGUGGCGUGGCGGCAGCGGAAGGCCCCAUUAGCUAAAGUGGUGCUUCAGGUUAAGAACAGUUUUAGGUUAAGAACGGACUUCCGGAACGAAUUAAGUUCUUAACCAGAGGUACCACUGUAGACAGUUUGGUAAGUGAAAAUACAGGCCUUAGGUAACAUCACAUUAUUAUUAGUGUUCUUGUCAUUGGAAGAAUCCUGGAAAACUGGAAAAUAUCUUCAGGCCCAUGUUUAGAAUGUGUGUCUACUCUGAUGUGAGACCCUGAGAACAACAGAUGAGUUUUAUCUGAAACUUUGUCUACAUGCAUACCUUGUAUUCAUAUCUGAUCAAUCACACAUUAGAGCAGGCAUCCCCAAACUCAGCCCUCCAGCUGUUUUGGGACUACAAUUCCCACCAUCCCUGACCACUGGUCCUGUUAGCUAGAGAUGAUGGGAGUUGUAGUCCCAAAACAGCUGGAGGGCCGAGUUUGAGGAUGCCUGCAUUAGAGAAAUGUGUAUCCAUGGUGACUUUCUGAUGACUUUUUUCUACAACUUUUUAAAGGAUGCAGUUAGGGGAUGUUUGAGUAACUUAGGGAAAUGAUUCUUACCAUUUGAGAUAAUUUCAAUUCCUGAGCAUAAUUUAUUUAGUCUGUUACCUGAAGUUAAAAGGACUGUGAUAGAAUAUAUGUUGUUCACACAUUUGGCUUUAACUUUGAGUGGAAACUCUAAAACUCAGUGAGUCAUAAGAGUCGGAGCUAUUCUUUAUGGAAGAGCUCUUGCAGAAGAGAAGAUUUAUUUUGCCCAACAUGUUGAAAAACACCACAUCUUAUUUUAAACAAAGAUCUGCAGCGUGUGAUAUGUAUCAUUUGUUCAGGCAUAAGGCAUGCUGUACUGGAUUAUCUUUUCCCUCUGAAGAUGAGGUUCACUGUUGGGUCAGAUCAGUGUCUGAUAGUUGUAUAUAAUAAUAAUGAUUCACUUACUGUUUGUGUUUCUACUAUAAAUGUAAAUGUGUUUGACAUUCUUAUGGAUAUGCAGUUUUAUUAUCCUGUUUUACUGUGUGGAGUCUUCUCUGAAUAAUUUAUUUUAUAUUAACCUUUUAAAUAAGCUCACAAAGGCUGUUUAGCUUGAAAAUAAAUUUCUAGACUCUUGGGGGCUAGGAGAGAUGGGGUAUUCUGUCUCUCCAACAGCAACUGCUUCCAUGGAACCUGUCUUCCGUGAAGUGUUGGUUGCACCAAUUUCUAAUACUACUUUUUGUAAAAUUCCACUAUCAACUAUCAUAAGAAGAAAGCCAAAUUUUCACAUGGGUUCUCCUUCUGCAUGACCUGAAGUUUGCACUUCAACUACUUUCCCUGUACCCACACUCCUUAUUUAACCCAAAGAAGAUUUUACCCCUUCCAAACUAUUAGGAAGCAGGCUCUUUGAUGCUCAUGAAAAUGAAUACAUUCAUGUAAAACUUCUCCCUCAAAAUUGUCUAUGGCAGAUACUGUUUCUCCUACCCAUUUGUUUUCUGGUUCCAAGCAAUAAUCUGAGGGUGCACGUUUCUUCAGGGUGUGAUCCUGAAAAUUUUGAACACCCCGCUUUCUAGGUUUACCCAGAAAUUGCCAAGGUGUGUGUUUUUAGAGAAUAAUGGAGCUGGGAGCAGAGAAAGGAAAAGAGAGAAGUUGCCUUGUGUUGCACUUCCACAGCAACCAGUUCAUUUGCUGUCUCCAGCCUGACCAGAAUAAAAGGUGAGAAAGGAACUUAAUCUCCCAGUAGCCCCUGAUGCAGUUGAGGCUGUCAUCGUAAGAAGAUUACUCUGAGAGGAUGUUCCAUGAGGAUCCAUGGGACUGGGUUAUCGGGAAGCAAAUCUUGUAAUGGGCUUACUGAAAUAUAUCCUCUUCCAAAACAUAUAUUUACCACCAGAUUCCUUGCUGCUCUACCUCUUGGUAAGCAGCAGCAACAUGACUGACCAAAAGUCACGUGAGGAUCAGUGGCCCAUCACACCAUCCACUACUGUUUUAUAUCAAGUGUUGUUCAAACAAAUCUUAAUUUUAUGUAUUCAUGAUGUCUUGAUCCUCCAAAAAUUGUGUCUGCUUGGCCCGGAUUCAAGAUGAUAUAUUCUCAGCAUGGCAGCUAACAACUUUUGAAUAGUUAAUUUCCAGUAGUUACUAUAUUUUAGCAUAGCAUGCUGAGGAGUAAGUGUCAGAAUAGCCUCAUGAGUUGGACAUUAGCCCAAAUCUGCUGGGGAAGGCUGUGCCCUCAAUUAUGUGUGCAUAUUAUAGUCAUACCUCGGUUCCCGAAUGCCUCCGUUUUGGAACGUUUUGGUUCCCGAGCGUCGGAAACCCGGAAGUAACUGCUCCAGUUUUUUAAUGAUUUUCGGAAGCCGGACGUGCUACGCGGCUUCCAUUUUGAGUUUGUGGCUGUUGAAUGUUUUGGAAGUUGAACAGUCUUCAGGAACGGAUUACGUUCCACAACUGAGGUUUGACUGUACAUGUGUUUGUGCUUCCGCUGUAUUAUUGUACCUGAUUUUACAAACUGCUUGUUUGUAGUGCUGGAUAAAUGAAAGUAAGACAAAUUGAGCAAGGUCUCUCAUGUAGUGAGUUCCGUAUCUCAGUAACUGAUAAAAAGACAUGCUUAAGCUAAUAGUUUUAUGAGCUUUCUUUCCCAAACCAUGACCGUACGAGAAAAUUGGAAUUCUCUCCCUCCCUCCCUUUCUGACACACACACACACACACACACACACACACACAGCUAAAAAAUGUAUUUUUUCUGCUUGUUGAGGAUACACAAGCAUUCACAAAUUAGCAUAUGUAAGUGUGCCAGGCACAUAUAUGAAAGUGGCUUCAGUUUAAUUAGGCUUAGUUGAUAACGGUACUUUUCCACUGUUGUUGUUUUUUAAGUAGGAACUGUGAACGUGCUGUAACAAACUGCACUGCAGGCUGCAGUAUCUGGUUGGCAUGCCAGGAGCGUCACUAACAGUGUACAGCUAAGUAGAGAUUGGUGAGGAAACUGGGUCAGAAAACAUGCCUACUGUACCUGCAGAGACUGCAGAGCAAAACAGCAAAGGAAUGGGACUGUCCACAGUAUGGCACUGUCUUACAAAGUAUAGAAGGAGAAAGCUGCCAAGAGCAGACCAAAACAUAAGUCUCGUAGCUCAUGAUGUAGCUCGGUUUUAUUGCCAGUGAUUGUAGUCAUGUCUGUUGAGCAUAUGAAUUUGUUUACCAAUGAAAAAUUUGCAUGUAGAACCAUGAAGACCAAGAUUAAUGAAGCCCAUGUAAAUUUGUACAUAAAUACUUUGAAAAGAAGAAUAUUUUAUACUGGUAAUUAGGGCUGUGCAACCACCACCACCUCUGCUUUGGUUUGGAUCUGAUUCAGUGAUUCAAGCCCUGAUUUGGAUUGGAUCAAUUUGGACCUCAGGACAUCUGAAAUUUUGGUCCUCCCAUUGACUUGCAUUGGGAAACCAAAAUGGCCAUAUUUUUAUAUGGAGUUGCAUGAAAUUUGGAAACAUGGUAGCCCCUCAGGAAGAGAUGAACCCCAACAAAUUUCAGACAUGUAGAUCUUCCUUGACUGCAUGAAGAGAGAUCUCCAUUCCACCCAGACUCCCUUCAGCAUAGUGGUUUGGAUUACUUUGCUUAUCUCCAAUUGCUACAUGAAUAUAUCAUGAAAAGCUUAAUCCAGAUGUUCAACUAGGAAAAUGUGAAUUAUGCAGAGAAUGCAACUUGUACCCUUCUGUAUGGAUUCAGUAGACAAUAAUCAGUUGAAUACAUUUCCAGAGGCAGGCAACAGGAUACACAAGAGAGGAAGAACACUUUAACUAAGAAUUUUUUUACACUUUUUAUACCCCCCACAUUCAAGGUUUUUCUGUCCAGUUUUGGAUGAUUCUUCCUUCCCAUUGUAGCCCUCUGUGACACAAUCCUUGUUGUCCAGAGAACUCUUGACCUCUGAAGCUCUAAGACGGUAGAAUACAAAUGUUGUGGCAUUUGGACUGAUUUAUCAUUCCAGUAUAUUAUCACAAUAUAUAGCUGUUCUCUCUGUAAUGAGAAAUCAGAUUUGUAAUUGUAUACUUUUAAACCUUUUUUUCUUUUAAAAAUGAUUCCAUUUGUAAGAAAGGCUAUGUUAGCUCUACUGAAUUUUAAAUCUAAAACUAUUGUUCACAGUCCUUUUAAAAAAAGUAAAGGAAAACUGGGGAGGCUAUUACUUUUUCCUUAACCGAAGCUAAUUAAAGAAAAUAUCUUUGGCGGGGGGUUGUGAUAGCUAUUUUGCAUUGAAGUUGAAAGCUUUAGCAGUUUUCUGUUCUGAUGUGCUGUGUCAGUGCUUAGCUUCUUUCCAUUAAGUUGUGCCAUUCUCUCUUCCUGGAAAGAAAUGCUUAUUUCAUGCUCUUCAGCAUUAAUUUUCAAUGUAUUGAAACCCCCCCCCCCAAUUUCCUGUCUCUUCCCAGCAUACUGCAUUCUUCAGUAUAGAUUGGGGUCACAGUGGUCUCACGGCUUGUACUAUUGGAAGCACAGAAGCCAGAUAUGAAAUGGCAUGGCCAUGGCGGGAUUAAAUAGAUGAAAGUAAAUGUGCUUCCCAUCUGUUUCUCUACUUGUCUUGCUCAAGUACUGGUUAUAGGGAAAGGAAGUGUUUGUAAGUGAUCAGCUUUUUCUUGCUAUUUCUGCCUUGACACACACAUAUAUUCUGAAUAUACUUUUCAGCACAAAAUAGGCACAAUAGCUAUUUUUGCUUGGAUUCAAAAACUACCGUCAAGUCUCCUGAAGUAGCUAAAUAUAGAUUUAUAUAAGUGACUUAUGCCAUGUUACAGUAACAGGGAACUGAAUCCAGGUCUGCUUUUGUUGUGAUUCCUACAUUGCAGAGGGUCAGACUAGAUGAUCCAUGGUGCCCCUUCCAACUCUACAAUUUUAUGAUUCUAUGAAACAAAUGUAAUUGCUAGGGUUCAGGCAAGUCGCUUAACCAUUUUCUCAUACUUUCUCUGGGGGCACAGUAGAGUAGAGGGCACCAUGUCAUAAAUGAUGGUGCUCUCUACUCUUUCUGUGAGGCACUUGCUCACUAGCGCCACACCAGCAGCAUGAGGCAGCUGCUCUCACAGUGUGGAAAUGGCAUGAGAGGCCCCCAGGCUCUGCCACUGCUGCCCCUUUUCCAUGGAGCCUGUGCUGAGGAACUAUCAUGAAGGAAAGGGACGGAGGAGUAGUGGCAGUGCCUCCAGCAAACCUGGUUUGAGGUGAGCUUCCAGCUCUGUCCUCAGCCCCUGCCUCCCUCCCCCCACCUGUGUCUAGUAUUCCCUCCUCCAUUGUGUUAAUUGUCAGGUGUGUGUGCAGGAGCCAGGCCCUGUGACCAAUAGGACUUUGCAGGACUGGGGCCUUCCUAAGUUUGUUCUGAAGAGGCAAGGCACGACCUCACAGGUGAGGCCGAUUGGUAACUCACAGCACCUGGUGGCAAGAGCCGGGAAGGGUUAUAAGGUCAGCAUUUCCCUUCAGCUCUUUGCCACAGUGACACGCUUCCUGCCUAGCUGUGUUUGGCUUCUUGCUUCCUGAUCCUUGAACCUUGGCUUCUUGACUCCCUGCUUCUUGAUCCUUAGACCCUUGACUCCUUGCUUCUUGAUCCUCGGACCCCUGACUUUGUGACUCUUGCUUCCUGACCCUCGGACCCUCGGCUUCCUGAAUCCUGGCUUCUGGACCCCCGUUCCAGCUCCCACCCCACCAUCUUGCCCCUGGUCCUGACGUCCCCUGCCAGGAUUUCAAUCGCUGGUGAACCAGACCGUGACAUUAAUGCAUGCAGCUGAAGUCUUCAGAAGGGUAAAAGGUAAAGGACCCCUGGACAGUUAAGUCCAGUCAAAGGUGGCUAUGGAGUUGUGGCUCUCAUCUCGCUUUCAGGCCAAGGGAGCUGGCGUUUGUCCACAGACAGCAUUCCAGGCAGGGCUGGAUUUAGGUUUGAUGAAGCCCUAAGCUACUGAAGGUAAUGGGGCCCUGUAUAUGGGAUAUUUUAGGGUGCUGGCUAGCAGGUGGGGCCCAUUACUUACAUCAUAGGAGCCUACACAACACAAAACACUGUUGCUGUAUGUAGGUUUUAUUUUAUUUGUUUUUUUAUCUCACAUUUUGGAAAUGUACAUCCAGUCCCCCCCCUUUAAUUUUUUUGGGUCCCCCAAGAGAGUGGGGCCCUAAGCUAUAGUUUGUUUAGCUUAUAUGUAAAUCCGGCACUGAUUCCAGGUCAUGUGGCCAGCAUGACUAAACUGCAUCUGGUGCAACGAAACACUGUGAUGGAAACCAGAGUGUAAGGAAACUCCGUUUACUUUCCCGCUGCAGUGGUACCUAUUUAUCUACUUGCACUGGCAUGCUUCUGAACUGCUAGGCUGGCAGAGCAAUGGAAACUCACCCCAUCACGGGGAUUUGAACUGCCAACCUUCUGAUCAGCAAGCCCAAGAGGCUCAGUGGUUUAGACCACAGUGCCACCUGUCUGCCUACAAAAGGAGUGGUGCCUCCAACAAGCCUGUUCUGAGGCACAACUCCGAGUACACUCAGCUCCCUCACCCUAGCAUCACUCUGUCUAUGACACCUCCUCCUCCCAACAUGUUGGCAUCAAUGGCCGAAGUCAGUAACAUGGAAGCUUUUGAUCCAAUGGAGGUAUCUCACUGGUGGAGAGGAUGGAAAGUGGCUCUUGCCAAUUCCCCCUUUCCCCACUUGCAGAACUCAGCAUCACCUCCUACACUGGAUUUGCAGAGAGCACAAGGGGGUGCAGGUAAAAUCCAGCCCCUCCUUCCAUCAACAGAACUCUGUGCAGGGGAUGCUGUGCUAGCAGGGAUGAAAGCUGAAUGCCAGCCCCAGGAUAGUACCAUUUUUUCAAAACAAACAUGGCUGUAAAGUAGUUCAGCAUAUGUUGCCGUAGCAUCCGUUGCUUCUAGAAUGUUUGUUAUAGUUUCAUUAUCUUUCUUUCAUUUUCAACCUAUUUUUAAAUAAAUUUUACCCGACUAGAAGUGAAAAUGAAGGAAUGGUAUUUGCUGCUUUUAGAAAUGGAUGGCAGUGGUGUGUGGGUGCGUGGGUGAGAGAGAGUGUUAAUGAUUAUUAGUAUAUGUCGUCCUGAAAGAGGAAAAUAUUCUCAUUGCCUGCUACAGUGUGCCUAGGAAAUGGUUUCAUGCAGCAGCAUUCAGACCAGACACUAGGUGUCAGCUGAUCCAUACAAUGUUAUCCAAUAAUAUGUAGAGGGUGAGGAGCUGUCCUGAUAAAUUUCACUGCGGCUUGGUUGCUAGGGAAACUGCUUCUUUUGUGCGUGUACUGUGUGUGCAGGAAAAAAACCCACCCUCUUCUGCAUCAUAUGGGUUGUGCUUCACAGAUACUGCAGCUUAUGCAAAGCAUUGCCAUAACAUAGCAGCAGAUACUCCCAUCUUUGUUUAGCAGGAUGAAGAAGCUUCUUUCAUAUUGUGGUCCAUUCCUCUUUCCCUUUUCCUUAUAUUUGGACACAACACUGAACAUUAAUUAUUCUAUUAAAUAAGAACAGAAAACAUUGUAUUGUGGGUCAAGGUAUUCACUGGUAAGCCGUGAGUAUUGUCAGAAGAAGUCAGGUAGGUUAACACAAAAGCACACAUGUUGAUUUGGAACCAGACCUGGUCAUGAUAAGAGACUCAAUGAAAUCAGUGAGGCAAUUUAGUCCUGACUAGCUUAAUUGAUUUUAUUGCCUAAGUCUGAAUCCAAGCCAUUGCCACAUUCUUUGUAGAGUGGGAGGAAUUUCUUGCAAUGGGAGGAGUAAGUAAUAUUUCUGCUGUAGAGGUAUAUAUCAAGGUUAUCCAGUGUGGUACCUUACAAUGCUCUUGGACUCUAGGUGCCUUCAUCCCAUGCCAUUUGUCAUACUCCUGCGGCUGAGGGAAGUUGAUAUAAUUCAACGGCUUCUAGAAUACGCUGUGUGGACUACCCCUGACAUUAUAGGAUGAAGAGAACUUGAGGAAGUUUAUAUGGCAGACUGCCCCCACAGCUCAGCUCUCAUGCAUCCAAAUGUUCAGUGGGGCUUUGAAACAUGAAGCCUCUCCUUUUAAACCUUUACAUUCCCCACAUUUAAACCUUUACAUUCCCCACAUGUAUUGAUUGAUUGAUUUAACUCUGUUUGAAUGGCUGCCCAAUAAUACAUGUUGUAGGGGUAGCUCACACCAUCUUUAAUCUUUUAAGUAGGUACCAAUUUUGGCAUUCAGAUUUUGGCAUCCUGCUGGUUGAUACCCCUGGUCGAUAUUUUGACCCCCAGGGAAGAAAAAAAAACUUAUGCUGAGCCGUUAAAAAGCCCCAUGAGUUACUUGGAAUAUUUUUAUUUUUAUUUUUGGACAGGGGCACACACAUUCUGACCAGGUGGAGUUCAAAAUGGGAUGGUGUAUUUUGAGCCAUUCUAAUUUUUCCUCUGCAGUUCUGCAUAUUUAACUGGCUUUCUUUUAACUGCAUUUCUGUGCUUGCAACAAUAAGUCCAGCUUUGUCUAAGAGUAGUUAUGUUUUCUCCAAAACUGCCAGAUUUUUUGCAUAACAUGGGUGUCUUAAGAGGAGGGAGACAACUUUUGAGAACUAGUAAAGGAAACAUUUUAACCACAGAUUUCGAGUGAAUGUAGCUAUGGUUACAUACCUACUUGCAUCUAAAGACACUGACCACAAGAUAAAUAUUGUUAUUUUUGUCACCUUCUUUAUUAACAGCAAAUAUAUUUGUGAGAACAUUUAUGAAGCUAUGCAGUGAAGCAACACUAAUUUCUGUCUAUCAUUACAUAUCAUAGCAAUAUCUUUGUAUGUGGUGGGAUCACAUCAGCAGCCCCUGUUGGUUUUAAUAGGGCUUUUGCUAGAGUCCCAUUGAAGUGAGUGAAGUUAGGUAGCAGCACAGAUUGAAUGUUAAGACAUUUUGCCAUGCUUGCAGUCUAUAGAAAUCCUGCAGUGUUAAAUUCAUUUCUUAUAUUUAAGCCAUUAAAUAUGUUUAUGUCAAGGAAGCCUGAACUUGCUGUAAAGUAAGGAUGGGGGACCUGUGGCUUUCCAGGUUUUGCUUAACUACAACUCCCAUAAUCCUCCAACAUGCGCCAUGCUGGCUGAAGCUGAUGGGAGUUGGAAUCCAACGGUAUCUGGAGGGCCACAGAUAUUUUCCAUCCCUGAUGUGCUGGGUAAUCUGCAGAGUAAUGUGAGCACUAAACUCUAUUGCUUUUUCAGUGUAGAACCAUUGAAAUUAUUGAACAUGACUAAGUUAGGUCUAUUAAUUUCAGUGGGUCUAUUUUAGUAAAACAUAGUUGUAUACAGCUCGCUAUCUAAAUCCUAUUGGUCCACACCUAGAAGCAUAAAUGUAUUAAGCUCUUACAUGAGCUUCUCAUAUAAGACAUGUUUAAGUGAAUUAGCCACUCUACAACAGGAUAAAUAUUAUGUUUUAAAAUGUCUAUAUUAGAUGCUCCUAAUACAUACCUGCUGCGGUUUUUGUGAGGUGUCUCAGUGUGUAUGGAUUGUAGGUGAUGCGUAUGCAUUUCUUAAUGGUAUUUAUUGAUGUUUGUUUUUAAAUGUGUUGCAAGUCACUUGGAGACCAUUGGGUAACAAGUGACUAAGAAGUCUAGAUGAUGAUGAUGAUGAUGAUGAUGAUGAUAAAGUGUUGUUUCACUACCAAGUACUGUCUUUCUUGAUUAUUGGCUUGUACUGCACAUCUCAUGCAAAAAUGGUACUAUUAUUGGCGAGUUUGUUUGGGAUGCUUUGUUAUGUGACCGUACUAUCAUUAGUGAUCCAUGGUGAUGACUAAUGAAGGAAUAAUCAUAUCUUCUCCACUGGCACACACAAAUAGUGGCAUGUGGAAAAUUGAGGAAAUGUUGUGAAGGUGUUCUCUCUUCCAAGAUAAUGGUCACUGACAACUGAAAAUGAAUUUGAGAUUUAUUUCGAUUCCUACUGCUGAAAUAAUAAAACCCUUUGCCUACUUUUUGAGAGAAAGUCAGUUGAUUUAUAUCAGGCCUGUUUAACCGGUUGAUUGCGUGAUCACGCGAUUAAAGAAGAAGAAAAGCUCAACAACUCUUGUUGAGUGGGAGUAGAUCGCAGUCUCUUGGAUGUUGGACACCCCUGAUUUAUAUGAACAAAAGUUCAGUCUCCCUGCAUAAGUAGUUACCCUACAAGGCUUACAGUCUAAAAUGGACAUAGGGAAACAAUGGAAGAAUGGUGGUGGCGGCAUCAACAGUAGAAAGAGAAGAAUAUUACCCUUAAUAUCUGAAGAUAGAGGAGUCAUUUUUGUACAGCAGCCACAGUUUAUGCUACAGAAGUGAUAAGUUUGUAUCAAUGAAAUGCAAUAAAAUCAGAAUAUUGUGCAUGACUGUUGGGACAUGGCUGCCCAAAUGAAUAUUUGGAGAGCCCCAGAAUGUUGCUCAGCUUGGUGCCAGUUUAUGUGCUGUUAUAGUUCAGUGCACUUCAUGCUUAAUGGCCUUAGUUUGACCAGCUGCUUUAUAUCACUGAAAGGUGGGGCGGGCUGGUUAUUGUUAUGUUUACGGGUCUAGUACAACAGAGAAAACAGCUGUGGUAAGCACAAGCACCUGCCAUAGGUCCUUUUUAUUGUUUUAGAAAGACAGUCAGGAAACAGGAAGUAGCAAUCUGCUAAAAAGAAAAGCAACGUUUGGAAAGAUUUAAAGUUUUAAUAGGUGGCAAUGAGUAUAGUUACUGUAUGUCUGGGGUGGCCACCUCCCAAGAGACUGUGAUCUGCUUACAGAGUUAAAAACUGGCAGUGAUCUACCCCCUUUUUGGGGGUUCAGGUCAAAGUUGUUGAGAUUUUUUGGGGGAGGAGGAAGGCCUGUUUUUUAGGCAUUCAGAUCAAAGUUGUUGUUGAGCUUUUUUUAGGGAGAAGGAAAGCCCCAUUUUUGGGGGGUGCAGGGCAAAAAAUGAGCUUUUGUUAGGGCAGCCAAAGUUGAUGAGCUUCUUUGGAGGGAGCCAGUGAUCUACCACAGACGUCCAGUGAUCUAACGGUAGAUCACGAUCUACCUGUUGGACGUGCCUGCUGUAUGUAUUCGAGUUCAUAUUUAAAAACAAAUAGUUUAUUUAAAGGUAAUAAAUAUUAAGAGCUGUCUUUGUUUGACUGUUACAUCAGAGUAAGCAAGUAAACAUAAAGGGCACUGUGUAUAAAUGCAUAAAAGGUGCUACAAAUGAAUGUUUAAAGGGUGCUAUAGGUAUUAAUAAGAGUAUAAAUGUAUAAAGAUCACGAUAAGACAUUGAAAGAAUUUGUAAAUAUUGGCCUCAGAAGAUUUUCUGAUGUGGAGCCUGUAAUUGUGUAGGAACUUUAAACCAUAUUUGAGCAGGGUAGGAUGCCAUUUUUACAUUCUACAUGUAUGUUGUACACAAACACAAAACUAUUCUUACUUACUGGUUAUAUUAAAAAAAAGAGAUGGUGGUGGGGAAAUGACGUUUGAUUUCCCCCCUUCGUUUUCAGCAUUUGUUGUAUCUAUCAGUAGCUCUGAUCAUUUCACAUGUGGUUAAUAUAACGGGGACUGCUUAUGUUUUUAAUUGUACACAUAUCUGAAAAUCCAUAUAGCAUUUGGAAUCAUGCAUUGGAGAGCCAGUGUUGGCUACAGCUCUUGGUCAAGUAUGUGCUUAAGAACAAACACGGGUUUACUGGCCCAUAAUGUGUAGAAUGGCCUUUAAUAUUCUGGAAUGGCCUUUAAUAUUGCCUCAGUUCUGGAUCUCUGUGGGAUCUUAAUUCAGGUUACCCUGAAUACCUUUGAGAAUCACAUGCUAAUAGUUGUCAGCUUUCGUUUAUUCUAUUUUUGGGCGUUUUUGUGCCACAAACACGAGCUGUCUCUUUUGUAGUUUGUUAGGUCCCCCCUCCCUCCUGGACCAACAUAUCUUUAAAAACAGAGAUUUUUGUGUCUCAUGUACCGUUGCUUAUUGAUUCAGGGAACUGUCUUCCUGAGUAUUAAAGAGAUGUAGUCUGAGGCAGCUGAAGUGUGAAGAAAAAGCAAAGUUUGAACUGAAAUGUUCAGCUUAGAGCACAGAGAGAAAUUGUUUUCACAUUUUCUUUAUCUUCCAUAUUGGGGAUGAUGAAAGUCAGGAGAUUUGCAGAUGGGGCUUUUUUUUGAUGUGGUUUUCACACAGUACACAUCCCCCACCCCACCAAAGUGUCAAUUGUUCUUAAAAUUGGAAAUUCUGACUCAGUGUAAUCUUCUUAUUAGUUUUCUCUGCCACGCACAUCUGUAUGUAGGAUACAGUAAUAUUGUCAUCCCUUUGUUGUAAACAAUUUGUUUUUAGGAUCAUGCAGUGAGAAGUGAACAUUGCAAGGAUGUCACAUCCCAUCAUCAUGGCUUGGUGCUUAUGAAAAGGGAAAAACAAUAGCCCUCAGGCUCCUAAGUCUGUUCAGGACAAUCUAUUUAUAAUUUAUCAAAUGUUCACUGCAAGUUCCUUUGCAUGUGGAUACAUGUGCUUUCCAAAAUACAAUGCUUCAUUUGGGUUAAUAUCACACUUCCUCAAUAUUUUACUGUUGUUGGGGACAUGUGAGUAAAAGAGUUAAUAAACUGCCUCUCAGGGAUAAUAGGUUUUCCUGGGCAUCCAUGCUCUUUUCUCCUAACCCCCCGCCCCUGAUUCCUGUUGUACUUAUCCCCAAGGAUUAAAGUUUGCCCUUACAGGAGAGCCACAGCAGCUAGAAUUUUUAUUUUAACCUCCACCUCCCAAGAGACUAUGGAAUAUCAUAAGUAGGACUGAAGGCAAGGCUGAAGACUUGGCUUUGAGAUGAAUGUCCUUAUAUAAAGGUGAAGGCCUGGAACACUAUAUCUGAUUAAAUGAUAAGGACUAAGUGUAAUGAUGGGUCAUUGGUAGCUACAGACCGAGACCUGCAUGAAAGAAUUAAAUCCAGAUGUUGAAGAACUGAAAAGUAAAAAGUCAGAGCAGAGCACUGCAUACCAGGAGCUGUUUACAUGGCAGAGUCAAAGACAGCAACCAAACACAAGUUUUUUUGAGAUAUGAAGCUACAGUGUAAUAAUACAAUGCAAAUUAAUUAAUAAUCAACAGGACUAUAAAAAAUUAUGCACAGAAAUUUGCAAUAAUAAUAAUAAUAAUAAUAAUAAUAAUUAAUAAUAAUAAAAACAUUUUGAAGUAGUUUACCUUGAUACAUGGUCCUGUUUGUGGUAUCUAUAUUUUUGCCAUCCAACUUGUAUAUGUUGCUAAUUCAGCCUUCUGGAUUGUACUGGAGGAUGGGAGUUUUGCACAGAGUUCUUGAAUACAUUUGACUUUGCAUUUCUUCUGUGAACAGAGGCUUUCUAUUUCCUGUGUGUUCAAGUUGCAGAAUGUACUUUUGCUGGUUUCCCUCUGAGCUUUGGAUUUUAGAUGUGUUUUCCUUGACCAUAUCUAUCAGAUGAAUACUUUCUUAAAGCAUGGCUCUGAAAUAGUAUGGACCAAGGUGCUGAUUCAGAUUCAGGAUCGUGACUGGCAGUCUUGUCGUCUCAACAUUGUCCUGGAACAACUAUCAGAGCUUUUUAGCCCUGGCUAGGUAGUGAAGGGACGCGGGUGGCGCUGUGGGUAAAACCUCAGUGCCUAGAACUUGCCGAUCGCAUGGUCGGUGGUUCGAAUCCCCACGGCAGGGUGAGCUCCCGUUGUUCGGUCCCAGCUCCUGCAGUUCGAAAGCACCCUUAAGUGCAAGUAGAUAAAUAGGUACCGCUUUAUAGCGGGAAGGUAAACGGCGUUUCCGUGUGCUGCUCUAGUGCCGGUUCGCCAAGAGCAGCUUCGUCACGCUGGCCACGUGACCCGGAAGUGUCUGUGGACAGCGCUGGCUCCCGGCCUCUAGAGUGAGAUGAGCGCACAACCCUAGAGUCUGUCAAGACUGGCCCGUAUGGGCAGGGGUACCUUUACCUUUAGGUAGUGAAGAUUAAAGUCCCAUCCCUUGAGUGUUGAAUCUGGCAAGUUAACAGACCAGUACUUUGUUCUGCAGCCAUUGGCUUCUUCCAAGCAACCUGGUUUCAAGCUGUGUGCACUACUUUGAGGGCUUCCUUGGGUAUUUUCUCUGAAGAGUUUAUGGUCCAGUCAUAAGAGUCUAGCAGCUUAGGUGCCUCCUCAGGUUCAAGUGAGGAGAUGGAGACAGGAGAUCCACAUGGAAAGGUUUGGUGGGUGAAUCUGUCUCUGCAUCUGAGGACUUUUCACCUGAGUCCAGGACAAAAAAAUGUAUGGAGUACAUCAAUAGAUCUUAGGACUGCAUGGUUUCAGUGCACAGUGUGGCCACAAUCUUGUGUUGUGGUUGUUCACUGGGGGAUUUCUUCAUCAGAGUAUCUAUUUCUGAGAAGCUGAAUUUGUUCUCUGCCCUGAGUAUCAAACAGAACAGCAUUUCUGAAUACAGGUUACAGUUUCACUUUAUGAAAACUAUGAACAAACUCCUGAUUACAAUCCUUUCGCCACAGUGUGGUACUUGACAGCACCAGGUUGAUUCCUUAAGGGUCUGUUUCUUACUCAUCUGGGAUGCCAGAAAACCCAGCAAACAAAUGUGCUUUGGGAUUCUGGAAGCAGCAACAACAGCCAUCGGUGGUCGUAAUGUUUCUGGAAGAUUGUCAUUAUUCUCACAUCCCUGGAAAAUUAAUGAAGCAUCUUUGCCAGCACUUGAGAUAGCUUCAUCACAGCUGGUUGCAGCCUGCAUGUUCAUAGGUUCUUUGUGCUGAAAAAGCAGCUUGAGCAAUUUAAUUGUCUGUGGGAACAGCACAUACAGUUUGUCGAUAGGUUCUUUAACAAUCUUUGCUAGUAUCCUGUCUCUGCUUCCAAAUACAUCACCUCUGGCACGAUCCAGUUUGUGGUACUUUGAAUUGAAUUUAUUUGCUGCUGCCAUCCUGUUUGCAAAAUGAAAUAGCAGUGGACUCUCUCCAACGUAUGUAAUAUUGAAUUACAUGUUCCAGGCUUCCCUUGAUGGCCUUAUUACUAAAACAAACGCAGAAGAUGCUCUUAGUAGUUCAUUUUUAAAAUUUUCUUCAUUCAGUUUUAUUAUUCCUUCCUUCCUUCCUUCCAGCACAGGGCAAUGAAAUAGGUUGGAUUGGGGACUAUGCUCAAAGUUGUGGGAAUGUUCAGGGAUGUAGGAGAGGAUAUAUUGUGAGAUUAUAUCCUUAUCCAACUUGUGUUAACAAGUUUCCAAUAUCAGCAGAGUAAAAUAUUCCCCUUUAAGUUUGCAACGGCAGCGUUUGCUCAGGCUUGCUUAAGCCUCUAUAAUAAUCACUCUGGUAAUUUCCCCUUAUUCCCUCUUAAAAUAGAAGACACGACACAGUCCUUUACAAAAGUAUAAAAAGAGUUUACUCACAUUCUGUUCACAUCAGAUCCCAGAAGGCAGACUUAGAAUCCAAAUGUAUAUUACUUCACUAAGACUAUCUUAUAAGAAGAUAGUCCCUUUCUCCUCUCCUGGCUGGGAGCCAAGAGGGCAUCUUUAGCUUAGUAGAUGUUGCUUGUUCAAUGGAAGAGAGGCAAGAGAGGUAAGAGAGAGAUGGCUGCCCCUGCCCUGUGCUUUUAUCAUUACCUGCACAGGUGAGGCCACACCCACCUCUAGUCACAUGCGGAGGAAGUCUGUCCCAGCUCAGAGGGAGACAGGAAGUUUACCUGCUGGCUGGACAAACAUCCCUCCCCAUGUCUGAACAUGUACACUCUAGGAAUGUUGUAAUUGACUGCUCCUGUGUUUCACAUCCCACAAAAGUCACCAUAUAAACUUUAUGGCUAGGUGGCGAUUUGAACCUUGAACACUGCAGUUCUAGUGGGAUCCUCUGACCAUUGAACCAGUUUGAAAAAUGCCAGUAUCUUCUAGAAAGUAUUGGGAAUGACAGGAGAGCACAGUAGCCUCUACACUUACCACAGAAUGUGCUAGAUAACAAGCACAGUCCACUCUAUAAUUUUUCUUUCUACUUUUCCUGGAGAAGUAUGAGAACUCCCCUGUGCUUGCCAGUCCUUACUGAUGCUUUUUCUUAUACAAAGCCACAGUUCUUGAAACUAGGUCUUGAAACCAGAAAUGCAUUUUUGUGCAGUUUCUGCAGUAUGGGAGUCCAUAAAUGGUCUCCAGGAGAGUUCACACAUCUAUGCCUCGUUAUUAAGGUGUAGUUCUGAAAUGGCUUAAUGGAACAGCAUAGUAUAUGGCGAAGAGGAAAUGUGGCAUGUGCGUAAAAGGAGUAUGAUAUACACAUCAUUGGGAUAAGUAGAUAUAUAAUUUGCUAAAUAUUGAUGUAUAAUCUGAUUCCAUAGGUUCUAUCCAGUAAAGUAGUUCUGUGAGUGCAAGGAAUUUCAUUUGAUCCAUGGAUCUUCCCUUCUCUCUCCUCUCCCUUCCACACCCCCCACAAAAAGCUGCUCCUGAGAGUUGGGGGAAACCCAGAACAGUUUUAGGGAUGUGUGGGGAGAGGAGAGCAAGGGGUAAUUCUAUUGCACAGCCGAGGUCCUUGUACUAACGGAACUGCUUUUCUGGAUACCAUGUGAUUAUUUAAAUAGUAUAUUUUGUUUAUCUUAUACAGUAGAUAUUUUCCAAUUUCCUGGUAAACUGAAUAAAUUAUAUUAGCUUUUGUAACCACUUGCAAACCUUUUCAGUAUCCCACUGUCCUGAAAUACCCUAUUAGUUUAUGAAUCUUGAAACAUAUACUAACAUCAUUAAAAAUAUGUUCUUGGCAAUGUGAAUUUGAUCUGUUGCUAGCUUGCAGGUGACUUGGGUUUUUGGUGAGUUGCCUUCUGCUUAUCAAGACUGAUGUGAUCCAGAAAGUUUUAAAUCUUUGAUUCUUUAAAACUGACAGUUUUUCUAAUUAAACUCUCACUUCUUUUUCUUUAUCUGUGGAAUUAUGCAUACAAAAUGUAGCUGGGAUAUGUCAAACAGUGCAAAUCAAUGGUACAAUACAUUAAUCAAAUGCAUGAGGGAGCAGCAGGAGAAAAGAAUGAUUAUGCAGUGUUACAUAAGCGUUGAUUUUUACUGAUUUGCAAGUCUCUGUUACUACUUAUCAUUCCCUUUUGACUUCUAAACCCAGAGAGAAUAUAAUCUUUUUCUGGCCUGUCUGGUUAUGUUGCCAAAAAAAGAACUGGCAGUGGGGUUUUAAGAUACCUGUGACUAAAUGUAAAUCGGAAACUUUGAUAAAAGGUUCCAGCCUUUAGAUAAUAUAUCAUUAGAUAAUCUUUUAAUUUCUCUUUUCUCUUAUUGGUACUAUAGCCAUGUAUUAAAAUAAGAGUGGUCAUUCAUCUUCACGUUUGUAAUACAUUCUGAUCUACUCAUCAGACUGCGAUUUAUUUAUUUUUUAAGCUAUGCACUAGAGAAGAAUAGAAUGGACAGGACUGCUUUCUCUUGCACAUUGUGAUUUAGUAUAACAAAAUUAUUAAGGAAUAUCUUCAUUGCAUAUAGAUGCCCUGGGGCAUUACAUAUAUCUUUAGGGCAUGCUAUUCAUUUUGUGAAACUGUGCCAUUCCUCCCUCUAAAAGUCAGUUUGCAAAAGGUUUACCCAUCUGUUUCUCCAGGCAGUAAAAUCUUCAGUAGAGGCUCUACCAAGGUGUGGUGGGUGGUAACAGAGGAAAACCCCUUCUUAGGUGUUUAAAUACCAACACAGUGAUUACCAAAUGCUCUCCCCAGAAUCACGCCUGCUUUGAGAAUAUUAUUUUUAGUAUGCUGUUUUUAUUUGGUUGGCUCAUCUUAAUGCAUUUUGAUUUUGUUGUGUGUCAUGCUAGGGAUUUCUUUGAAGGGUGGUGCAAAUACGCCUACGAAUAAAUAAAUAUACCUUAGUCCAUACAUUACCUGGGAUGGCAUAGUUAUCACUGCUGUGUGCCCAGAUUCCACUCCAGUAGCAUUUAGCUAGUUGAAUCAUGUUGUAAAACAAUACUUUGUGGGUUGUAUCUAAUGCGCUGUGAGUGGCAUUCUGCUCAUACAAUGGGACUUCAUCACCCUCUCCUUGCUUGUCUCCAAAAUAUGUCAGAGAGGGUCCUAGAACCCUCUGGAGCAGAUCUUGAGGGUGUGCGGGCCUCAGGGGAAGAAAGGGAAGUUCUGUUAUAUGACUGGAAUGGCAGGGGUGGAUGAAACCCUAUAUUACUUUAUGUAAACAAUGUAAGGUUAGUGGGUAUACAAAUCUUGUAUACAAAUCUUGUUAGAUAAACAAAUGAUGGGAUUGCUAGGAUCUCACAUAUUACCAGUGCCAGUGCUGGUGGGGACCCUGGCAUAUGGGGUGGUACAUGAUCCCAUAUGGUUUCCCCAUCUGUUUGCUUAUUGUUAAUGAAGCCUGCAGGAUCCAGCCCCAGAGAGGUGGGAUUACCACUCUGGUAACUUACAAAUUGUACAUGUGUUCUCUUGAUACUGACAUGGUGAUAUUCUCCAUUCCAAUGACUUCUGUUCCUUUGGCUCCUGAAUUUGGUGCUGACUUUUACUGAGGGAGACAAACAAAAUGCACUUAUUUCUAUUAGAUCCACAAAACAUAUAUGGUACUACUAGAUAAUGUCCGGGCAGGACUGCAGGGUGGUAGUGUAUUUUAAUGAGGAACAAGAGGAAUGUCAGAUUUCUUCCUCUUGCCCUGACAGAUUAUAACAAAGCAAACAUCAUUAGCUGCUGUUUGUAAAGUGCUCUGGUGAGGUUGUGGUGAAAGAGCCACAAUAAAGGUGGAAAUAUUUCGUCUUUGAAAUAUGAAUUUAUGUUUAUUAUGUGAUUUAGAGUUACUGAGAUGCCCCUAAGUAUUCAUUGAAGGAAAAGAAAAUGUAAAUUAAAAAAUAAAUGGUGGUGUCCAAUGAAGUAGUUCUAUUAGUGUCAAUGAAUUUUGGGUGUGCAACAGAACGUCUCCUCCCUCGCCUCUUUCCUUGCACCCCUGAAUAUCCCUUAAAUUUGUUAUUGGGGGGCCCCAAUUACCCAGAGCAGAUUUGGGAAGGGCACAGAGGGUGUGCAGGGAGAAGAGAAGGAGGGUAAGUCCAUUUGCACGAUCAGAAAAUCCUUGCACCAACACAACUAGUUUGUCAGAAUCCACUCAAAGAGUUCUGUACCACCAAAUAUUCCAGGGGAUUUAUAAAUUGUGGAUCCUUUCUGAACUCCUGUUAACCCUAAUUAAAUGUGGCACUAAUGUGCAGAAAUUAGUGCCUUAGAUAACAAAAUGGUGUACUUUGGCUGCAGCCUUUCACACAUUUGCUUGGGAAGUAAACACCAUUGAAUGCUUUGAUCUUACUUCCAGGUGACCAUCCAUUUGAAUGAGUGGCCGCUUUGGGCUUUUGCUCAUAACUUGCUGGAUCUUGAGCCUCAGACAUAAAUGCGCACUCGAAGCACAAAUUGAAACAAGCAGCCAAGCUUUGAUGCUGUUUAACUACAUUGCAUUGCUUUCCACGGGGUCCACAUUUGAUUGCGCAUCCUGAUCCAUGUACUUGUGCAACUACUACUCCUGCAUAAGCAUCAUUUUAAAGCACUGGUAGAAUUUAAUUGGUGUGAUUACCAACCGUGGACAUGAUCCAAAUCUGUCUCACAGAUAACUUACAUACAGACAAAAGUUGUGGAGGACAUGAAGCUUAGUAAUGAAGACGUGGCCUGGGGUAGAAGAUAAGGGCUAAAAUGGAGAUCGUUCAUAUGGCAAGAUACCUCAUAGGAAGCUGCCUUAGAUUGAGCUGAACACUACAUUCUUCUAGCUCACUGUUGUCUACACUUUUACAGAGGGGUAUUGGUAUUAAUUUGUUGCAGCAAAAUCUACGAAGAAUUAUGUGGUGCCUUAAAAAUGGUAGAAGUUUUUGUGGACUAAAGCCCACUUCAUUAGAUGCACAAAGUGGCACAUAUAUAAUAUUGUCUAUACUGACCAGCAGUGAUUCUCUGGGGUUUUAGACAGGAGUCCUCUUCUCAGCUGGAGAUUGAACCUAAGAUGCACCCUUCCCCCUUUGCCAGGUGGGAGUUGGAUGGUAGCAGAGAGCAACUCUGUGCCCAACUGUGUGAUAGUGAGGUAGAGCCCAAGACAGAGGGGAAAAACAUAAUUUCCUGCACUGCAAAUCCUUUCCCUUUGUCCUUUGCUCCCAUUAAUCCACGUAAAGAAAAAAUAUUCAUGCUUGACCACUAGCAAUUCUUCCCCUUUGCUUUCUGAUCUUUUAGUAUACAUGUUAUGAAAGGGGGUUGUCAUAGUUAUAUAACUAUGAGAACUAGCAACUUGCAUCUCCACGCCCAAGUUGAGAUCUUCAAGUGCUACUCCUUAUUCAAAAGAUCCUGCAGCAUACAGUCUGCAGGGAAACAUCUAAAAUUUAUGAUGCUAGUAAUAACCCUUCUGGUACCUAAGUCCCUGAAGAGACAUAAAUAACUCAGGAGUUCCAUUUAAAAAAUUGAAUUCUUAUUUAUUACUCUAACACUUCCCUAAUGACACACAUACGCUCUGAAGGUGCUUCUAAAGAUAACUGGUCCAUGGGGCAUGUACAAAGGGGUUGAAAAGGGGGUGACAGGGCAAAAAGGGAAAGCACCUCUGUUUCUGUGGAAAUGUAAAGAAUCCUUUUUAAGGUUGACCAUCGCAAGUGGACAGCGCAGAUUCCAAAAUGGUUAGGUGUCUUCUGAAGCUUUUCCGAAUGCCAUGGCUAAGAUACGGUUUCUUGCACUGUUAGUCAAGCCUUUGCUUGAAAUCAAUCCUGCAGGCCAAUAUGUGCAAGUGAUUCCCAUGAAGGCUUGUGUCUGAAUACACAUGUAUAGGCUUGCACUGUUAAGGCACCUGAAUUGCUGUGCAUUCUUUGGGGAGCGUGAUUCUUUGUGCUGCAGUUCCUCGUUUUAAUGAAAAUACAAUUGCUUCUGAUUAAGCAAGCUGAUGAAUAAGUAUGCGCUUCAGAAAGAUUACUUUGACUGUGUGGAAGAUGAUGGCAGCAAUAAAAACAGACCAGUAUGCUUUUGGACAGAAAGGGAGAAGAAGGGACAGAAACAGAGGAGACUAUUUUUACUCCUUCUGCCCUAAGUCAGAGCAUCAGCUGCCCAGUGCCCAACUUUUUCUAGCCUUUUGCAUCAAAAGCCAACAUGGGUUUUCCCUUUGGCUCAGAGGAUGAACACAGCAAUAUUGUACCAGGCCCAAGUGUUAAAAGGUACUUCUAGUUACUGAAGCUACCUGGGCUUCUGGUGACAGAACUGUUUCCAGAAGCACCUCCAGACUAUAUAUCUGCUCCUUCAGGGAGAGUACAGCCUCAUCUAGUGCAGAUGAUCUCUUGAAUUACCCACCCACAGAGCCUCUGUUUUACCAGGAUUCAAGCCACACAAUUCAAAUGUUGUGAAAAAACAGAUCUGAGUAACAUCAGUGUUUGAAUGGCAACUUGCCCCAAAACUCCUAACAAACACGCCCAGCAGCUUCAUAUAGAUAUUACUGUAAUUUUCGCUCUAUAAGACGCACUUUUCCCCUCCUAAAAAGUAAGGAGAAAUGUGUGUGCGUCUUAUGGAGCGAAUGCAGGCUGCGCAGCUAUCCCUGAAGCCAGAAGAGCAAGACGGAUCGCUGCGCAGCGAUCCCUCUUGCUCUUCUGGCUUCAGGGAUACCUACGCAAAGCCUCUUGAGCGCAGCCUUUAUCCUGCUGCCCUGAGGAGGCUUUGUGCGGCUAUCCCAAGAACCCAGAACAGUGAGAGGGAGCGCUGCACAGCGCUCCCUCUCACUGUUCUAGCUUAGCCGUGCAAAGCUCUUCAGGACAGGGGGAGCCUUCAUCCUGCUACCCUGAUAAGGCUUCGCACUGCUAUCCCAGAAGCCAGAACAGCAAGAUGGAUCACUGCGCAGCACUCUCUCUUGCUGCUCUAGUUUCUGGCUUAGCCUCUCAGUCCCUUCCCUCACCUCUCAGAAAAGCCCCCAAGAGCCGCGCUCCCUUUAAAGAGCGUGCAGCUCUUGCUGGCUUUUCCGGGAGGUGAGGGAAGGGACAGAGGCAGCACAUCAGUCCCCUCCCCCACCUCCCGGAAAAGCCCCCAAAAGCUCCCUUUAAAGAGCUGCACAGAGUGUGUGUGCGGCUCUUGGGGGCUUUUCCCCUAGGAGUGACGGGCUGCCCUUCUCCCUCCUCGGGGAAAAGCCUGCAAGCACUGCACACACGCUCCACGCGGCUCGUGAAAGGGAGUGCUGAGCAGAGCCUGGGAUGCAUACAGGCUCUGCUCAGCGCUCCCUUUAAAGAAUACUUUUUUUUCUUGCAUUCCCCCUCUAAAAACUAGGUGCAUCUUAUGGUCAGGUGCAUCUUAUGGAGUGAAAAAUACAGUAAAUAGCACUGGAGAUAAAAUAGUGCCCUGCAACAUGGCACCCCAUAACACAAACUGCCAUGGGACUGAAAAGUACUCUCCCAAGUGUAAUUUCUGGACUCGGUCAUGAGGUAGUACUGGAACCACUGGAACCUCAAUUCCCAUUUGGGCCCUCUCCAGAUGCUGCCAUUAAAUGUGUGUGUGUGUGUGUGUGCGUGUGCGUGUGCGUGUGUGCGUGCACUUCUGUGCUUUUGAACUAGAGAUGCAUCUGUUCCAUUUGAGAUGUCAGCCUUGGACUAUAUAAGUAGGAGAUCUCAUCCCCUUGUUCGAUAUUUAUAUUUAUCAAUAGUCUUGAUUGCGGCACUUAUUGCUUGAUUGCUUGGGGGUAAUUAUUGCUUAUCAAUACUCUUGAUUGUGGCACUCAAACUAGUUAAAGAGCCACUUUUUACAAUCACAGAUUGCAAUUUAAUUCCACUUGUUUCUGAUUAGUUCAGGUUUUCCAUCUCAGUAGCUAGCAGAAGGUUGCUGGAAUUCUUCUGAGCUAAGCAGCCUUAUGAGCAUUGCACCCCAGUGCUUGACUUUAGGAGACUGGCUUCUGCUGUUUCUCUGACUCUGUACAGUGCUUUCCCUAUUUCUCUCUAGAUGCAAACCUGUGCAUCUGCCCCACAGAGAGAUACAUAACACUUGAAUCCUGCCAUGGAAGGAAUUGACCAAUGGUGAACGGCUUUAAAAAGGAAAUUGUAGGAGUGCCUCCCUUCUGAUCUAGAUCGUAUCACUGGCUUUAAAAUUUUGUCUCCUGCCGUAGUCCUGAUACAGAUCAUCCCCCUUGUGGUGUUGUUUAAGAGUUAAAGCAACAAUUUGCUUAGAAGAUGAGAUCAAAAUCAGUUGUAAUUUGGAUUUCUGUAGAGCCCUGGACCAAAGUACAGUUGUACCUUGGAUCCCAAACACCUUGCAAGUUGAACGUUUUGGCUCCCGAAUCCUGCAAACCCAGAAGUGAGUGUUCCAGUUUGGGAAUGUUCUUUGGGACCGGAACAUCCGACACAGCUUCCGCAGCUUCCAGUUGGCUGCAGGAACUUCUUGCAGCCAAUCGGAAGCAGCACCUUGGUUUCCGAAUGCUUUGGAAGUCGAACGGACUUCUGGAACAGAUUAUGUUUGACUUCCGAGGUACCACUUUAUUCAAUAAGCAAUUUACUUGAUCAGCUUGGGUGAGAGGUUGUCCCUCUAGCAAGUCCUAAUACAUGUCCCUAGCAGCCCUCCUUUGUACAGAAUACAUUUGGUGUUUUUUCUGGGCUUGAAUAUGAAGGGAAUGUAUGCAACCUGCUCUUUUUCUUAAUUAGUAAUGAUAAGCUCAUCAUUUGCAGAAGUUGGAAUUUUGUUUCACGGCUUGGAUCUUGUAGAGGUGGGACCUUUUCAUGAGAGGGAAACGGGAGGUUCCCUUUACCUGCUCUGAUGUUGUAUGGGUAUGUUGUUAUUUUAUUGUCCUUAUCUGGAGUGAUCAAAGUGAGAGGGGAAAAAUAAAGUGGAAUGGUCUCAUUUCAAAUCAGGUCAGACUCAGUUAUAUCUUACUAUAUAAUUAGUGGAUUACACUUUUGUUUUCCCCUGGUGAGCUCUCUGACCUUUGAAGGAGCAGAAUUUUUAUUACUAAUAAAAUGAAUGGCAGCUAUAAUGGUCUUUGGGGGGAAAGAGUAGUGCCAUAUUGCUUCUAAGAAACAAGAUAUACAAUCUGGCAGGUUGCCUUCCCACCCCAUCCCUGUGUUGCAGAUCACAUGCAAUUAUUCCUCAGGAACAUCUGUACCUCUGGCCAGCUCAAAAAUUAAAUGGUCCUUUGUACUAGAAAGGCAUGCCAAAAGCACAAAUUUAUUUUUGGGUGGUUUUUUUAAAAGCGUUUGCCUUGUGUUGAGAAGAUCACUACAAUUAUUAUGAAGUAUAAUAACAAAAAUAAUUAAAACAAAUUUUUAAAAUACACCACUUCCUUCCAGUUUCACUUGGAAUACAUCCACAAGUGGGACUUUGAAUCUUGCUGAAUUGCCACCCCUUUGGAAACUGUUUGUCUCUGUUAAAACCUGAAGUGAUGCCCCUGAUUACAAUGAGGCAAGCUGAAACCUCCUUGUUAGGACUCUGAAGACUAUAAAUGAUGCAUAUCAAAUGACGGAAGCAGUCUGUUAUUCUCAAAAUAUAAUGACACAGAUUUUCUUUUCAUCACCAUUUUAUUUGGAUUUAGAAUUGGACAGUGCAAAUUACACUGAUAGCAAUAAACUUUGUUGCCUAGCUCAUCUCUUUACCAUUAUGUUCCCAUUUCUUUUGCAGAUUGCAUGUGGCUCGGAGCACAAUCUAGCAAUAGUUGGUAAGUAGCUUCCAUUAUCAAAUGCUUUGAACAAUUCAUUUCCAGUUAGAGCAGAACCAAGAAUGUAUCAUGUGUGCCAAACUUAUCAUUUACGGUAUACUGUGAUCAACGUGGAAAUUGUGGCAGAGGACAUGAGCAUUGUACAUAAUGUACAUAACCUGAAAUGGGAAAAAUGUGAAUUGUUGGUGAAAUGCUGACUCGAGUGAAGUUUGCAUCAAAAUUCUCAUUGACCUUCAGUCAAGGAUUUCUUUAAAAAGAGGCUGCAGAUUCUGCUGCUGCCUCUUAACUCCCCAUAAACUUAUCGAUUGCAGAUGUAACCUUCAAGAAGAUGCUUGGCAAACUGAAAAUGCUAGGGGCGGGAGAAAUUUGAAGUGGGAGGGGAUUUAGAGGCAAAGUCGUUUUUUAAAAAAAGCGUAAGCAGUUUCAAGACUUCCAUUUGGUUGUUUUUUCUAUUAAUACUUUGAAAGUUUGGAAAAUUACAGACAAGAUAAAUUACGUUAACUGCAUGGAUCUCAAAUACAAAAAUUAGCAUUAUUAUUUCUUUCAUGGCAUAUUUUUGUGCAACCCUCAAUAUUGAACAAGCUGGCUGCUCCUCAUCUAUUCUAUGCCACGGUCAUGUGGAACCUCCAGCCCCUGGGGCUAAUUAGGCCUGGCAGGGGUCCUAAUUUGGUCUGCCAGGCCAUUUCCUCCAAACCAUGUCCAGCUGCCCAGCACCUGACAUCAAAAAUCAGGCAAAUAUCUUUUAUUUUGACAUGGGAACAUUCACUGUCAAGCAGAUAAUAAGAAAUCUAACUUUACAAACUAAUCUGCAUUUUAGUAUAAGGAGGAAAAUUCUAUGCAUUUACAAUUUUUUUUUUGGCCUACAGCCAAAAAUGUGACUUGUUAUCUUAAACAAACAAACAAAAAAAGGACUUUCUCAUCUCUGCAGCUCCUGGCCUUGUGUAGCUUUCCUCUGCCCUCUUUCAGUUUUCCUGAUCUUGCUUUUCCCUCAAUUGCUCUCAUUCCUCUGCAUCACUUCCCAUUGUUGAAUCCUCAUUUGCUAAGCUGCUCCAAUCAGUUUCCCUUGCCUUGCUGUUUUUAUAAGCCCGCCACUCCUAAUUCCUAAGCCAAUAAUCCUUUUGCCUCCUAGUCCCUUUUUCAUGCACUGCCUCUCCCUAAGAACUGAGCAGUUCAACAAAUGGAAGACCAAAGCCCUUCUGCCUGCCUUGGCUCUCUGAUGUCAGGGCAGUUCAGCCAAUCAUUGCCAUAGGCAUUACAAAUAUCAGCUCCUGCUAAACUCCUACUGCACCACAAUACAGAUCAUAUAUCAUAGGUUUAGGAAUGUGGUGCAUUAUUUCUUUGUACUAUGCAAAAUCUUAAAUCAUGCAAUGGGUGAACAUCUUCCACUUACUAGAAUCUAGUACACAGCCAGCUUGACCUGGCGGCUAGAAUAGUAGGCUUAGGACCUGGAAGACAUAAAAUCAUAGAAUAGUGGAGUCUUCUAGUCCAACCCGCUGCGAUGCAGGAAUCUCAACUAAAGCAUCUAUGACAGAUGGGCAUCUUACAUAAAAACCUCCAAGGAAAGAGAGUCCAUCACUUCCUGAAGGAGUCUGUUCCACUGUCGAACAGCUCUUACUAUCAGAAUGUUCUUCCUUACAAGAAUCUUCAUUCUUUUAAUAAAGCCAUUGGUUUGGGCCCUACCCUGUGGAGCAGGAGAAAACAGGCUUGCUCCAUCUUCUGUGUGACAGCCCUUUAGAAAUUUGAAGAUGACUAUCAUAUCUCCUCUCAGUCUCCUCUUUACAAGGCUAAACAUACCCAACUCUCUCAACAAUUCCUCAUAAGAUUUGGUUUCCAUGUUAAUGUGUGGCCAACUUUCCUACCUUUUUUCCAUCCCUCAUCCCACUGGGAAAAUGCUUUUAAGGGAUGAGGGGACUUUCCAGAGUGGCUUUAUGAUACCCCCAUGAGCAGAAGUCUCUUCUAUUUGCACAGUGGUGCAAGCAAUUGCAUAUGAAAUAUUAUUAUUAGUAUCAGUUGUUACAUUGUUGUUGUUAAAAACAAUUAUAAGAAGAGAAAAUGCCACUCCAACGCAGCAAAUCUUUGUUUUCUUUCUUUAAAGGAAGGUAAAGGAAUCUUUGGCCCAUUGAACCCACAAGGUCAAUUUCUUCUCAAUUAAGUUCUAGAGUUCUAGCUAUGUUAUGGUAAAAAGCAUCAGCCCAAGAAACACUCCUAACAGAUUAUGAAAGGCAUAUUUCCAUGGCAGAGUGAGCACCAAUUGGGAUGCAAGGCUGGAACUGCCUGAUGGACAGACCUCUCUGCGAUCCUGACAGUGUUAUUUAGAUGUUCGUGGCAGCCUUGUAAAGCAAGGGACGUGAUCAUGCGUCUGAUGUGCGAACCCUGGGGACUUGGAAGACUGUCACUAGGAGAUAAUCAUAAAUUCUCUGUUUCUUUUUCAUACUGCUCUAAUAGUUGGGGGGAUCUUUUAGCAUAGCACAGAGCAUUAGUGUACAGCAAGAAAGCGCAGCAUGCCAUUCUAUUACUUUUAUCUAUUAUACAUGAUAAAUUCUGCUUCAACUGGGUCUGCAUUGUAAGAGCUUCCUGGAAGACCAGCAUGGAGGCAUGUUAACAGAACGCGCUCUUUUCUCAUUGCACUCCUAAUCACAUCCAUAGGUUGUUAAAGGGCACCUAGCAGGGAUUCUUCCUAACAACCAUCGAUUAUUUAUUCAUUCUAGCAUUUAUGUGAGUUGGCCGUAGAAAUUUGUCUCUAAUCACUGUGUAUUAUUUCCUUGCUAAUGUGAGUUUCUAAACAGGGGCAGGGACAGCCAUUCAAGAUCCAGGGUUCAGAAGUCCUUCUACAAUUAUACAGUGUUAACUAGGAUGUAAGCUGAUUGAGACAACAGUAGAGCUGUUAAAAGCUACACUGAGCACAGGCAAAUGCAAACUGAUCAAAAAGCAAGAGUUGAUAGGUGGACUAUCUAAAUGCCAAGUAAAUUAAUGGAAUGCAACUAGUUGAGCACGAAUCAGUACAUAUAUAAGAGGUGUCAGGCUGAUCUGAUCACAGCACAAUUUAGACAAAUAUGACAAAUGUGAAAUGAGCAACAUUUAUGCUGGCUAACUCCAAGGAGCGAAAUGAACAAAGAAGUCCUGGCAGAAAGGCUUGGCUUCAUCCUCAUUUCCAGGCUAGUUUUGCAGUUAAUUAUCCUCUCUCCACCCCAGAUACCAUAGGUGCCCUCAUUUAAUUGUACGCUUAUUUACUUAGUAUAUAACUAAAAAAAAGUAGGAGAAAUCAUUUAGCUUAGAGGUGGAGAACCUUUGGCCUUCUAGAGACAGUUGGGCUUCAACUCCCAUCAGCCUCAGCAAGCAUAGCCAUUGAUCUGGUAUUUUUAAACUCCUCUGUUGAGUCAGUUUUAUUUUUAUGGGAUUCCCAGGUAAAAUGCGAACAUGGAACCCAACUAUAUAUUGGCUCCUCUGCUUUGGAAAUAAAAUGCUGAGAUGAACCAAAAACAUCCCUCUCUUGAAAAAAGCCAAGGGGGAAAACACACAAUAGCAUACAUGCAUGGUGUGUACAGGGUUGUUGCUAUUUUUGUUAUACUAGAGUUAUUCCCCUAUAGGAAACACAUCAUUUGUGAAGGGCCUUUAUAUUGGAAGCAAUCUAGAUUUUCAAUGGGAAGCUAACGGGAGCUAGUAGUUGAGGGAAACUCAGUAACAAGAUUUGCCUUGGUGGUUUCCCCUUCCUAAAUGCCUGUAAGUCCUGCUAAUACAGCAACCACCAGCAGUACAAAUCUAUGCAUUUCAGUGAAUCAUAGAAUAAGCCUGGGAGCAGACCAUCAGAAUAAUUUAAUCUGAAGUUUUAUGUAGGUUAAGUCAGAGACACUUAUUUAAUGAGCCUUUCAGGAUGCUUGGAACAUGCUGUCCUCUUCCCAUCACAUUGCUGUUUGCUGGUGUUGGAAGCUAUAUUACCACGGGAUCUUUCGGCUACGGGAAAUGGGCCUGUCCCUUAGAGGUGAGAGAGUGAAGGACACAGGUCUGUCCAGUGACUCAGACCCAGAGAAUGGAGUUUGCGGGAACCUAAUAAGGGGUUAUGAUUGGCAAUCUAUUCAGGGCUUUGGGGCUGUUCCGUGAGUCAUAAAUCUUUGACUCGUUCUGUAGGUUUUUGAAAGAUGAUAGAAUAAGAACUUAAGAGACUGCUCAGAUCAGAUUGAACGACUAUCUAGCCCCAGCAUCCUGUUCUUUCAGUGGCCAGCCAGAUGGCGGUGGUAAGCCUGCAAGCAGGACAUGAGUGCAACAACACUCUCCCCUCCCCCAGUUUCCAGAAACUGGUAUUCAGAAGCAUACUGCCUCCAACAGUGGAGGGUAGAAAAUAGUCAUCACGCUUAGGAGCCAUCGGUAGUUUUGUGCUAUAUAACUUUCACAAAAUUGCAGGGGACUAUGUCUCAUUUUGCAUCUUACUAACUUUCAUUAAGUGGCUGUCAUUAUAGGGCUGAGACAGUUCUAAUAGGACCCUUAUAACCAUGUACCACCCUACUUAAUUUUCACUAUACUUAGUUGACCGCUACUUUACAUGUGAUAUGCUUAUACAACUUGUGUAUAUUUUCAUAAGUGAAAUUUGGUUUUCUCUAUUGCUACAUAUGCACGUCUGUGAAAUCUGAUGGGUGCUGUGGCUUUGAAACAUAUACACACUUGGUAAAACAAAGAAGCAGUGUGCAUGGGCACACUUUUUCCUUACGUGAGUAUGUUUGUGCAGGGAAAUUUCACCUGUCAUUGCCUUAAGAUUGUUUUUGUUAAGGUGAGUCCUCCCCCCCCCCCCAAUUUGGUCCUAAUAUUAUUUGCCUGUUGCACUGGGCUUUCCCUCUUAGGACAUGACUUUAUAUAAAAUGCAUAUUUGCUUAUAUGUUUAUGAAAUACGCAGAAAUAUAAAAUGAACUGAUUUCAAUGCAUUCAUUUUAAUGAGUUGUGGUUUUUGCCUAUUUCGGGCAGUUUUCCAACCAUCUAUAUUUAAAAAAAAAAGUUUUGUUCUCCAUUUCUGUAAUGUAAUUUCCCAGCUGCCAAGAGAAUUAUCUAUCUAUUAUCUAUUAAAUGCCAAUAUUUAAUUUUCUGAUUUAUUUCAGAACUCUAAAAAAUCUGCUUGAUUUAGCUAUUUUAAACUCAUUACACCUUGCAAAAAUGUAUCAGAUAGACAAUCCUCUAUAUUACCAGCCAAUAAAAUUGUUACAUAGUAGUUUAUACUGCAGGGGGAAUAGGAAACAAGAAUGUGCUCCUUUGCUAAAUCUCUAUUUAUAUAACUCAAUGGAAAGUACACACUUUAAUUUAUUCACGUUAUUUAAUAUAGUCUAAAGAUUAACAUCUUUAUCUUUCUGCUCUACUCAUAUCACCUAUCCUCUCGGAAUAAACUUUUUUGAGCUCAUGCUCCUUCAACACUUUUCAAAAUAUAGUUCUUUCCACCACCCCCAGACCAAGAAUAUAAAACCUCUACAGUAGUAGGAGAAGGGAUCCCAGGAGUGUUGAGUAAAGAUAUAUAUGUAGGUGUUGGUGUAAGCAUGACAUCCUGUACCAGUUUUGCUUCGUGGUAGAAAAAUUUAGGGGAAGUUAAAAUAGCUGUCUGUCAUUAUUUACCUUUUAAAAAAAAUAAAAAAUAAGAUAAGAAGUGCUUUACAGUUCUGACAAUGGGCAGGCAUUGACUCAGCAGAAAUUGUGUGUCCAGUGAAAUGCCCUAGCCUCCUUUCAGAUGAGGGCAGGGAAUAUUAAGUCCCACAACUUGUACCUUCUUUGGAGAGUUUUCUCAGUUAGCCAUCACAGACCAGAUACCCACAAAUAUAUCUUUGUGGAUAUAAGCCGUGAUAAAAUAAGCCAGCAACAUGCAGUUGACAAGCUUGCAUUCAAAAAUGUCCAGUGCCCUCUGGUUCCUCAUCACUACCACACCCUAUUUGUCAGUGUUUUGACAGCGACGGGAUACCAUUACCAGCUAGUUAUAAGAGACAGAUGAGACAGAUGUACCAAUGUGCUCUCCCCCUGUAGCAAAAUCUUGUGGUGCCUGUCAUUUGUGAGUGGAAUGAUGGUCUUAGUGUCACUCAGACGUCAGUUCAGUUUUUCAGCUUUUGAUGGAAGUUGCUGAGGAGCUAGAACAUGACUGAUUAAGCUUUUUGUGCGUUGGCCUAUUAUGUAACACUUCUCCCUAACCCACCCCCAUCCUGAACCAAGUAGAUUAUUUGAUGGAGGUUUAUAUAAUUAGGUGUAGUGUGGAGAAGAUGGAUAGUUUUUUCUCCCCCUAUUAUAAAACUAGAGACUUAUUUGCAUACUUCCCUCACCUAAUUACAAUCAUGUGAUGAAGAGGAAGAGCUGCAUUCACUGGCCCUGGCCUCAUUGAUCUUCAUGGAGAGGAAACUCUUGAGGUGGGAGCCUGCUCUAUGUGUGGUGGCUCCCCAUGCCAUUUAAAAUCCUAAUUGCACAAGCUUCUAAGUUACAUGGGGGGCCUACCUGCAAAUGUAAUCACCUGGCAGUGCAUACCUGCAUAGAACUCGGGCUCAUCUAGUGAAGUAAGAGAAGAAAUCAAAAAGUAAUAAAAGUACAGUUAAGAAUUAAUAUGAAUAUCUACUUCAGUUUUCAUCUACAGGUAAACCGUGGAUCACAUGAGUGGAUCUCAUGGACCACUGGUGGUCCACAGACUUCCGUUUGGGAACUUUUCUCUAAAGCAGAUGCUCACUACCUACUAACUCAGGAUAACACUUCAUGUAUCUGACGAAGAGGACUCUAGUUGACAAAAGAAUUGAUCUUUAGGAUACCACAAGACUUUGCUCCCCCUGCAACUAACAUUGCUACCCUUCUGAAAAAACAAAACAAAAACCUAAUUGGACCCUCACAUGCUGUAAUUGGUCUUUCAUUUUAUAUUCGCUGGUUUCUUCGAACAUUAAGUGUUCCUUUUUGUGUCCCAAUUAUUAUUUUAUUCCAGAGGGUAACUCUGAUGUUAAUUAACAUCACUUUGAUUUUCCCAUCAGAGAAUUAGGUUUUUAUGAGCCUCUCCGCAUCCUCCUUUGGUCUCCUACUUCUGUCAUUACAAUUUGGCACAGAGAAUUCAGCUGGAUUAUAAUGCUCUAAAAAUAAAAGUCUUUUUACAGACUGCAUGUCAGGGACAGGCAGGAGUCUGAGGAGGAGCAGGGGAUGUUCAGGCAGGGGAGCAGGGGAAAGAUCCAGGGGAAGGGGCAGCAAUUUGUGGGCUUCUGUGCCACCCGUGAGGCAGGUGCCGAGUUGGUGGCCGAGGGCAGUCAAGGAGAAAAGACCAGGCAGCCUGAGAUGGGUAGGGGCGGAGGAGACGGGAGAAGAGUUGCAGGGAGUCUUGGAGACAGAAGACGCUGCAUCAGUCCCAGAGAUAGCUAUGCCUCUGGAAUCUCUCCUGUCCACCCCUCCACUGUCUCUACACACAAGGGGGGGGGGCGCUUAAAGUGAUAAGAGCAACUGGAGCUGCCACUCAGGAGUUAUAGGGUGCUUGCACGUACUGUGUCAGACAAAGGGGUUUAAGUAAGCUGAAAGGGGCAUGGUCACACUGUUGCCCCAACUGACUGUGUCAGAGCACAGGGACUGGCGGAUGAAGGUGGGGGGGCGGUCGCCUCAGGUGCCAUCUUUGGGGGGUGACAUCACGCCUGCCCCGGGAUGCUCGCCGCUUGCUGUGCACCCCCCGACACGUGCCACACCCCCGUGGGUGGCAUGCCACACCCCCUGGGACAUACGCCAGCCACACCCCCAGAUGUACGCCACUCCUGGUGCCGGAGCAGGUAGCUUCGCCACUGAGCGCAGGACUGUAGAGGUAAAUCACCUAGGCAGCUGGUUAGCAGGGGUGGUGUGUACAACUUUUGCACCUUCGGAGCUGAUGUAGCCAAGUGCUUUGCCAGUCAAGAAAUAAACUUCCAAACACUUGUCCUCAUCGGGCUGGGUGUGCCCAGGACAUUGCACCAAGUUUCUCUUAGGAAGUAUUUAUUUGAAAAUGGAAAUGCUGUAUUCUGCUCUUUGCUCUGACAUUCAAAAGUCUGAAGUCAACAGAAGUCCAAAGGAGUGGAAGUAUAUAUGGGAUUCUCUAGGCUGGUAUAUACAAAAGAAUCAGUGGCCUGUGGAUAAGUAAGGCCUUUGAACCUACAAUACGCUCCAGUUCACUGUAAUCAUUACUGAGUUUGUUUGGAACAACAAAGUAUGAUAAAAAUAGAAGGAAUGAAAGGGGUUACAAAUGGUUACAAAACCUGGGCUGUGGUUCUGUUUUUCAAAGAAAAACAGAAAAGUACCUGGAAUGCAAUAUAAGUGUUGGCUAGCUUGAGAUAGCUCUCAAGUCUCCAUGCUGCAGUGGAAAAGCAACUGCUGCAGUCCCUGCUAGUCUUACCUGGAGGAAAGCUUCUUCCAGAUACAGCAAUCUGUCAAACCCAGCAGGACAACUCAUCUGUCACGUCAUCUCAAGGGAAAUUGAAUUGCUUACCUUGCCACAACUCCCCAAGUAUCUUGAUCCAAGUGGUAAAAGGUCGUUUUUCAGUGACCUAUACAUUUAUUUUGUAAAUGCCAGAAGUGACUGGACUGUUGCUCAAAGCAGUGGGGUAAAAUAUGCAAUGCUACUCCAUUCAGUAUUAAGGCUGGAAUCCUAGUUCCUGGCCAGCCGUGGCAGAACUUGAUGGAAUGAUACUACCAACUCUCAGGUGGGAGCAGUUUUCGUCGUGUGAUGGCAGCAGGGUCUGCACAGGAUCCAUACACAAGGUCUUGCUUUGCACACAGUCGUGCUCUGUUUUGGGGUUAUCUGCUGGCUAUUGAUGGUGGUAGCUUCCACCCAGGGCUGGAUUUAGGUUUGAUGAGGCCCUAAGCUACUGAAGGUAAUGGGGCCCUUUAUAUGUCCAGCUGUGCUUUGUCAACAACAAAUUGUCGCUAUUUUUUUUAUAUAAUAUAUGCUAUAUGGUAAUUUAUGGACCUAAUAGGUAUCUAAAGCCCUUUGCACGUAACAAAAAGCUAGCAUUAUUUACAUCAUAGAAGCCCACACAACACAAAACACUGUUGCUGUAUGUAGGUUUUAUUUUAUUUGUUUUUUAUCUUAUAUUUUGGAAAUGUACAUCCAGUCCCCCCCCCUUUAAUUUUUUGGGGGCCCCCAAGAGAGUGGGGUCCCAAGCUAUAGCUUGUUUAGCUUAUACGUAAAUCCGGCACUGCUUCCACCCACCAUUUGGAUGGGUACAAUGGGGCACUCCUUUCCAGUAGAGCUUCCCUAUCAGUAAUGGGGAUUCCCCAGUGAUGGAAGCUGGAGAAGCAGAACUGGGUAGAUUGAGGGUUUGGAUUGCUCCAUGAGAGGAGUUUUUGUGUGAAACUGCAUUUGUGUCUUACUUAGCACAAUAUCAAAAGUUGGCAUUUUUAAAAGAGGAGUGGUGAAGUGACCUUACUGUUAGCAAAGUAUACAAUCAAUCGGAUGCUUAAAAUACUGUCCAGUAGCUUUCAAGGAUCCUGAGAGUGCUGCAGCUGAAAAUGUGUCCCUUCUAUGACACUUCUGAAUCUAAGGAUGACAGUUCUAAGUGGAAUAUGCAUUUAUAUGGAGGGACGGGAAUCUUCAGAUUUCGUCAGAUCAGUAGUUAGUGUCUUAAUUAGUGGCUAAGAGUGGCUGGGUGGGUAUAAAUGAUAAAAUUAUUAUUAUUAUUGCUACUGUGUUGUUUCAGAAAUGUAGUCUUUUUUAAAAUAAGAGGAAAGAGGAUCACAUAAAUCUUUUGAACUGGCAUGUAUUACUCAUAAGUAAAAGUCUGAAGCAGCCACGGGAAAGAUUUUAUGCAUUAUUAUUAUUAUACCGACCUUCAUCUGAAGAUCUCAGGGCGGUUCAUAGCAUAAUAUACAGAAUAAAAUCACAAAGUACAUAAUAAAAACAAGAACAAGAACCAGCUUAUUCAACCUACCCAGUAUUAAAGGGGAUGUUGGUCACUUGUGGCACAUGAGGUAAGACUGUUGUUCUCUGAGGAUUGGCCAGAAUUUAAAAUGGUCAGGAUAGAGAAUAGAGAUGUAGAAGCUGUGGACUGUGGGCACCAGUUUUUCACAAAGUUUGUUCAUUAUAUAUUUGGGGGGGGGGGGAUGUGAAGAAGAAUAUUUCCCCCUGAGGGGAUUCACAAUAACUAGCCUUCCCUAUUGGUUAAGCAAAGUGAGGCCUCUGGUUUAACUUGUUUGUUGGCAUUUUGUAUUCAUUUGUAACUCAGUAUCUUUUGUCAAGAUUAGUCUGGAUCCAUGCUGCUAUGUUUCAGAUGUUAAAACCGGCUCAUUCAGGGGAUGUUGGUCACUUGUGGCAUGUAAGGUAAGGCUGCUGUAUUCCAGGACUGAGAAGGCUGGGGGAGAAAUCUUAUUUUUGACUUAACAGAAAAUCACAGCCAUUGAGAUAUUCAAAGAGCUUUUAUCUUAAUUGGUUUUAACAGACAAUUUAGUUAUGGCUUAGUAGAGUGGGCUGUUUCAUAACCCAGAUGGCUACAGAGUUAUUAAGUGCUUCCUGUUCAGGCCUUGUGCUGUUCAAAAGAAUGCUUUUAAACAUAUUUAUGAAAGACAGACAUAAUCAUACAUACCUUGGGAAAUGGGAGUACCUGUAAAUUGCUGAUCCACAGGUAGCAAUUUUGCUAGGCCUUUCUAUUUCUGUUGCUGGGAUGUCAGUUAUUCCACUAUGUUUAAAAAACCCCAAAACCUACAAUUAUGUGGGCAACACUUGGUGAUACCCCAGAAGGCAGAAUGCAAUAGAAAGUGGUGUUGAAGCGUCUGAGAUCCUUAAUCUUAACUUCUUUUUCUCUGAAAAGACUUCGUAAUGUUUUCCUGAUAAAGCAGUACCUUCUCACAGUUGGAUUCCUGUCUCCAUAAACCACAAAGCUUAAUGUACAAGCUGUGAAGAACACAGCUGACACAUGGUGACCUGAGCUACCUUCCACAUGGCAAGGCACUCAGUAUAUUGCUGGCCUAAAAUCAAGAAGAGCAGAUUGCUCAUUUCCCCUUAAGACAUCCACCAAUUUUUUUUUUUUUUGGCAAAAUAAACAACACCACUGAAGUCUUAAGUGACCUUAUUCUUACAUUAAGCAAUAUCUGCCCCCCCAACACCUUUUGUCUUUGCAGCCCAGGGUCACUUUGGGUGAAUCCAGAUAUUAAUCAUCUGCCAAGUGGAACUUAGCUGAAGGUUAAAAUAUUCUUUCAUACUAAUAUGAAGACCAUUUAAAGGCAUUUGCACAGGUUUGAUGUGUAAUGGUAGAUUUAUUGUGUGGUUUUCAUGCCAUGGGCAUUCCGGCUUCAUGAGGGCCUUGAAACAAAGGUCAGUGACUGGUUUAACUUACACUUGUACUUUUCCAGCUGUUUUCACAAUUAAUGAACAAUUUGAUCCCAUAGUCAUUUUAAGAACAGAAGUGGGAAAAUGUACACAAAUGAGAGCUGGUGGGUUUUUUCAGAUGUGUGUAUGUUCCAUUGGGUUGCCAACUUGGGUUGCCAACAGAAACUAGUACUGUUUCUGUACUAGUCAUUGGAAAGAAAAUUGUACUGCAAAUCCAUCCUUCCCAUAUUUGAACCAUCUUCAGGCUGGUUCUCUUAGUUAUUUCUUGUUUGAUGUGGAGUUGAACUGCUUUUUUCUACUCACCUGUUGUUAUCUUGUCUUUCACAUAGUAAUCUCUUCAGGAAAGGUAUAGAGUAGUGCCCCAUUGUGAUUGGCCAAUGAAUGCUGCUAUAAUGCAAAUAUGUAACAUUGAAUAUGGCAGCUGCAUGAAAAUAUCAACUUUUUAGAAGGCUGUUUCUGGAAAAUUCCUGCUAGUUUUUGCAGUGUCUGAUUGACAAUUAAGUAUCCAAAAAAAAAAAAAAAAGUUUUGGUACUCCAUUUAAUAACAUUUCCUUGACACAAUGAUUCUUAAAAUGGCUUGCUUUUCGACACAUUGCUAAGAGAAUCAGGGAGAUCCACAGUGGUUUACGUCAGACCUGGAAAUGUACCUACAGUUCCCACCGCAGUUCCAUAGAGAGAUCUUCCCUUGUGAUAUUUCUGAAGUUAGUAAUUAACUACUUUGAAAAGUGAAUUUGCUCAGCUCACAAUACUCAGGUGAAUGUAAUUUCCCUUAGACGUUUAGAAUUCCCUCUAUUUUAAGGCUGCAAUCCUAUACUCAUUUACCUGGGAAUAAGCCCUGUUGAACUGAAUAGGGUUUUCUUCUGAGGAGACAUGCAUAGGAUUGUACUGCCUGCCCCUAAAUAAUAAUAAUAGUAAUAGUAAUAAUAAUAAUAAUAAUUAAUAAUAAUAGUAAUAGGUAGGUAGCCGUGUUCGUCUGCCAUAGUCGAAACAAAAUAAAAAAAAUCCUUCCAGUAGCACCUUAGAGACCAACUAAGUUUGUGAUUGGUAUCUGAAGAAGUAUGCAUGCACAUGAAAGCUCAUACCAAUAACAAACUUAGUUGGUCUCUAAGGUGCUACUGGAAGGAAUUUUUUAAUAAUAAUAAUAAUAGUAAUAAUGUGUAUACCACCCUUCAUCUGCUGGCUUACAACAUAAAAGCACCUCAUUGUCAGUGCUUGCCUGAUAUCCAUAGAUUGUAUGUACAAUUAUUAACAUACAAAAUUGUUUGUACAUAAAUCAGUACAUACAAAUUUUAUGCAAAUCCGUGGCCUGAUUUGCCCCCCCCCUUUUUGAUGACACGCUUUCUUUUUUCUGAAAGAAACUGGGCAGCUUCUUCUAGCCAUAGAUAUCCAUGGGUACUCUAGGGACUCUACUACAACAUUUCAGCAAAGACUAUGAACUUUCUCCAGGUGGUUUCUUUUGCGGCUCUUGCCCAGAUUGUGUACCACCUUCAACGGAGCCCGAGGAGAUUCUCUGAGCAUGUCCUUUUAGGAGUUGUUGUCUGAAGACUCUAUGGCACCUCAAAAUGUUCAAAGAUGGUGCUGCAGGAUGGGAAGGGCAAUGUGGACAAUCUCAGCUUCCAGGCUGCAGGGGUUUCCAUUUCUGCUCUCCCCAGCCUGGAAGGACAGCAUGAUUUUUCCAAGAGGGAUUUGGACUGAUGAAGUGACAGCGAAUGGCUUGAUGUUAACAGUUUCCUCCUCUUUCCCAGCUCGCAUCCUUCCCCUUGUCCUCCAGGAAUUUUUAUGGGCUUGAUUGCAGCUCCUUGGAGUCUUAAAACCAACUUUUUGAGGAUGCCUGAGCUCCGUGCCACUCAGUAGUGGUCUCUUCAUCGUGGAAUUCCUCUGCCAAUUUGAGUUUUCAAAGUCUACUGUUGUCUUGGUUUUUAAGGGGCUUGGAGGGACAUUUUUCUGUUGUAGUGACUUCAUAGGGCCUGGUCAAUUGCUGUUAGGGACACUUCAAAACCUUUUCCUGUUAUUUUACACUGUGUGUUGUUUUGUUUUGACUGAAAUCAGUUAUUUCAGUGGUCUUAGACUAGUCAUUUUAUUGUAUUUUCUUAAAUUGCGCACACUGCUUUGACAAUCCUUUCAAUUUAAAAUGUGGGGUGAAAAUGAAAUAAAGCAAGAAUCUCCAACAAGCACAUCACACGCAGCCCACAAUUUCACAAAUAUUUAAAAUGUGCAUGCACACCCAAACCAAGUAUAUCAGGUAAUGUGCUUCAAAUUUCUCACCUUUCCUGAAGGACCAGACGCAGAUGGCAACAGAUGGGUUAACCUUCUUAAUGCUGUGUGUGCGGGCAGCUCAGUGAGACUGCAGUGGGCAAUGAAGCAGCAGAAUUCAAUUUGCAGUAGUGACCUAAGAAGGGCUAUUUUUAGUAAUAAAAUAGGUCAGGGGAUGCACGGUAGUACAGACUGAUAAAUGAGCAGUCUUCCCCCUCCUCUCAAGGGGCUUGUUUCCUCUUUUAACAAGGCAGCUCCGAAGUGGAGAAACCAGAUUAAGUAUCAUCACGUGAUCAAUGUUUGAAUUUUUCAUUGUGAAAUCAUAUUUGGGAAAGCACUGUGGUUUCAUUUUCAAACUUGGAACAACACAGAAGCUAGGUAAAUGCUUGUUUGGGGUUUUCAUGAAAAGUAAAAACACUAUAAUCCUGGUUGAUGUUGCAACAUUUUUUUUUAAGCUAUGUGAAGCACCAUUUAAAAAUGUGUGCAAUGCACAUAGCAGGCAGGUCUUGAUUCUCAUUGCACUGUUUGGUUUGCUAUGUUUCCUUCAUCAUCUUUGGACCAUGAAGGCUAGUUUCUUUUUUACAGCAUGUGAGAAAUUUCAUUACUGUAUAUAGAAGCCUGCUUUUUAAAUCUAAUGCAACUCAUAUAUCUUACACAUUGGUUAAAGACUCGUUUUGAGCAGUGUGAGAGGCAGAUGGUAUAAAAGGCUUGGGUCAUCAUCAUAUUGUAAAGAUGAGCUUCUAAGAGACUGCUUUGAAACUGACAAGAUUGAGCAGGCUGUCUGAAAAUCUGUGUUGUCACUGUUUUGCCCUAUAACAGGGCUCCCAUCUCUCGCCUUCCUGGCCUAUAAAUGUACUUUUCAAGCAGUUAAUCAAGGCAGAUAGACACAAGGAACAGUAUUUUGGAACACAGAUGAAUCACUUAACAGUGAGGACUAUGAUAUUAAGUUUUGGUUGCUGGCACUUGGAAUUAGCUUUCAAAUGACUUGAUGUGUUUGAUUUGCAUUUACUUUUUCUGCACAGUGUUACAAUUGCACUAGAUGCAAGUAAAUUGGCUGGACAUAGGGGCAACUGCAUACAGAAUUGAAACCAAUGAUAGCCAGCUAAUUUUUGACAAUCAUCUAACACAUUUUAAAAUGUCAUUUGCCCCUGGAACCCUAUUUUAGGGAAGAGGAAUCUGGAGGAACAGAAUUGUCUUAACACGGCUUGAAUCAUGAGUCAGCUUAUAUCUGCCAAAUAAUUUAACACUCAGAACUUUGCUACAAGUCACUAUCAAGCUAGUUUUCAAAGUACAGGAGACUUAAUACAUCUGACACAAUCCUACCAUCCAGGUCAAUGGACUGGUCUGUUUAAAAACAUGCCAGCUACUCUAUCCUAGGGAGUUCAGGCAUGUGAUUUGGCUAGUAUCAAUUGCACCCUUGAACUCAUCACCUUUAUAGAUAUGAUGUGUGCUGUGGUAGGCAGGUGAGUUGUGCACAAAUGUACUUUUUAUCAUUUCAACACUGUAUUUUAAUUACUCUCCCCUUUUGUGUCUCAACACUUGUAUAAAUGUUGUUUUCUUGCAGCACUAAAAAGAUCUCCACCUUGAAGAGCUCUUUGCCUGGUUUGAUAAAAGCAAACUGCAAGCUUGGUUUACUAUAAAUAUAGUCAUCUCAAACACUUUCCACCCUACAAACCUGUCCCUUCUAACUCAUCAUAUGCACUGUGAAUUCAUGACCAAUCAUGAUCAGCUCAGUGCACCCAUACAAGAGCAGCCUACUCUCCUGCUAACAUGUGCUAACACACACAUUCAUUAUCCAUGUAAUGAAAAGCUCCAGCAGGAAUGCUCUCCUCUUACCCACCCCCUGACGUCUGAUGCCUUAGGGUUGUAGUGCAAAACUAAAACCAUAAGCAUUUCUGUGGUCCAUCUUUGCCUGCCUAUGCAAGGGAGUGGAGUUUUCAUUCACAAAUUGGUAUUUACAGCUAUAACUAAAGAGUCGUCUUUCUCUGGGCUUUACCCCCUCCCCCAUAGACACAAUAAACUGCUGUGUACUCUGCAUAUACAGUGGUACCUCAGGUUAAGUACUUAAUUCAUUUCGGAGGUCCGUACUUAACCUGAAACUGUUUUUAACCUGAAGCACCACUUUAGCUAAUGGGGCCUCCUGCCGCUGCUGCGCCGUUGGAGGACGAUUUCUGUUCUCAUCCUGAAGCAAAGUUCUUAACCUGAAGCACUAUUUCUGGGUUAGCGGAGUCUGUAACCUGAAGCAUAUGUAACCUGAAGCGUAUGUAACCUGAGGUACCACUGUAUGUGCAUAACCCCGCCGCCGAAAACCCUUUACAAACCAUUUCCCCUAAAAUUGAAAAUAAAAAUCGCAGGGCAUUUUUGCAGGCUCAGGUGUGAUUUGCCCCCAAAGUGGUACUGUCCCUGUUGAAGGUAUUUGCCUCUGCUCAUUUUUCCCUGUGGAAGUAUCUUCGUAUAUAAUAAAAUGUAGUUGUGUUAUAUUUUAUAGUGUGGGAUUCAUAGUGAAAAGGUUCCACUGUUGGGAAGAUUGAAAAUGGACACAAUGCCCUUUUCUCCUUGGCAGCUUGACUGCUUUAGUCCUUUGGUAACAGGAGAGCAGGAAUUAGGCACUAAGGCAAUGGUAUUCUUGGACUCCCAGCUCUAAUGUGUCCCUCAUUGGUGGCUCUACUGUCUUUCCUAUAAUAGCAGUGGGGUCUGCAUGGUCAGGAGCUACUUAACAUUGGCAUUCAGGAAGUUUCUUAGGGCCUGGUUACACCAGACCCAAUUAAUGUGCUUAAUUCCCUAAUGAAUUAUAGGAGUUUAGCAUCCAGAGCUAAACUGCUCUGGGUGUUUCUCUCUUCUUGCUUGCCUCACAGAAAAAAAUGGUGCACUCAGCAGAUAGAAAUCUAAAAUGCAUAAUAAGAUCCCCCCCCCCUCAGACAGGGAAGAAAAUUUAUCCUUUUUGGCGUUAAAGACCCGUGAUUUAUGAAUUACAAAUGUGUCUCUGGAGGCCUGCUUGUAUAUUAAGAGAGUCCUAAUGAGAGCCUUGUAACUAUAUCCUUGUUGUGUAGCCUUUUGUUUUUUUGCGUUUUGUGAAAGCCUUGUAGUGUCUCCUUUUAUUUUUUUAUGGGCAUGCUGAUGUUUCCAUUUUUGUACUCAUUCAACCACCGUUACCAGAAUGGCCAUUUCUACCAACCCAUAACUCUGUAUUCAGGGUGGUGCCGUGUGGGAUUAGAGGGGAUGAGAGCAUUCCUGUCACAAGCAAUGGCAUUAUAUUAUGCACUGGCUCUCGUGACAGGGCUUGUAAAAUUCACAUUGCCUAUGGUUCAUCCUGUGGGCUUUGAUGCAUCUCAGGAUACAACAUCACCAAUGAAUUAGUGUCUCUUUUGAUGAAUCUCACUGCUAGGUGCAUUGCUGUAAGGUGUUUGCCAGAGAAUGAGGACAUUUCCUAAAUACAACUGAUGGACAAUGUAAGCAGCAAGGACCAAUCUGGACAGAAUCACUCUAUUUCCUAAAUGUUUAUCUCCUAUAUUUAUCUUCCAUAUUCAAACUCAGACUAUGAAUGUGAUUUAGAUUUGGUUGGUGUCGCUUGUUUGUAUCAGUGCAAUUGAAUAUUGAAUUAUUGGAAUGAAGUUUGAUAUGUAUGUUCAGGUCAAGACCCCGUUCUCUGUGUUGAGAUAAUAUAUCCUCUUGACCUCUGAACCAAUUUUCAUUGGGGAGAGGGACAAGAAUGCAGAAUACUUAGCACAGUCUUAAAGCCAUACAUCAUGUUGCAAUCAGACCAAAAGGUCUAUAUCUAAAUCUUGAAUUUCAGCUCAGUUGCCACCAGUGUUUAUGAAGGGGACAGUUAGAUAUCAGAAAGGGCAUGUGCCAAUCAUUGGCAUAUAUUUUUGAUUUGGAAGGAUACAAUUUCUGAAGAAUAUGUGGAGUAAGAAGGUCAUAUAUACAUAUGCAUUAGAGUUACCCUAAAAUAAUAUCUUACUGAGCUUUGAUUUUUAAAGAAAUUGCAGUACUCUUCUCCCCGCAGCUGGCAAUCCUUAACAUCUGGGAGUAGGAAAAUGAGAACUUACUGUGUUCACUAGUAUCAUUUUUAUUCUUGACAGCUAGGCAAUGGAUAGCUAAAAGCUGGAAAUUAGCAGAAACUUUGACGUUUGAAGCAUGGCUUCAUAGAAUCUGGAUUGUUGCCAUGGCAGAAAAACUGAUAUGAAACUGGCCAAAGGGAAAGCAAAGCCAAUGGAUUUCUUCAUGGUCUGACACCCUUUAAUGGACUGUAGGCAAAAACUGGACAUUUCACAUGUGUUCUCUCAGCUCUGGAAUGAAAACUGAAUCUCCCAAAAUGAUAAUUAAAGACAAUUAUUGCUUAACUGGAAGAAGUAAUGCACGCAAUACACUUGGUUGAAUUAGGUGACUGGGAUUUGGAUGGGGUGUUGCAUAUUGCUAAUCUGAUUUAUUUGAUUGAUUUCCAGCUCCGUGUUUUCAUAUGGUUCAUUUAUGUGUUAUUUUCUUGUAUGUGCAUUGUUAUCUGAUAAUUGAUAUUGGAAGCUAUGUUAUAUUAUAAUUUUAAUUUGCUGGGGGGGGAAUGAUAUCAGAAUGCAUUUCGGUGAGCACAUUUAGAACACAGUUGUAUUUCAGCUUUGUCUCCCAUAUUAAUUUUUCAGUGGGGGCAGAAGCCCAUAAAACUCACCGAAUACUUGAAUACUGAGGAAAUACAGUGUGAUUGUGACAUAAUUCUGCAUUUAGAGUUGGAAUACCUGUGUGACCUCUGCACCCAUUUUCAAGGGGAAGAGGAACAAGGUGAAAUAGCUUGUAAAGCAAUCUCUGAAGUAGGCUUUACUCAUUAUAUUUAGAUGUGCCUGAGGUCAGGUUCUUGACUGCAGCUGAUAUGCAUAUCCCUUUUCUUUAAAUCCAUAUCUAUAUCUAUCCACCUGUAUUUUAAAAAAAAUUAAAUGAGAACAUCAGAGCAUAAGGAUGGAUAAAAAAGAUGAUCCAAAUAUUCAAGUCUACUGUGUUGCUAUGAUUGAUUAUGGAGUGCUAUUACUAUUAAGAUCUCUGAAAAUGAGUUCCAAAGUUAAUGAGGGGAAACCAUUUGUGGAUUAUUUUUUUUUGCUACAGAGGACAGUUGCAUAAAGGACAGAAUGAAACAAUGUCUCUUGCUUACCCCUAUGCCUGGAACUUCUUGAAAUAUUUGCAUGGUUCCACCUCUUCUUCCUUCCCUUCAUAUUACUUCUCAUAUCCCACUUUUUCCUUGAUGCCUUUGACUUAAGACCCUAAUUCUUACCCCCAACUGAAAUUAAACCUAAAUAUGUAUCUAUACUUACUUAUAAUUAUCUCCUGUUACUCUUGCUUCUCUCUCUUUCUUAUUUUCUUUGUAACCCGUCCCCUUGGCUAACAUUUGGACUGUUAGCACGGUCAGGGGUACCUUUACAGUUACCUUUAUGUGCUAUAGAUCUAGAUAUAACAGAGUUAUAUAAACUGUAAAACACUCUGAACACCAAUGACAUUGUGCAUCAUCAUCAUCAUAUUGUGGCUUUGAAAGUCAAGAGGGUCAAAUCUCUCAAAAAUGCUUGGAGUUGUCUAAAACUAAAAUAUUAGAAGCUCAGCUAGAAGAUAUGUCACAGAUCAAGGAAUGUACCUCCAGGGCCAAGACAAUGACAGUGUGGUUAACAAGCAAAGUAAAGCUAUUAGAGGCAAGAAGGCUUCCUAAAAAAAAUGAAAGUCUUGUCCAAAAGACAAAAAGGAAUACAAACUUCGGCAAAAAAAGAAGAAGCAAGGAGACAAUAAGGGAUGCUAAAAAAGAAUUUGAGGAGCACGUUGCUAAAAACCUGAAGACCAACAACAACCAGAUCUUUAAAUACAUUAGUAGCAGAAGACCAGCUAGGGAGUGCUAAGGGAGAAUGAGGAGAUUGCAGAGUAGCUGAAUGAAUUCUUUGCACCUGUCUUCACAACAAAAGACAUGAGGCAGAUCCCAGGGCCUGAACUAACUUCCACAAACAAGCGAGGAGCUUAGAUAAAUAGUGGUGACACACAAUUAAGUUCUAAACCUUAUUGACAACAUAAAAAUCAACAAACACAGUAGUUGGGUAUGAAAGGGCACCUGACAGGGCUCAAAUAUGAGAUUGCUGGUCUUCUAACUUGUCCCUAAGAUCACCCUCCAUACAUGAGGACUGGUAAGUGGUUGAUGUAAUACCAGUUUUUUCUAAAGGUGGGGUUUCCUGGAAAUUACAGGUAGGCUAGCUUAACAUCUAUUCCAGGAAAAUGGGUGGAAAGCAUUGUUAAAGAUAGAAUUGCCAAGCAGAUAGUUUCUGCCUUCUAGCUCUCCAUUGAAUGAUUCAACCCUAAACUGGUGAUUACUUGAGAAUUUUGGGUUUGCUCCUAUAUUUGCCGUCCAGACCUGUGACUGGCUUCAGUUAUCCAGGUACUAUAUGUGUAUUUUUUCAUGAAGUAUCCUAAUAUUUUUUUCACAGUCAGGAAAUAUUGGCAUCUGCAAGUUGUAAGUUCUGUCUAUGAUUUUAGAAACUGCACAGUAAACCUUAGAAAUGUCUCCCUUGAAUGGCAUAUGGAACAAUGGGGAACACCAAAAUAUAAACGUAAUUUGGGACCUUUCUAAAUAAGGGUUUUAUACAGGGCUCUACUGUAUAAUGUGGGCAUGAUAUGUUGAAAAGUGUGAUACACAUAAAAUCUUUUUCUUAUUUCGAUACUCUUGUCUGAAGAAAAGUAUGGUGUAAUUUCUAGAUUUUAGAGUUGGCAUAAAGGUUCAGCCCAGGCUAUUGAACCUGCUGUGCAGAGAAACAGCAUUUUGAUUAAUAGGCCGAUUCAAGAAUCCCAGUUGCACUAGGUAUAUUAGAGACAGGCUUAUAGAUCCCUGCAGGAGAUCUCCUCCCUAGGUUUCUUUGGAGAGUGAAAAUCGGGAGGGAAGGUAUUAAUAUGACCUCUCAUUAUUUAGUUGGCACUGGAUGUUGGCAUUUCUCUUCUUGAGAAAGCCUGGAGAAUUGGCUCAGGUUAGAUUUCCAUACUGCAUCAAAAUUAAUUCUAAAGAGAAAAGAACAACAUUAUUAGCAAGCCUGUUCAUGCUGAUACCGGGAUGUCCUGUCAAGCUUUUGUCAUGGGAGUCAACAUUUCCUGUGAUGGUUUAAAACCCAAACAUUUCUUGAAAGUACUGUCUUCCAGGACGCUCAAAGCUUGCAUGGGUUCUUGGAGUCACGAGGCUACUAGAAUCGCAUUCAACAAACCAGAAAUAAGCAAAGGUUUGGGGGUGGGGCGAGAGUCCCUCUGAAUAAAAGAGCGACCAAACUGCAUCAGGCCAAAGGUUCAUCUUGUCUAGUAGCCUUCUUCCUACAAUGGCAGCCAGGUGCAUCAGGAAGCCCAUAAGCAGAGUUUGAGGCUAAUAACCCUUUUCUCCUCUUGGCCUCUCCUCAGUCGGCUGACUCUGAACCUGCUGAAGGAAAGGUGUCCAUUCAGUGGAUAUUUAGCCAAGCUUGCUGUACGGAUUAGAAGGUUGCUCUUUUAUUUGAUGGAAGAGGGCUAUAAAAUCAAAUAAUGUCGAGACCAAUACAUUAUUAAUGAAAUUAAAAUUGUUCUGUAGCAUUUUAGAAAUCCUGUUAAUUAUCGCAGUGAUUCUGCUGUAAGGGCAGAAUGUGAGAGUAGGCUUUAUUUUAUUUUUAACCAAGCGCUUAGGAAAAAUACUGCAUGCUUUUCCUUAUGAUUUUACCUGUAAAACAGAAAUAGUAAAUAAAUAAAUAAAAUCAUUUAAAAUAUGAAAAUAGAUUGCUCUGCUUUCUGCAGCUUCCCACUGCCUAGUGGCCUCAAAUUAAUUCCUUAAGAAUCAGUCCCCUGUGCACACUAACCUAGGAAUAAGCUCAAUUGAACCUUAGUGGGAUUUGUGCAUCUAGAACAUGCAAUAAUCAGGACAGAUUAAGAUGGAUUGAAGCCUUGGAGUUGUAUUAAUUUGGGUGAGAGGGAGCAGAAAAACCUGAAACCUGAAUUAUAGAUUGAAGCAGGCAGAUAGCAUAGAGCAACUCAGAAUCAAGAACAGUUGGGGUUUUUUAAAGCAGAGCUACAGAUAUAAGGUGAAUCUUGGGGCCCACACAAACACCUACUGUUUAAUAUUAAAGCUUCUUGUGCUUCCAGAUCUAUGGUUGCAAGGUCCAGUAUUUAACCAAAGGGGUUUUCUUUCCUAUGAUUCCUUUAGGUGAAGUAAAAAACAAAACAAUAAAAAGUGAAUGAAGCAAACUUUGGGAAAGGUGAGGCAAAAGGCCCAUUCUAUUAGCCACCUACAAUUCAUGGAUAUAGGUGAUAUCUCUGUUCAUCAAAGAGUUCUAAAUUAGGUUCAAUUUAUAUGUGAUCACACAUUGGAUAUUGAGAAAUAUUCUGUAACGCUGAACAAAACGUACACAUCACAAUAAACACUCAGCUUUCUCAAAUUUCCACAAAGCUUGGAGACUUCGGCUACUCCAAUCCUCUGAUAGCCCUUCACUAGACUCGGAAGGUCCAAAUAACCAUAUAGAGGGGGGUCGAUCCAUCCCCCCAUUUCCAAAUCUGACCACAUUUCAUCUUUCCGAAUCUGGUUUGUCCCAAGUUCAUUUGUCAAGUUCAAAGGCUGAUCUUGCCCGUCCAAAGGUCCCUCCAUCUCUGAAGCCUCCGUCACUACAGCAGGUUCAUAUGCUUGUAUAGCCUUUAACUGAAUUUCAUUUGUUUGCUGCUGUGCUCUGGUAACUUCCAUCAUCAAGGUCGUCUCCUGACGCAUCUGGUCCAGCUGGGCACUUAGUUUUGAAAAACCUUCCAGGAACAAUUGUUCAAGCCUUUGUACUAGCAUUGUCCUUCAAGGUCAAAGAAAAUUCCUUCCCACGACAAUAGUCCAAUAGUCCUUCUCUUUUAAACUCUCUGCGUUGCAAUUUCACUAAAUUCCACUAGAUGGAAAUUUUUUUUUUUUUUUAAAAGGAAUAAAAGCAACAGCAACAAUCUUUCUUUUUCCAGAAACACUUUAUCCAAAAUUCCCCCUUCCAAAUUCAAGAGGCAACAGUAGAAUCAAAAUGUUACCCUUCUUUUAACUAACUGUCGAGCUGGAUAAACUUCAAAACGUCAAUUCUGACAGCCCGCUCCUGGUUCAGGGCGGUGGAAAAUUGCUUUAUUUUAAACUCACUUCCGCAGGAUUGAAAAGUCCAAAUACAACCCCCUUCUUCUCCUGCAGUCAAAGGGGGGGUUCAGAAAUCUUAGAUGUUGAAUUCUAGUUCUCUCAGAAUUUAAUUUUCAAGCUUUAGUAUAUUUUGUCUUUGCUUUCUUCACGUAACAAAAGAACGGAAGGCUGACUUCCUGUUUAGACCUUCACGUUCCGAGUCCCAAUUAAGUUCAAUUUCAAGUCCAAUAUUAUUUGUUUAUUCACCAGUCUUAAAAGUAGUUCAACUCUUCCAAGAUCAGGUACUCACGGAUAGAUGAACACUCAGCUUUCUAAGUUCCCAUGGAUGUCACUGAUUUGUGCUUUCAUGCAUUCCUCCCACCUCCAUGACUUCUACAAGAUUUAGGUUAAACAGCCUCAACAACUUUUUAGGAGCAGCCCAGCAAUGGAAAGAGCUGACGGGGGAAGCCAUGGAAAUCUUUCGAAAGUCAAGGGGCGGGGGAAAUUGAACAAGCACCUAUCACAGAUGAUUUAGUUCUUAGCUAGUCUGUUUUAGAAAAAGAGGUGAAGUAGAUGAGCUGUUGAAUCCUUCUAUGUUUGUGGUAGGCUGUGAAAUGCCACCUGAAAUUAUUCUGUUAUAUGGCAGUGCUGAAUGAGCUGGAUCGUGAUCUUCAGUGGCCAAAACCAGCACCGAGUCAUGGCAUUCAAAUAAUGCUCAGGAUUGUGUUGCCGGGUGAUUAAAACUAUCUACGAAUGUACUCUUUUAAAUAGAGGGAUGGAGGAAAGGGUAGAACUGCAGUUAAAGAAAUGGAGUAACUUUCACAGGCAUUUCACAUAUUCUGUCUCUGCAAGGACUCCUUCUAAAAACAGUGAAUGCUUUUUGCAUCUAUUAAUUUAGCCUUUUAAAGAAUUUUUUUCUGGGUGAAAAAUCCAUCAUAAACUUAGAAAUAGACAGGGCAUAUGAAUGCAUGUCCUAAUUUUCUCCAAAUCAAAGGCCAAGAGCAGUAAUUAUCUCAUUCUGAGAUUUUACACCCAGAUAUACUUUUAAAUUAGGGAGGAAAAUGGAUACAGUUAAAUGCAAAGGGCAUUAGCUAAUGUCCUCCUCCGAUCUGAAUGCAGGAAUUCAGUUGAGCGGCUUGGAGUAUGGUGCUCCUGUAAAAAUUAUACCCUUAAUUAUUUGAUAGGCUUGUGAUUACGGCCAUUACCUGGAGAGCCACGAAAGCCCUCACAGUGAAACUAUGACAGAAACACUGGACUGAAUCCAAUGUUGCCUCGGAAAAGGUGCUUACAAGGGUUGGGGCCUCUGGAGCAGCAGUGUGUGCUUCUGGGUGGGGGUAGGCCUGCAGGAGGAACAAGGAACUAGGGAAGACCACCUACCAUUUCUUCCAGUAGGGAGGGAGCCCCGAACAGAUCUCUGUGUGUUCCAUGAAUAGAAGCGCGUCUGAUCAUUGAAUGGCCCACCUGGAUCCAACCCAUUAUGAGUUAAAUUUCCGAGUGGAAAUUCCCAUUUGUAUGCAGUGAACUUCAUAGCCAAGAAAGGAUGUGAAAUUAAAUCUUUCAGAUUCAGCACCUCUUCCACUCCUCCAAACAGGAUGGCAUAAAUAUGGAACAGCUAAUAAUUUUGCUUGAAGCAAACAAACAUCUGCUUGGCAAUGGGUGGCAACUUUUCAGAAGUAAGUGCCCAGUCAGGGUCAUGUUAGUACAAUAUGUUAAGGUGCCAGAGCAUCUCAGGCUCUUAGCUAUAAUUUUAGAGCAUGUUUCCUGUUGGCUGACAACCUCUUUCAAGUGCUGAUCACAGCAUAGCUCGAAUACCACUGUGUGGCUGGCAGCUACUCUUUGCUUAUUUCUAAACUGCAGAAGUUUCCAUCAUCUGCUCCCUGGUUUAAUCCCAUUCCUGUUUCAAAUCCUCUGUGUAUAAAAUUUCCUCUUUUGAUUUAUGGAUACAGAAUUGCAGCUGUUUCACCCCCCCUUUCCUUUUUGAGGACUUUUCUUCAUAAGUGUUUAGUAUCCCAAACAAGAAAACAUACAACUAAUUUUACAGUCAAGAGAUGUGUCUUUUAUCUUCCACAUUUUCUGAAGUCCUAACUCAAAACUGAAGCAUAUAAAUUACAGUAUAGCUGUUUGCCUUAGAACUUGCUUAUCUUCCUACACAAAUAAGCACAAACGUAUUAAAAUAGGGUGCCCAUAAUGGCACCCUAUUUUCUUCAUUGUCCCUGGAAGCUGAAGGCAGUGUUAAGUCAUCAUAUUCCAUAAGUUCCAAUAAACAUUUGGGCCUUCAAUCUGCACAGUGCAACAGCUCUGCUUGCCCAUUUAUUAAAACACACAAACAAAGAAACACUACCUGCCAGUCACCUCAGAACCUCCCCACGUCUGAGCCAUUCAGUUUACCAUAGAGGAAAUGAGGGCACCAUCCUGGGCUGCACUGGUAAUAACCAGACUGUCCAGUAUGAAAGAAGACAGCUAGAAUUCUAGGUUUUGGCAGCAGCCCUGUGAUCUUUGGAUGAAGGGCAGUGUAGAAAUUUUACACACACUCAUACAUACAGCCGUGGCUUCCUUUAACUGGGAAAUGUGCAUAUUUACAAGGCCAGUCUUCACCAGGUUUCAUCUAAUGUCUCGCUUGACAGAUUGCUUGCUGUCAUUUUCACUUUUCAUGUUUCGUUUUACUUCCAUUGCAUGCAGUAUUUUCCUUUGGGAAUGAGUUUGACUCACCUUGGCAAGUCUAAAUAUAGAGUUGUCUGCAUUACAGGAACAUAGUACACAUACAUUUGUACAACACAGUUUUGUUUGCCAGAUAUUCCUCGCAGUAUGUAUGUCUUCUGCAAAAGAAGCCUUUUCUUCUCCUGGCUCUUUUAUUGUGAACAGAAUUCGGAAUAAUAUUUUCAAAUGCCAGGCCUUUUGUUAACCCAUUAAGGAUCUGAUUAAUUAUGAUAGCAUUUCCUGGAUGAUGUGAUUUAUGUCCCUCUCAUUUUUAAUGGAAAAUGUAGAUUACGCCUAACCAUUUUGGAGAUAGUCAACAUUAAUUACACUCAGAGUAGACUUAAGUAAUGUUGGAUAUCACUCAGUGUAAUUUCACCAAAUUAAGUUAUUUCUGUUUAGUGAUUAUUGCUUUCAGACAUUUUCCAUAUUGCUUUCCAUUUCAUUUUAAAAUGACCCCUCAUCUUGUACUUUACAUGAUUUACAGCCCAUCCUAAGCACAUAUUUCAAUAUUUUCUAAAUAUAUGUUGUUAGGACUGCAGUUGUUUCUUGCGUCAGCUGUGUUCUAUGUUUGCAACAAGGAACUGAUUUUUGAUGCGUUUGCAUCUUUCCAGAGGCUUUAAUUUAUAAUUAUGUUUUAUCAUGUAGUAAAGUGAAUAAAUCACUAAGUUGUGGCCAAAUGUUCAGUUAGUCACAGUGUUCUGAUCCAGGUUAUAACAGCUGGAAUUAAAACAAAUUUAGUUUUUGCUACCAAUGGCAGCCAUUUUCUGCUAGUACCCAGGGCACAAUAUAGAAGUACCAACACCUCAUAUUUUUUUCUUAUAUGCACACCCACACAUAUAUCUAGAGAGAACACAGACAAACAGUAACCCAUGAGUGACUUUUACCAUUCAUGUAAGCAAGAAAGCUUCUUCCAUGUAGGUGACCUAGUUCCUACCCCAAAACACACAAGAAGAGGCUAUUACUUGUAAGUAAGAAAUACGUCUUCACCCAGGCAAAUAAUGGUACAAGUGCAGGAGUCAGAUUUCAAGAGUUCAAGAGGAGGACAAGAGGCUCAAAGCUUGAAGGAAGCCAUGAAGAUGUCCCAACAAGUUUCCACAUCCUGUCAAGCCUUUAAAUAUGAGGCAUGACUUGCAAGAAUGUUUGGAUUGCAAAAGUGCACUCCAUUGGGAUGGGUAGGUCUUCUCCCAUCUAUAAAGGCGGUACCUGGUUCUAGGUGACAAGACUGUGCCCUCUUUUUUGGGUUCCUGUUCAGUUGCUGCCACCUUCUGUUCUGCCUCUCAACUCAGCUGCUCCUUUGAGCCUCCACUGGGGCUCUCUGCUCUGCAAGAAGAUGGGAGGUGGCAUCUCUUCUCCUUUCCAAAGUGGCUGAAGUCAGGACGGAAAGAGGCAGUCUCACAAUUCGUGCCCUCCUUCUGUUUCUUCAUCCUCCUCUUGCACCCUUGCCUGACAAGCCAAACCUGGUCCUGAUAGUGCUAUGGGGCUCAUGUCAUCAGGGAUUUGAAUGAGUGUGUCCGCCCUGAAACUUUAGGAACGUCUGGAUUUUAUAUUUUGUUUAAAGCAUUAAUGAAAUAGUAGAGAAGGCAAUAAUAUUUCCUUGAAAUUGUAGGAAAAUUGAUGUCUCACUAGUGAACUCAUAUUUAUUUGGCUAUAAAACCCAUUAGCUUAUUUGUUGGCCUAGAGGCAGUGCUGUGGUCAAUAGGGUUACCAUCCUCGUAACUGGUGUAGCUCAGACAAAGAUGACUUCAGUUUUAUAUGUGUGUAUCAGAGUUGUUACCUUCCCUUAGUCGCCUAUAAAUAAAAAAGAGACGGUCAAGAAUCAGAUUUCUAGGGUAGACCUCCUCAAAGAAGUCUUGUUCUGGCAUUUAACUGAUUUAGCAACUUUUAUAGAGUUGUCAACCACUGUAUUCCAACAAAGCAUGAUGGCUUUAUAAAUAAAUUCAGAACUAUAGUGAUUCCAAGGAGGUGCUGAGCUCCAUGACAUUUCAAAAGCUGUGUGGUGAUUAAAUUGGUGUAAUGAUCUUUAGAGGCAUCAGAAACCUUGAAUUGUGACACACUUUGGGAAUCCUUGUGACCUUGGCAUCCAUCUGAACUGUAAGAGAAAGUCUUUCUAACACCUGAGAUGAGCCGGGCUUCUCACAAGCAACAGCAAAAACGAGUACUCAAAUAGAUCAUUAAUUUGAAUUCUUGGUUUAGGGUGAUUAACUGUCAGAGUAUAUUGCUCGAGUAGUACAUAUUUGCAAGGCUUAAUAGAUAUCCCGCUUUUGAGUUAAUAGAUGAUGAGAAUUAAAGCUUCUGUUAACUCUUUGUGAAAGCAUUUACAAAGCCUAGCCACCUCAGGAAUUCAUCCUCAACCCCAGUGCCUGGCAUCUCUGGUCAAGACCAGUUCAAGGGUCAAAGGAAAGGAAUAUGUGAACCAGUCUUCAAAGAGGGUGUCUCAGGCAAGGUACUUGUUUUCUUCAGUCACGGAAAGGCAACAUGAAAGACUCAAUACUCUGAAGGGAAAAUUGGAAGCUAUAUGGGUUACAGCCCAUAUGCAUCAUGGGUGAUAUCUUACAGUACUCAGAACAGAUCCACUGAAAUAAAUGGACUUUGAUUUCAGUGGGUCUGAGUAUGACUAGUGCUGCAUACUGCAGGAGUUAACUGAGGAUGCUAGAAUACUCUUGUAUGUGUUCAGUAGUGUGUGUGUGUGUUCAGAAUAAAGAUUUUGGUUCUUGAAAAUGUUUCUGAAAAAGGAGGGUACUAAGGGGUUUUCUUCAGCUCCUACACUCUCUGAAGAAAAAUGCUGUUAUAAAUAAACACAAGCGCUGAAGCUUAUUAAACCCUUUUAAAAAUAAUAAUAAUAAUACAUUUCUUGUUAUCCAGUUAGAGAACAUCAUGUUGCCAUGGAGAGGAUGCACCUUCAGAUUUAUUCUGUGGAUAUGUAAAGAAAUGCCUCUUAAUUGCUUCAUCGUUACUCUACCUCAUGGUCAUCUGUUGUCUCCUAUGCCUGCCUGCCAACUCUUAUUGCAUGUUUAUUUUCAUUAUUUUGGGAAAUCACCUCCCCUUGCUUAUGUACUGUUAUCUUACUUCGCCUCACCUUAGUCCCUUUCUCCAGUGCCAUUUCUGCCCCCUCACCCCGGUUAAGCUAACUUGAAAUUAUCUUGCUAAUGGAACAUUGUUCUUUAAUCUCUAAUCUGCAUGAGAUAGAGGGCUGUGUAAGAUGUAUUAACACAUUAAGCUGCUGUUGCAUUUCCUUUUUUUUAAAAAAAGAAGAAGGGUAGAUCUAAAAAUAUAGAAUAUUAAUGGUGAUUUUUAUUGGAAGAUAAUAUGAAGCAAUUAAAGUGCUGCCCUUCUGAGAGUUCUUGCUUUGAUUGAAGAGAGAAGAGUUUUAGCUAUCGGAAUGCCCGCAUUUCAGGUUAGGCCUUUUCAUUGCAGAAAAUAUAGAAUGCUCACAAUGCAGUUCAAGAGUUUGAAACAUCUGUGACCUCUUACCCCACUUGUCCAACAAAUGGCUUUGUGGUUAAGGGGAGUAAGAAGGGAGUAGUAAGUAGCUGCUUGUGCUGUCACCAGGAUUUCCCUUAUACAGAGGUAUGCUGUCUUCAGUCUUAUUUAUUUAUUGACUUUAUAUCCCACCCUUCUUCCCAAAGGAGACCAGGGUGACAAACAACAAAUGACAAAACACUAAUACUUCCAGUACACAUGCAGACUGGGAAAGAUCUCAGCUUAAAAGACUUGCUGGAAGAGAAGGGUCUUCAGUUGGUAGCAGAAAGACAACAGAGAGGGCAUCUGUCUAAUAUUUUAAGGGGAGGGAAUUGCGAAGAGUAGCUGCCACAAAACUAAAGGCCUGAUUCCAAUGUUGUGUGAAACCGACCUCCUGAUAAUAUGGUACCUGUAGGAGACCCUCAGCACAGUGAUCAACUUGUUAAAGAGUAAAACUAUAUUUUAGAUAUCCUGAUCCCAAGUUGUAUAGGGCUUUAUACAAAACACCACCUUGAACUUAAACCCAGCAGCUAAUUGACUGCUUGUGUAAUGUUUUUCAACAGCAAUGUAAAAUGUUAGUAAUAUCCUGCCCCAGCGAGCAGCUGAACUUUGCACCAGCUACAGCUUCUGGACCAACUCAAGGACAGCCCCACAUAGAUGGCAUUUCAGUAACCCUGGUUGCAGGGUACCAGUGCAUGGACCAUAGUGGUUGGGCUAUCCUGGUCCAGAAACACCAGUAGCCUUACUAGCCAAAGCUGGUGAAAGACAUUCCAAAACACUUAGGUCAUCUGGGCCUCUAGUGACAGAAAUGGAUCCAGGAGCAACCCCAGGCUAUGAACUUGCCCUUUCCAGGGAAGUACAACACCAUCCAAAGCAGGUAAUUUACUAAUUAUCUGGACUCAGGAACUGCCCACUCACAGUGCUUUUGUCUUGCUAGGAUUCAGAGAAAGUUUGCUGCCCCUCAUCCAGCUCACUGCCGAGUCCAGGCACUGGUCCAUAGUAUGAAUCAAUUAUAUACACAUAAAUGCUGGAGGUGCAACUUGUAUAGAGCUAAUAUAGUCAAUUCCCUCACCCCCCGCACUUGCCCUAAAAUCAUAAAUCACUGGGUUUCCAUAGCAACUGAAUUUUUCUUGCUUGCUUUUGACCAUAAGAUGAAUAAGCCUUUUUAAUUCUCCACGCCCCUCUCAAUCUUCCAGAUCUACCAAGAACUCCAGCUUGUAUAAUGCCAUAUAUGCCUUCCAGUCUGCCCAAUAAAAGUAUGCAAGAAAUAUGAUUAUUUAGGAAUCUGUGUGCUAUCUUUCAGGGCUAUACAGCCCUCUCAAGGUGGUUCAUAUAAUAAAAACAUACAAAUUUCUCAAUAAAAAUAGCAAUUCAACCUAAAAAAUACAACCAGCAGCAAAAUAGAAAAUGGGACUGAGUGACUAGCAGACCAAUCCAAAGCUCCAGUCCACUGGGCUAGAGGAGGUUCAGGAUGGAGUUGAUGCCUCUCUUUCUCCAGCCAUGCCUAGCUCACCUGGCGGUGAAAACCAACCAGUGAGGAGCACCCCAGUGCACUUGUCCAAGCAGUAAAUGGGUGGAAGCUACUGCUGGCGCUACUGCUGCCAAUGGAACCCCUCAAAAUGGUUUUUUUUGGGGGGGUUGCAUGCUGGGCCAGCACAGGUUCUACUUCAUCCUGAGCCACCCCUACUUGCAUCAUGUACUGUUAACAGGCCUGAUCCUGGUCCCUUGGCUGCUCCAGUGGUGCUGGCGCAGUGACAAGGUCCCGUGUCCCCCCCCCACCUCCCACCCUAGUCAGUAUGAGUACAAUAUGAGCAAAGUGCUUUGUUAGCUGUUCAUUAUCACAAGAUUUGGAAAACCUUUGGGAGCAAGCCAGACUUAGGCAGAAGCCAUCAUUUCAGGGAAGUAAUUCAGAAUUUAUGAAACCAGCAGUUAGUUUUAUUCUGGAACCGAUUUAGGUUCCUGGUUUGUUGCCACGGUUGUUUUGAAAUUGAUUAUCCUUUUCUAACAGUUUAUUUGAGGAAUGGGGGAAGGGCUAUGUAAGAAAGGACCUGCCAGCAAAUUGUCUGAUGAACGCACAUAUUAACUGGUGCUCAUAUUUUAAACAGGGAGGGUGGAAUCUUAAUGCUGUGAGGAAUAAUCUCAAGCAGCCAAACUGGAUGUUAAGAUCUUCAUUUGUGUUUCAUUCUUUCAUUUGUGUUUUAGAUUACUCAAGUACAUUGUUGGGGUUGGCCAACAUAGAAAAAAGUGGCAAUUUCUGAACUGGGACACCAGUAGUAAACAAUGGAUUGGAAUUCUUUUUAUUCUAAUCAGUGAUUAAAAUUUUAUUAGCGGUCUUUAAAGAUAUUGACAGGGCGGCUCUUCAGGGAUGAGCAAUCUAAAGACUUGCCUUCUUGUUUCCAUAGCAACCCAGCAUCUCCAUCCUUUCAAAGCAACCCAGCCUGCAUCAUGUACUGCAGAGGUAUUAGAUUCAGCAGAAUUACAUUAACAAUCAAGUGUCUUUCCAUUUCCUAAAUGUUUGCUGCAUGAAAAUGGGCUGUGCUGGCAUUUAACGAAGAUAAGGGAAGCAGGGAGGGGGAGGGAAGCACACUCUUCUCCUGGAAACCUCUAAUUUUUAGACUCAUGAUAUUUCUCUCUUGGAUGUGGAUUGUUCAUAAUUCAUCAAAAAGGAGCAAUUUGCCCCUUUCUAGACAUUGUGUGUCUCUGAAAAAUCCUAACAACGAGAAAAUACCUUGUUUUUUUGACCAGCUUACAGAAUCAGCGUUUGAUGUAUGCUUGCUUUAACAGAUUGUGCAGGUCUUACAUUAACAAUGUGGUCAAGGUCUCAGUUAAAGGAUACAUUGGCAGAACACAUUCUAGAACCCCUUAUGUAUGCGAAUCAUGCUUAUGUUCAGAAAUGCAGCUAUAGUCAGGUGCAGGACCUUUCAUCUUCUCAUCCCCUGUGCUCUUCUGUACAUGCUAAUCCUUCUACUGUUAAGUAAUAUAAGUCACUCAGGCCCAACUGUCUUCCUCUAAUCACUAGCACCAACCUCUGUCAACUUUGGUCAUGCUCCAUCUUUCUAUGUGAUAUUAUGUAAGAUUGGCUAGCACACCUUUUGACAGUGAAUUCUGUGUUGUGUGAAGAUCGUUCUUGUAAAUUUCAGAGGUGUAGGUGUGUUGCAGCAAAAAACAACCAAGAGCCCUGUGGCACCUUAAAGGGCAAAUCUGGGAGACUAGAGUAAACUAACUACAGUCUAAUGAUGAAGUGGACUGCAGUCCCCACAAGCAUAUGCCAUAAUAAAUAUAUUAGCCUUUAAGGAGCCGCAAUACUCUUUGCUGUUCUUUGAAAAUGUUAUAUAUAGAUGACAGUACUUAUUUUAUUCUUGAAGUGGUCAACAUUCCAACUCAGUGGAUGAGGAUAAUAAUCGAAAACUGAUUUUAGAAUAUUUAGAACUUUUUUUCUACACAUGCACUCAAAUGUUAUCCAGUAUCGGUAAAAUCAAAAACCUUGCUCUCUCUAGGUAUAAAGGAAGGGUAUGCAGCCAUGGUCCCUCCAUUUAGAAAUACAGGAGUUCUGUAUGGGGUCAUGGUGGAUUCUUGCUAUUGUUCCAUUUUACAGCUGGGAAGGCUUGUUGGUUCAGAGUAUAAUUUAUGUAGCAGUAAACCAGCCAUUCUGAAGGAAAUACAGACACACUGCUUGUUCUAAUCAGCAAAAAAGGUUUGUGGAGGGAGGAGAGGAGAAAUUAUGGUUCUCCUGCAUCACAUCUAGUUUGGCUGUAACAUUUAACAUGUUACAGGGCAUUAAGUCCCAAGAUAUGCAGCACCUUUUUUCAGUCCAUUAUUCAGCUCACAUUUGAAGAACUGGAGUAGCAACAUGGAAACUGGUUCAGACAUAAAAGGACCACCCAGUGAGGUAGAUGCUAUUUUUAGUACGGAACACUUUCCCACAUCCCCAUUAUUUAUUAUUAUUUUUUGAGGUAUAGAAUGAUUCAGGAGUUUAUUUCAGCUAUACACGUGAAACCAGGUUUUUUUGUGUUCUGUUCCAUCAAGGCUAAUAGUGUCAGAAAUCCAACAAGAAAACCUAUUAAUGCUCCAUAACAUGUUAAAUGUUACAGCCAAAUUAGAUGUGAUUCAGGAUGAACCAUAAUUUUUCCUCAUUGCUUUAUUAAAUAAGGGAUUUCUAUACUGUACCUUCAACAGCAAGAAGUUCCCAUCUUGGUUUAUGAAAUGGGUCAAUUUGGAUCUUUUCUUUGGAUCUUUCAACCCCCCUCCAAGUGAAUAGCAACCAUGGAAGGAGAAACCAUGUAUAUGCGGGAGACAAUCAAUCAAUCAAUCAAUCAAUCAAUCAAUAAGAUCAGAACUACAGUGAUUGAGGGAGGAUUUGCUUGCCUGUUUGACCCUGCAAAGGUGGUGGCAGUUGGUUAUUAAGAAAAUGGUGUAGACGGAGUGGUUUAUUCAUUCCUCCUUUCUCUUUUUGCAUCUGCAAAGAAAUCAGAAGUUUCUCCUUCUAGUUUUCACCUAGCACAAAGUACUUGGAAAACCAUGGUUUGUUUAACUAAGGGCCAUUUGCAAGCCAUGAAAGUCAGCAAAUUGAGCAGGAGAAAAGUCCUUAGGAGUGGCUUACUUUCACAAGAAGCAGUAGCGCAUUAAAAAAAUUUGCAACAAAUUAUUCUGCCACUGUUUGUAGCAAUGGAGCUGGCAAAUUGGUGUCUUGGUAGGCCACGAUGUUCUCAAAAAAUGUUUCGGGAAGGCAACCAGGUCUGGACACAGUAUUAUUUCACAGGCAUUGUGUGUGGAGGGGUGGAGGGAGAGAAAGAUGGCUGUGAGGUGUAGUGGUUAAAAGCAGUAGAUUCGUAAUCUGGGGAACCAGGUUCGUGUCUCCGCUCCUUCACAUGCAGCUGCUGGGUGACCUUGGGCCAGUCACACUUCUCUGAAGUCUCUCAGCCCCACUCACCUCACAGAGUGUUUGUUGUGGGGGAGGAAGGGAAAGGAGAAUGUUAGCCGCUUUGAGACUCCUGAAGGGGAGUGAUAAAGCGGGAUAUCAAAUCCAAACCCCUCUUCUUCUCUCACAAAGGGCAGGGUUCUAGUAUGUUCACUCUUGAGGCUGGCUAUUUUCAAAAAGACUGGGGAAAUAUCCCACAAGCUAAAACAUUAAUUUUUAAUAUUAACUUGAAAGUUUUAGGUCAAUGAUUUGCGCGUGUAGUUUUAGAUCUGACUAUUAGAAUACGUAGGAUACUUUUUCUGUGUCUGAAUACUGAGCUAAAUAGAGAACUUGUUUUCCCAGAGCAGUAGCCUACUUGAUAUCUCACUGUUAUUGCUUAAGUGUGAUUCAGUUACACUGGCAUAAGUUUGAAAGAAAGAGUAUCGCUCUAUUUGUAAAAGCGUUUUUCUUUGAUUGUUGGUGCCAAAAGGAGCACAGUAAUACCAGAAAUAGUUUCCAGAAAACUGAGCUGCCACUUUUCAGACUUUUUGGCGUCAACCCCUUUUAUAAGGCUGAGAAUUUUGUACUGAAUUUCAGAGCCCUAAAUAUCACCAGCAAACGCGGUUCUUCAUCUGCAACAGGAAAAAUAUACAGAUAAUGUAAGAGAGACUUAGAUAAUGGAAUGUUGCAUGUACGAAGUUGGAUUGAGACCUUAAAGUUCACACUGUGAUUCCCUUCUUGAGUAAUCCGUAAUGAAAAUAUUAGGUCAUUUGCGACCCCUGAUUCCUGAUUUUUAAUUCCCAGUCUAUGCUCUUGUAGAAUAAAGUGAUGGCACAACAGCCCAAUUCUGUGCAGGUUUACUUGGAAAGUAUUUUGAGAAAAGGCUAUAGCUGGGCAUGCAGAUGGUUUCAUGUUCAAUUCCCAGCAUUUCCAGAUGGAGCCACUGCCAGUUAGUGUAAAGAUCCCUGAGCUAGUUGGGCCAGUGGUUUGAUUCCAUAUGUGGCAGCUUCUUAUGUUCUUAAGCAAGUACCACUGAAACAUACCCAGUGCUCUGCAAGGCUGUUGCUGAUUUCUAAAUUGAUGACCUCGGGAAUAUCGGUGCUAUAUUAGUUGCUUUAAUGCUAUGAUUACAACAUGUCUUCCUUUCUUGUAGGUAGCCAGUGUUUUUCCUGGGGAUGGAAUGAACACGGGAUGUGUGGCAAUGGAACAGAAGCCAAUGUUUGUGUCCCUCAGCCUGUUGGGACUUUGAGUUCUGCAAAGCUGCUUUUGAUUGGAUGCGGAGCUGGACAUUCCAUGGCAUAUUGUCAUUUACCACACUUCAACCUUCCACCAUAGAAAUGUCAGCACAAUUUCAAGUACUAUAAUCCUUGGUGUACUAAUAUUUAUAUACAGCUAACCAAGGUUGUGAAAAUUACUGGGGAAACCAGGUGCUGAUUUAGAAGCAAACAAAAGAAACUUGUCCUGUAAUGCUCUUUAAAAACAUAACCAACAACAAUGCACUGAAAUAUAAUAUUUUCUGGUGAAAGUAGGCAGAAUCCAGUGAAAUUAGUCAAGGAACUAUACUUGGUUACUAACUCAAGUCUCAUUAAUUUCUGUGGGAGAUGGUAAUGCCCAACAUUUGUUGGAUUGAACUCAUAUAUAUGUUUUUUGCUUGCUUCUUUUUUUAACAGCUUGAGCAAUUUGUGUCAUCAGCAAAUCUGGCCACUUGACUGCUCACCCGCAAUUCCAGAACAUUUAUGAAAACAUUAAAAAGCACUGGUCCCUUGGUGGAUUCCAUUUCUUGUGUCUAUUCAUUGUCAGAAUCAUUCAUUUAUCCCCAC